AUGGGGCUCCGGUCCAGGACCGUCGCUAGCGGCUCGGAGGAGCAGAAGAAGAGCUCCGGCGCUGCUCCCGGGGACUUAUUGGACCAAGGCACCGGGGGAGCGGACAAGGAUGGCGCCCUGCUGCUGGUGGCGUCAGGUCGGGAUGACUACAAGCGGGGCUCUCAGGGUAUCGCCAUCGGGCUGCUGGCCAAGACCCCCCUCAACUACACCCGGCCGACCAAGAGGAAUAACAUCCGCAAAAGGAGGAUCCAGAACCUGCUGUACGACGCGCUGGAGAGGCCGAGAGGAUGGGCGCUGCUCUACCACGCGUUCGUGUGAGUACUGAAAGCGUUUCCACAACUUUGAACGGUUUAUUCCGAGGAAAGCAGCAGCUGAGGAGGACUGAGAGCCCCCUCAGCCUGCUGGGAGUCACAGAGCCGCUGGAAAAUGUGAUGUUGAGUCCAUUAACGGAGCCUGGCUCUGCUCUGGUGUGGAGGUUGUGACCCGGUAUUCAUGCGGGAGCUGAAAAGUUUCCUUCUGGUCCGUUUGUCGCUGCAGCUUCAGAUCUCUCCUCUGAGGGUCUGAUUUAAAGUUUGGGCUGUGGAGGUUUCGGGUCCUGGACUGGACAGCUGAUUUGCUUUGAUUUCCAAAAGUUUGAGUCCACUUCAGCCCACCAAACUUACAUAAGAGGAGCGGUGCCAGAUGGAUGGUGAAUGUGGAGCAUGGUCAGUGUUUGCUGAAGUAGGGUUACUUAACUCUCAGCUGGUUGGUUGUGGUGUUUAUUGUUAGCCGUUUGCUGACUCUAGCUCUCAUUGACAUCCCUGUUAUCCUUUAUUUUGGUCAGGUUAGCCUCAGUCUCCUCCAGAGGGAGCAAAAAUUUGGUGACUUGAACGACUAAUAUGUGCAAAAAGUUUGGAUUGGAACCAACCAGUAUUAUCGGGCUAUGGUAAUACUGUUCUUUUAUUGUGUUUUAAGCUACAUGUUUGUUAUUUUAGUUGGAAGUCUUUGAUUUCUUUCCAUUCCAACUGAUAAAAAGUCUCCCAGUAAACUAUCAAAAAGAAGAACCAUGACUAGAGUCUUUAUAAAGUGUCAACUAUAUGGUUUCAGAUUUUGAAAAAUUAGGCAGAGUCACAAUAACGCUGUAAAUAUCAAGAAAGAAUGAAAAUAUAGGGUAAAUAUUGGUGUUAUAAUCAGAAAAGACAAUUAAUCAGUCAGCCAACUAACUGGUCUUACUCUGGACCAGUGGUUCUCAACUUGUCUUACUUUGGGACAUUUUCCCAUGGUCCUUAAGUCGCGACCCACUUUUAUAAAAUUCCAACCAAGCAAAUUAUUUUUUUAUAUAAAAAAAACUUUGAAAGACUCUAAUCUGUAACAUAAAUCCACUUGUUUUAUUGAGUAAAGUGCAUUUCCGAGCACAUGAAGGGGACAACAUGAGGACGGCAACUACUGAAGUUCCAUAUACAGAAAAUGUUGAAUAUCUAAUAAAUAUCAAAUUAAUUAUUUACUUUUUUGACCAGCUGUUUGUGACCCAUCCAGAACGUGUCCGCGACACGCUUUUGGAUCGGGACCCACCAGUUGAGAACCACUGAUCUAGACCACACUGGUUGACAGUGAUAAACAUGGAAGUUUGAGUCUUAAGCCCCCAAUGUCCAUCCGUCUAAGACCCGCCGCUGGACAGGCACACUGGAGUUGAUUUACUGUUACUAUGACAAAUGCCAAAUACCUCAUCACCUAAUUAGUGGUGUGCAUGAAUGGAUGAUGAGACUCCCACUGUGCCACCCUACUAUCUGGUGAAACCACAGCCAAGGGAAGGGGCUGAAUAUGAUCUCUCUUGUAUCUCCAAACUGUUUUGACUCUGAGUACAGCUGAUCGAACACAAAACAACCUCUGAUCUAGUCUGGUUAUUUUCAGCCCAUAGGAAAGUUUGGCCUGUGAGUCUUUACUCAGGGAAUAAAACGUCAGCGCUUUGUUGUAAAUCUGUCUGACCUGCACAGUUUCUUCCCGAUCCGCUUAUUUCAUGAACUCAAAUUCGAGCAUCCUCCUGACUCACCCUCAGCUGGUCGCGUGUCACACACGAGCCUGUCGCCACGUGUGUUUCUCUGCAACGCAACAUAUGAAAGUCCAAUAUGGCCUCCCUGUAUGUGGGGCUGGUGCCAGAGCUGUGCUGAGCAUACACCCUCAUGAGGAAAUUCAGCCUUUUACAGUUCGUAUGACUUCAUUAGAGAAGAGAAACCUGUCUUAGUUAAUCUACUGUAAGGAUAGGAGACUCUUCAGUAGAUCAGAAGUGACCAAUCAGAAUACAGAGAAUGUCUGAUGCCAUCAAGGAGAGAGGUCAGAACAGGAUAACAAGGGGUCGAGGUAAAGCGAGGGGAUUUGUGGACUGCUGCAGCAUCCAUCAGAUACUGUGUGUGUGUGUGUGUAAACUGAUAUUUCCUGCACCUUGGUUGAUGGAGCACAUGUAUGACAUCAUUUAGCACUGAAUUAUUUCCAACAGAAACACUGACUUAGAAACAUCACAUUUCUCCAUUAACUUUGUUGUCUGACCGUACUGGAAUCCUAAAUUGAAUAGAUUAAAACAGUGGUUCCCAAACAUGUUCUGCCGGGCCCUCCUUUGGCAGAUAAAAAUGGUUUCAGGCCCCCCUAUGUCAUGUCAUAAAUGCUCCUCGCAAUGGUAUUACUUGAUAGAGGGGUAGUCUUUAGUUUGUUUGAAGUGGCUUCAUCAAUAAUGGUUGAAACCAUAUCAAUAGCUGCAGGCAAUAUUAAUUCCUCAGCGAUGGUGUGUGGUUUCUUAGAUUUGGUAACUCUGUCGGCUACUUUAUAGAAAGCAAGUUGCACAUUUGUUGUAGAAAUAAAUUGCGUUUGUAAAUGUUCUCUGUUGUGCAUGACAGUUGAGAAGUUUUUUCUGAAGAACUCCACAGGUUUGUCUGUCUGUGAAGGAUUUAGCGUCUCUAAGUGGCGUUUUAGCUUGUUUGGCUUCAUGCUGUCAGAAAUUAGCACUUUCAGGCACAGCGCACACUGUGGUCUCUCUUCGUCACCCAACGUUUUAUAGGUGAAGCCGAAGGCGAGAUAUGAAUCAUCAUAUUGUCUUACCUUUGUUUUAGUAUUUCUGUUGUAGUGUUGUUGUCGCCCUUGGAUUUUCCUGAAGGUCCGCUGACAUUUGCCAUGGUUAGCAGAGCAACAUAAUGUGCAUUAUGUUUAUUUAGCCUGGUCACGCCCCCCUUGCAAUUAUGCUGCACCCCCCUGGGGGGCGCACAGCCCGUUUUGGGAACAACUUGAUUAAAACAUAUGAUGGUGGGUUCCAAAAUGCCUUGAAGUUCCAGUGGCGGUGUCCGAAAUGAAUCACUCAAUCCCUAACCCCUAACCCCAUAUGGGGUUUCACGUAUAGUUGACUAUGUAGUGAGCUCAAUCACUGGAGGUUUCGGACGCAAGAUGGCAAGACGCAAUGCAUGAUGGGAUGCCCACCACUGGUGAGUGACCAUCGGAUGUCUAUAUGGGGCACUGGAAUUGAUCACUCAGGUUUCGGACACCCCUCAAAAUGGCGCUAACCCCCAUAUAGUCGCCUUUAUAGGGGUUAGGGAUCCAUUUUGGACACAGCCAGUGAUGUCACCCAUCUAUUUCUCAAUUGGACAAGGCUUUUUUUUUUCCAAGGAUGGUUCUAGAAUGCAGGGGUUCCGGAAUGCCUUGAAGUGUCAUUGAUGUCACCAAUCUGUGUCUUAAGUGGAAUAAGCUUUUUAUGAGGAAGGUUCUAGAAUGCCGGGGUUCCGAAAUGCCUUGAAGUGUCAUCGAUGUUACUCAUCUGUUUUUAAAGCAGAGUUUUUAGGCUCAUGGUGAUGUUACCUUGUUUACUCAACCCAACUUUGGUCAACCCACCAGAGUCAGGCUUUUAGCCUCCUCACAAAUGGGGACAGUGUGCCCUUCUAUCAUCUGAGUCAGCAGGGACCCUGAUUUACCAAUCCUCUAACCUAAAUAACUGUGAAAUGAAGGCAACAAAAAUCCCCCCCUCUACCACGAGGGACCCCCAAGCUAUUUAGAACCAGGCUGUAAAUGUGGUUAUUUUUCCUCUAAAAUUGGGCUUUUUCGCCUCAGUGUGUACACAAUUCUUCAGAGACGUGAAGAACACAACAAAUCUUACCGUCACCUGUGAAGUUGUCUCUACAACAUACUAAUUAAACUAAAGAAAUGACGUUAGCACCUCAUUAGCUACUAAAAAACAAUGAAUGAAAAAUUCAUUGAAUUCACGACACUUUCUGACCCACAUUUACACAUCCGCUGCAGCUUUAAUCCAGCACUCAGCCCUGCUGCGGCUCUGGGUGUGAAGUGUCCUGCUCAAGGGCACUUCAGUGACUUGUGUUGACAGCAGGGGAAGCGUUACACACGCUCUUCACCCACAGACUAUGAUGCAUAGGCAGCACUUCAACGUGACACUAGUAUAGGAAGAAGAGGGAAGUGGGAAGGGGAUUAAAGAGUAGAAACAGAUGGGUGUAGAGACAUAGAGGAAAAAACAGGUAUGUGAAGAUGUAGGAAGACGUGGCGCUGUCGGCAAAAUGGUUAGUUUUAAUUGAACCAAAAUCUUCAUUUUUUGUGUCUUUUUGGGGCCGUUUCGACAGGUAGUUCUCCCAGGAUAAAGCUAAGGAAAGUCCUUGCCAAAACAGUUGCCAUCAGGCACCAAUGACUCCCAAAUGAGCCCGGUUUUCUGACAGGUGAUUCCUCAUUCAGACUUUGUGAAGCAGAUCUGAUUCAGCAGGUGAAAAUGUCUGUUAAACAUUUCCUCUGACAGACUGGCAGCUUGACUGAUAUCUGUAAUAAUUGAAUGUAAGCUGGCGGUCCCGUUUACUCCUCAGGGGUUUCUGAUAUUAGCCGACUGACUUUGGAUCACUUCAAUUCCCUGCAGGGAUUCGAAGGAAACUCCCGCGGCCCCAGAGGAGAUUUCAGAGCGUCCCCGGCAGAAUGAGGUUUAUGGUUUAAUUUCAAUAACAUGAACUGAGGCCAGAGAGAGAGAGAGAGAGAGAGAGAGAGAGAGAGGCUGAUACAGGGUUUUUACACCAAUACCCUCUGUGAUUGCUCGGGAAAUGGUGUUUUUUCCUGCCUUCACAAGAACAGGUCUGUUUGAGAUAACCUUUAGCAUCUGUUUCAGGGCCCUCUUUAACAUCUCUCAAAGGCCUAUUCUCUCUUCUUGUUUAACAAGAGUUAGAAGCUGUUUUAGAGUAGGUUUCAAGAGAUCUGUGAGUUUUAGUCUCGUGGUGUGUUUUUCUUUUGCUUCCUCUAGUUCUGACUUCUUAGUCAUAUAUAUUCUGUAGUUUGUUUUCAUCCUUGUUAAGACGUGGUUUAAGAUACAUCCUGGUGUCUAUUAAGUAGCCAGUACUAGAGCUGGGCGAUAAACGAUAAUGGUAAAUAUCAAAAGUUAAUUCCUCUCAAUAUCAAUAUAAAACAUGGUCGAUAUGCUUUUUAAUAGUCGGUGUUUUGGUAGAAUAUACGAAUAGCCAAUGAAAAGGGGAGUUUCUCUAGGUCUGCUUCGCGCUGAACCGAUCGUGCUGAAUUUCAAAUUUCGUCGAGUACAUGUUCUCACAAAGUCGGGGAAUACCUCAAAUCUUUUUCACCACCUGAAGCAGCGUCACACGGCCAACCACGCGCAAUGCAAAAGGUUACAAACCCCGAGCGAAGCAAGAAGCCCAUGGCGCCUGUGCAGCCAAAACAGCCGACCAUUCAGUCUGCUUUCUCUCGCGCAACGCCUUACGACAAAACGUCGAGGAGACACAAAGAACCUCACAGAUGCAAGAGAUUAUUGUACUGCAAAAGACAUGCUGCCAAUAAACACUGUUAAAUUUCAUUUUAAUAUAAAACAGAUAAUAUAUUGUGAGAAACUUUUUCCUGUAUCGCCCAGCCCUAGCCUGCACCGACUGUUAGCUAUUCGAGGUCUGCUCAUUUUUCCUCCAGUCUGUUUUAAGGAACAUGUUUGUCCCUUUUUUGAAAAGGGUUCAGAGUCUGUUAAUUAAACUCAAGUUCCUGUUCUAAGGUACCUGUAACUCCACCAUUUAAAGGUCUGUUCUGUCUGUGUAUAUUUCUAUUUUGAGGAUAUAUUCUAGCAUCUCUUGCCGGGUGCUCUUGAGCAUCAAUUUUCGAUGCAGUUUGUUUUGAGAUUCUCUUUGGCGUUUGUUUCAUUGAACCCAGUGGAUGAACACGGUAAGAUCAGUUUAAAAGAACCCUCAGGCAUCUACUCUCUGGUAAACUCACUUCCUGUUUUCUAUAUGGCGAACAAACCUUUCCAGUCUGUUAUGAGGUGGACACAGUUUGACGGUAUGUUCCGAGCCCCCGUGUGCGCCCCCUGGAGGAAGCGCUGUAAGGAAAUUUAAGGUUGCGAUGGAAUCAAAUUUAAGCUUCUCUUACAGGACUCGAGAUCCGUGGUACCAAAAUUUCAGUUACCAUAACAACAACUGUGGCGAGAGUGAAAUCAGAUCUGCAGUGGAGGCUGAGAGUCAGGUAGAGCGAGCAUGUGUGAAAGCAGGGGGAGAGAGAGAGAGAGCGAGAGAUAAACAGAGACAGAUAAAGAUGUGGAGGGCGAGCGAAGGGAAACAGGAGAGGUCCGACAUCAGCAGUUUCAGUGGCAGAUCAGUGGUGAACCUUGGCCCCCGUCCUGGCAUCCAGACAAGCCUGACAGGACGCCUCUUUCCCAGAAUGCACGGCUGUGUAAUUCCCAUAUCUGUCUCUCUCUAUUUCGAGUGGCGCUCUCUCACCCUGCACUCCUCCAGCAUGUUGAUGUUGUUCCCUUUACCUGGAAACAACAGCCACCGUGGCUCUCUGGGCACAAAUCAGGGCUGUCAGGAGAAACCUUGUAUUGUCAGGGUUUUGUGCUUUCAGAUCAGUGUGAGGGAUUACACGCUCCUGUGCAGGUGGAGGCCGCUCUCCUGACUCGCAGGCCGGCUGGAUUAACGGCUCAUAUGCAUCAUCAUUCCUCGAAAAACAAGGGAGCCUCUGGGAUUUCACAUCGACUCUGAUUAACAGAAAAUUUGGAUAAGAGGAUUAGGAAAGUUUGUCUUUUUGUGGUCCAUUUAACAGGCUGUCUUAGUAACGGACUGAAAGGUCACAGCGUAUUAUUGUUACCUCGCUUUGAUAAAUACUUGAUUCUGAUUGGAUUACGUUAACGGUAAAGGGACACCAAGAACAACCUGAUCACACACAUAUCAGAUCAAUAAGAGUAUAGAUUAGAAAUCCAGCACAUCCCACUUCUCCCUGUUGACACUGUGGCAAAAAUGCUGUUUUUUUUAACCUGUAAACUAAAGAUAUACUGGGAACUUCAGAGAUCAUCCGAGUCUGUGCAGAGAUUUCAGCACCAUGGACAGAGACACUACAGAGAUUAAGAUCCAUGAAGAUGUUUGACAGACUGUGCGAUUUAACACGACUCCUACAGCUGAAAUGAUGUUGAAUUUUAAAAUAUUAAACAAACACAAACUGAGAUUAUCCUUCUAAAGGGAUCCUGGUCAGCUCGAACCGUUUGCUAAGAAACCUGAACACAAUCAAGGCGAUCAGUCUCUGCACAGACACGGUUAAGUACCACCAAAGUCGUACUUACACAUUUCGACAGAUUUUUGAGUGCAUUUUGAACCACAUCAGUAAGCACAAUAAGUAAUAAUACACAAGGCGCGCUGGAUUAUAAGGCGCGCUGUCAAUUUGUGAGAAAAUUCAAGGAUUUAAGGUGCGCCUUAUAGUCCCAAAAAUACGGUAUAUUUUUGUCAAUUUUUUGUCUGUAUUAGAUAGUGAAGCUAAGAAAACUCAGCAAAGAGUUCUGGCCAGGAAUCGGACCAGCGACUUACGUGAUAAGAGCGACCGCCUCUAUACAUCAGUGCCCUUAAUUUCAGUCUUUUGGACUCAAACUCAGGGAUAAUUUCAUUAAAAUGAAGCAAAUUGACUGUAACCUUAAAAAACACCUACAGAACUUACAUUCACUACAAGGAUCAACGACUGAAAAUGGAGUGAGUGAUGCGGACUGCAGCUGUGUGCGAGCCGCGGGUAUCCUCUGAUACAGAAAAGCUCGUUACAAGGAGGUAAUUUAAGGGAAAUGCAGCUGAAGAUGUAAAUAAAACCCUGAUGGAAAUUCUGCUCUCAGGUUCACCAUCUUCGCUCCUUCUUCUUCUUCUCCGUCUCCUCUUUCAGAGCAGAGCUGAAUUGAAAUCUUUGUGAUUGGUGUCGAACUGAAACAAAAGGAGGCUGAUGAGUUUCAGAUUUUGCUGAGCCUGCAGAAAGAUUCCUCCUUUGCUUCAUGGAAAACGGCUGUUUGCAUAAAUACCUCAAACCUCAGCAAGUCGGGGUCUGAAUCCGGGCUGAAUGAGAUUAAUGCCACACGUUAAUGUCACAUCUGUCUCUCCAGAUGCAGCCAUAACUGCUUCCUCUCCCCCUUUUCAACAACACAUUAUGCAUUCAGUGGUUAUCCACAGGGAGGGUGAUCAUGUUGCUCCUUCUGUGGAAAUGAUCGCCUCAGCUCUGUGAGCACGGGAAUGUGCUCCCUUUGCUGACAUGUCCUUUUCUGCCCUUGUUUUGAAUUAUUACGUCUGUUUAGAGUAAAUUUGAUCGUAAUGGACUCGAUAAUAAUUCAGCAUGAAACUUCUUGUAAAGAGGAGGAAUGUCCUGGCUAUCCAUUUUUUGCUGUGCAUGCCCAUGGUUACUUAACAGGCCCACAUAUUUGUAAUUAUUGUCUUCGUUUGCUGCCUCCACGUUGACUCAGCAGGUGUAAUUGUUGGUUUCUUCUCCGCUCUGAAAACAAUAACAGUUUGACGCUCUGGUGGCGUGUGGUGCCUGCCUUUUAGAAAUUUGGUUAAAUGUACUCAAGCCCCUAAUCCUGACAAUUUAAGAUGCUGCAGAAUGUUGAUUAAAACAGAAUUUGAUGGUUUGCAAAGCCACUCAAAGCCUAUAUGUUGAAGCUGUGAAUCCACUAGUUUAAUGACAACUGUAUGCUGUAGCUUGUAUAAGAGAAAGAACAAGGCCAAGGACAUGUUUACUGCCGUAUUGCAUCAGUACUUCUUUUGUUACGACUCUGUAAACAGACAGAAAACAGGGAGACCAGUUCUUGUUUUAGCCUGGUGAAGGAUUUCAGCAGCGCAAUAGUUCAGGUCCCCUUUGUCAUGGUUUUGGCGGUAAGGCAGGAGGGCAGCCAGGUGACCACGGUGGUGCAAUACCUGCAGAAUUGUCUCAUGCUGCGUUCGAAUUACCUCGGAAUUUAGAAGUCCGAGCUGAAAAUUAUGUCACACCCAAGUUCCCGGCGUUUCAGUUACAAGUCAGAAAAAAGCGAAAUCGGAGGUGGAAACAAGAUGGCUACAUCUACGAAAGCUAUUUUAGCUCUUGCCUACCUACCCACCUACCUCACCGAACUCCUCACCCCACAUACCUCAGUCAGAACCGGGUCAGGCCAACUGCACCGUCUGCGCCCUCCCAGGACUCGGCUCAAGACCACGGGCGACAGGGCCUUCGAGGCUGCUGCUCCCCGUCUGUGGAACGCCCUCCCCGAUCACCUCAGGGCUCCACAGUCGGUGGAUGCUUUUAAAAAAGGACUUAAAACCUUCCUUUUUCUGAAAGCUUCUCUGGACUGAUUUUAUCUGCUGACUGUUUUUAUUGUUUUGUCCUGUUGCUUGAUUUUACUGUUAUUGUUGCUUUUUAUUUGUUAUUGUUGCCUGUGCACUUUGAGAUUUGUUUUCAAAUGUAAAGUGAAGUUACAAAUAAAAUCUAUUAUUAUUAUUAAUUGCCUUGUCCGAAUAUAAGGAAAGCGCUAAAAUAACUGUAUUAGAUGUAGCCAUCUUGUUUCAAGCCUCCGAUUUUGCUUUUUCCGACUUGGUAACUAAAACACCGGGAACUCGGAUGUGACGUCAUUUUCAGCUCUGACAUCUAACCUCUGAGGUAACUCGAACGCAGCAAUAGAUGGACAUAUGUUGCUUAAAAACCUGUAUAUAUUGCUCAGCAUUGAUGCAGCCUUCUGAGAUGGAGCAUACAUCCACACCGUACCAUCAGGGAUGCUUGUUUUUGAACCGUGCUAACAAGCUAGCAUCUCUAUUCUAGCAGAAGAAGCAUCAUCCAUGGUUUCCAAAAGAAUGUCAAAGUUGGAUUUAACUGACCUUGGUACAAUGUCCCAGUCCUCCCCAGUUUCCUCAGGUCCAGGGAAGUCACCUCCACAUGGUUUCCUCAUCCAUGACUCUCUUUGAUUGACGACGGCAGACUUUAAUAUCUUGACACAGAACUUUAUAAAAGUUUUAUACUCUGAUGGAAGUCGACGCUCAGGGUUAAAGUGACCUGAUCAAACAGAGUAUAGCAGUAUAAAACAGACACAGCAGCGUUAGAGACCGGAGGCGCUGUGUGCAGCUCAUUAGAGGCAGUGAGCACUCAUUAGCAAUUAGUCACUCUAAAUAGCAUUCAGCUGCAGAUUUCACAGGGCGAGAGUCAUUUUGGUCGCGGUGAGCACGACGGCAGAGAAAACUGCAGAUCAUCUGAGCGUGAGGAGGUAAUUGAUCUUUAAAGCAGACGACUGAAAAUGAAUCAAUUUUAUUUUCUGAAGCUCUAAUCUCCUCUGCUUCAGGGACGAACAACAUGAUUGCAGUUUAGAGAUUUGAAAUGAGAUUUUUAUCCACUUUUUAGACUUAAAAACUGUCCGUCAGUCUAUCCGUCGAGCACUUUUGACAGUUUCAUGUCUCAGCUUGUUGUUCAGGAGCUGACUCUUUGAUCCUUGAUGCCAAAAAAGUGCAGAGAAAGCUGUGUUCCUGCAAACGGAGAUUUCUGUGGACUCAUCGUUUCCACUCGACAACAAAAACACUCUUUUAGUUUAUUGAGUUUUGAUCGAGUGAAGCCCUCAGACUGCGGCGUCUUUUGUUUCCUGAAGGAUCUGCUUGAAUAAGACUCUGGAGUCUUUUCAUUCAGUCGACGCCGCCUCAGCGUGACUGUGGAUGUCACUGAUGAAGGUUCAAUCACUCCACACGUGUAUUAUAGUAAGAAGCGGGACAUGAGGCAGAUUAAUUGGAGAUAAACCGAGAGUUUCUGUUUGGAAUAAGAUCCAAACAAUUUCAUUUGCACCAUCCUCUCUGGAGAUUUCGACCGUAACACCGUGUUGAUGUUAACUGGGGGUGGGUUCAGCUCGGGGUUGUUAAUGGACUCUGUGGUCGUGUGGUCAUUUAGCGUAACGACGUUAAUGUUCAACAAAUGAUGCUCCAGUGGGAGAACCAGUCAGUGCAGAGAUGGAGAAAUGUGAGAUCUGAGCUCAAUUAACCAAUUUCUGCCGAGUCUCCAAAAUGAUUUGGGUGUGAUAUUUGGAUCGACUUUAAGAGCCUAUUUUUCAUUAUUUACAGCAGGGAUAAGGCAUCAAUCUGGACCAAACCCAGUUUAUCAGCUUCCAGUUUUUCUUAAGUUGCCUGACUUGGAAACUUUGUGACUUAAAAUGAUUUCAAACAAAAGUAUCAACUACGACUAGAUUGAGCUGCUAAUAGGAUCAAAAAUGUGACUCGUUUUGCUUCAUCUAAAGGUCCAAUUCACAAAUUUUGUGUUCAGGCUUGUCAAGGGGAAAAGGACGUUACAACUGCCAAGUCCAAAAAAUCGUAAACGAAACUAAAACGUGCAUUUGAGUAGGAAUUCGCCAAUUUGCCUUUUUGUAGCUGUUCGGGGUACGGUGGAAAUUGGGGGUUAAUAGUCCACAAGUACAAAAACAAGCAGAAGUUUGCUGUUAUUUGGAUCUGACGAUUAAAACAGACCUUUAGCAUCUUCACUCUCUGCUGCGCUGCGGUGUGCUGGGCACUCUCAUCCUGACAGAGCUCUAUUGUGUUAACAUACAAAUAACAAGCUGAAUUUUGGUGCAGUCCUAACCACUUUAUUAUGAAGUACAGUCAUGACAGAAAUGAUGCAUAUGUCACUGUCUUUUGUCUCCUCUGCACAGGUGUCGUGGGCGUAAAAGCCGAAUCAUUUCUUUGUGAAUCAGACCCUGAGUGUUUCUGCAAAGCUGCUCUCACUGCUUACAGACUCUGAACUCAUGAACAUUUAUCAGCAGAGUUUAAUGUGCACUGAGCUCUGAUGUUUGCUGUUGUCAUGUUGGACACGAGUUACAAGCUACAAACUUUAAAGAAACACGCAGCAGUGACUCAGAAGACUAAAGUGCAUGUCAUUUUAAGAGACGGUUGUAACAACAUGAGGAAAGCUGUGGACCGCAAAGGAGUGUGUCUCUCAGACUGCUUUGCAUAUAUAAUCAGCUUGAUGCCACUGUAGCCUGCAGACUAGAACGUUGUGUGCAGAUAAUCUACUCAGAGAGAAACCGAUGAAGUUCGGAGAAUGAUAAGUCAGGUGUGACUCUUGUUUUUCCUGUUAGUGUCAGAGAGCAGAGCCUGCAUGUUCAUUCAGGAAUCUCUCCCACUGACUCUGGCUCUGAGCCGAGGUGCUCGGAGGUUCAAUCCUGCCGCCAAACCCUCAUGCGGCCACAAAAAACAAGCUUUUCUUUUACAUUUGCAUCCUUUUAAUUAAAAAAUGUCAAAGAAACCUCGAUCACAGCCGUCUUUUUGUUGAAACUGAAUAUAUCUGAAAUGAAAUCGAGUUUGAUUAGUCGUAUUUUAUUGCUAAAUCGAUAAAGGUGAUUAGGUAGGUUUAUGCGUCCCUCUGCUCCUCGGGGACCAUCUUUAGAGCCUUUAGACGGUCCUGAUGAGUGGACAGUAUAUGACCAGCUGUCAAAAAGCACUUACCCCUGCAGAAAAAUGCCUCUCAUGAUGGCGGAGCAGCAGUUCCUGAGUGUCAUAAUGCAGCCUUCAGGUGUGAUUCAGAGGGAGGCGAAGGGUGAUAAAGAAGAUCCCUGGACUUCUUAACCCGGAGCCACGGUUUCAAGCUUGCUUGAAGUGUUAUCAUUAUCCCUGAGAGGCUCUGAUUGUUAUUCAAGGUGUCUGACAACAUCACAAGAAGGAUCCUGAGUGAGAACGAUGCCUUUUUUUUUAUCACCAUCAACGGCUAUAACUCCAAUCCUGAGCUUCAUGAUACCCAGUGCCUCUAAUCUCCAACGCCCCUCUUUAAGAGCUGUGAAUCCGGGUUUCAUCACCUCAGGUUGUGCGGUUUAAUGCUGUAAUCUUCGGGAAAAUGUCAGUGAGCUCGAACAGGGAAUUUCUCACUCCUCCUCAUUGUGAAGUUGCAGCAGCUGCUAUAUUAGCUGUGCAGAAAGCAACAUAGCUAAGGUGGAUGAAGACAAUGUCCGCUUAUGUCCCCCUCAGCUCAAAUAUGAGGAUACAGACAGGAUAGACCGACACUCAUCCAUGCUAAUCACUUUGAUUUGCAAAGUUCGGACACCUUAGGGAGGUUCAGCAGCUGGCCUGGCGUCCUGUAACCAUCCCCUUCAUGCUAGCUCUCACCUCCCACCAUAUCCACACAUCAGAACAGAAUAUAAAAGAGAAACCACAGAGGGAGGAGCUUGUUAAGAGAUGUUAGAAAGAGGAAGGUUCCGGAAUGCCGGAGUUCUAAAAUGCCUUGAAGUGCCGGUGAUGUCACCCAACUGUUUCUCAAUGGGACGAGGCUUUAUUUUUUUUUAUAGGAAGGUUCUGGAAUGCCAAAGUUCCAAAUGCCUUGAAGUGUCAUUGAUUACACCCAUCUGGUUUUAGGUUUGUCGCCAUCGGAUCAGUCCCAGAAACCCGAUUUGUACUACGCAUGUGUGAAAUGUACGUCACUUCCUCUACUAGCCAUCUUUGCGACAGCUUCAACACUUGUUCGGCAGCCUCAGCGUCAGUGAGCUCGCUAUAGUCAGAACGGAUGCUUCAGUUUAUCACCGCCGGAAAGUCAAGAGAAUGGUGCCCAGUUUUACGAUUGAAGGUUCCUACAGUGAAAUUGUAAAAUGGCAACAUAGUUAUAAAAGACUCUAAUGAAUGUGUUUGAAAAGUCAGAGAACCAUGAAUUUGACCGGGUAGUGGCGCUCUCUGUGGCCCAAAAGGUCUCACUGUGCUGGGCAGGAGCUCUGGCGAAGGCCUCGGUAUUGGCUCUGGAGCCACCUGCUAGCUAGCGUAUCACAUCGCCAGCUAGUUUCUGAAUCAAUCUGUAGUUUGAAUUGAGUUUUUAUGGUGAAGUAAAUUUGCCCUUGCGCAGAACGGAUCAGGUAGGUAGCGACUCACUGCUGUAAAAUACAUUGAAAUGCCGAGAGAGGAAGUGACGUACGUUUUGCACACGGGCAGUACAAAUCGGGUUUCCGGGACAGAUCGGGUAGCAACAAGGCUCACUGUGAUGUUACCUUGUUGACUCAGUUAGUUAGGACACCUUAGGGAGGUUCAGCAGCUGGCCUGGUAUCCUGUAACCACCCCCUUCAUGCUAGCUCUCACCUCCCACCAUAUCCACACAUGAGAACAGAAUAUAAAAGAGAAACCACAGAGGGAAGAGCUCGUUAAGAGACGUUAGGAAGAGGACAAGGAAGGUAAAGCCGGGUGAGCUUGAUCUACCUGUUCAGAGAGGAUGGAAAGAAAAGGCUGUAGACGGGUGUUAGGGAGACGCCUGUUUGGACUGGGGUUCACCUCCACCUGUUUCAGCUGUAUGCUCUACCUCUUCCUGCUCCCUGACUGUAAUGCAGGAACAGAGUUUGGAUGUUGAUAUUGUGUAUUUUCCUGGAGGAUUGAAGUCAGAUAACCCUGAUGAAAAUGGGGUUUAUGCUCAUCUGAUAUCCCCCAGCUGACAUGCAAACUGUGCCCCUUUAUGGAGGUAGUUGUUCCCUUAUGAUUAGAGAUUAUGUUUGCGCAGGAUCCCAGCCCUGAUCAGAAUUGUGACCACGUCCCUCAGCUCCAGUUUAGCAGCUGCUUAAUGAGCGUUUCUUCACCUGUUUGUCUCUGAGGUGAAUGACGUACACGUCUCUGAUGCCGGGAAACAGAAUCACAGUCUUACCGUCUCCGUCGCUUACCACACAUUACUCAUCGUUUAAUUGUUACGAUCCUCGCCGGGUUUGACUUCUGCUCAGACUUUUAAGGCGUUUGGUAAUUAACAACAGACGAUCAGGGAUGGAUGUUGUUCUUUGUGGGCUGUGACCCUCGGCGUUGGCCUGAGUCCAGUGCGAACACACAGCUCCAUAAAUCAUGUUAAUGCUAUCAGUGAGAGUGAAGUGAUUGUGUUCAGGAACAUGCAGGAGGAAGAGCAGACGGGCACAUGCAGGGAAAACCAAACUACGACUGCAGAUAGCAGGACUGCAAUUUUAUCUGGAGCUUUUAAACUAUCAGAUUUUAUGUUUAGAUCAUUCAAUUAACAAGUAAAGGCUCAUUUCUGUUGAACUUAAUCAGUGUAACAGUCACAUACCCACAUAUUCUCUUGUGUCGGGAUGGUGGUAAACAUUGCUUCCUCUGGAAAGAGUCUCACACAAACUUGAUCCUGCUCAUUACAAGCUUGAACACAUGCUGAGUUUAAUUUUGAGGCCAGCAGUAGAUCUCCAAACAGAACUCUGAAAAAGUUGUUUGAUCAUCUACAGCACAAACAAGGAUAUAGAGAGAGAACUGGAGAAAUCGCUGAUCAAAAAAGGACAAGGAGAGAAACAAUACUGGAUCACCAUGAUCUUCAGGCCCUCAGAGAGCACACAGGACUCUGCAGUGGAAGUCACAUUAGUCUCAUCACUGCAUCCAUAAAUACUGUUUCAAACUGAACUGUGCAAAGAUGUCGAACCAUCCUGGGAUCUGCUGAAUCAACUAUUUACGUUCUUUGUGGAAACCAUGGAAACCGCCUCUCAAAAAAGAGAGGGACCACGCUGUUCAAAGCCAGUAAAACUUCAGAAACUUGUCUCUCUGGUUUCUUAAAUUUUUGAAAUGUUGAGGUGAUGCAACAGAGUUUUAAUAUGGUUUUGUUUUAACAUUUUAAAUACUUUAAAUAAAACACAAAAACGUUUCAGUUUUAACGUCUGAAGAUCUGAUAAAUUGUUCAAAACCAUCAGAUCUUUUCUUCCAUCACAGCAAUCUGACAUUAGUCCAAUUUGGGUUGGUAAUGCAUCUUUAGUUUCUGACCGAUUUGCACAAACUUCCCCUUAAAAAGUUCAGAUAUUCUUCUUUGUUGUGUGUUGUCUGGUUGUUUGGCUCGUAUCCAUGAACGUCCUGAAGUUGUGCAGAAAUACAGACAGAGGGACAGAGAGGAUCAGCAGAGGGCUGUGUCUGUGUUCAUAUGCAUGUCAGACUUAAGAGUCUAAAUGAGCUUUUACUGUAGCAGUGACAUAAAGAAGAGGCCUGAUGUAACCAAGCGUCUAUUUUGCACACUGUUGCAUGAAGUAAUGUCCCUGCACUGGCAGUAUUUAAAGUAGCUGCAGUCAUAAAACUGUAGUAGUAGUAUUAAAUGUCAGUAGUAGUUCUCAGACAGACACAUUUUUCUGUCAUCGCUGCAACUGCUGCUGGGUUAAUGUGAUAUCUAGGACACACACACACACACACACACACACACACACACACACACACAGACAGGGAUCGAUGGAUGCAGGUGGAGCAGUCGGACCCUGAGGAGGAUGAUCUUACCAGGAGGAGAAAAGAGAUCGGGCUUUUGUAAGGGGAAACCCCUCUCUCCAAUCCCACAAUCCCUUUCUCCACUCUGCUGGUGCUCAACACCAAACCUCAGCCAGGUCUCAGAUCCUGUGCGUGUGUGUGUGCAUGUGUGUGUGUGUGUGUGUUAAACAUGCUCUAAGCCUGUCAGCAAGGAGGCGUUUGGGGGAGUUAGCGCCCUGCAGCAGAAAUCAGAGCCGUGGUAGGGGGUGGGUGGAGUUAGGGGUGAGUCUGGGUAAGGGGAUCAUUACUGUCUGUAAUUUCAGUCCCAGCUGAAUCUGCCGUGUCAGUGAUUUUCACUGACUGCCUCAGUCCUCCACUCUCUCUGUUCUACUUCCUGUAACACGAUGGUGAAAAUAACCCCUCUGACAUGUAAACUGAUGUUUGUCGGUCCGUCUAAAUGACAAAAACAACAUCAACACAAACAAACAAAAAAGCCCAGCACACAUGUAGGGCGGCCCUGACUCGUGAUGAGGAUUGGGGAUUGCAAGUAUUUCCCAUGAAUGAGGAAGUCCUAGUGAAUGCAGGUCAUGAGCUUGAAUUGAUCAGGACUGGGAUCUUGAUCAAAAGUCCCAUACGAUGUUAUUUUCAGCUGUUUACAACAUGUCCUACUUGUCCUAAAAACAUCACAAAUUCAGCCUCAGUGGAGGAUCCGCAGCCCCGAGUUCUAGCCUCAUUAUCCAUGCAGUGAUCUGAGCGGGCGAUGAUGAGGAGCUGUGCUGAUUGGCUGUUUGAAUAAUACCUGAGGAGAAGGUGCAAACAAAUGUAGAGGCGGAAAAACACUGUGACAAACAUGGCGAGUGCCCCAGGAGAACCUGGACUUGUAUGACACACCGCAUCUGGAACGGCUCCAAUCCAGAACGGCAGCGAUUUUUGCCGUAAGCCAAUUUUUCAUGGAUCCGUUUGUGAGACGAAUUUUGGUGGCGGAUUACGGACGGAGGUAAUUUAUUUUGUGUCUGUGCCCAACUUCCCUGCCAGCACAGGUUAAUCUGUACUGAAUUUAUCCAACAUGCUCCGGCGUCCGGAAAAAAAUAGAACUCUUGCGAUAAGAGUCCGACAAUCCGCAGCAGAACGGAAUGAAACCGGUGGAAAUUGGUAAAUUGAUUUGAAUGGCUACAAUUGGCGGAUAUGGCCUUUUCGAAGCCGUUCCGGAUGCAGUGGACAUUGGGGGUUACUGUAUGUUGUCGGCCAUGUCAGUUGGGUAGCCACAAUUGUGUGGAUGGAGGUGGAAUCGCUGGUAGUGGGAAUGGUUUGCAUGCAUGCUUGUGCUAUUUGUUCCACCACUACAGGAGCUGACUCAAAAGUCCUCACAGAAACUUAUUUUUCCUGUAGGAGGGCUACAGAACUGAUGCGAAAUCACUCUACAGACUUUGGCUCCCACCUCAGACAUUUAAUCCUUUAAAUCUGCCACUGUGCAUUUUCUUUGGGACACACCAAACUCAUUUCUACCAACUGGAUUGUUUAGGUCCUCAGAUUGGCCCUGGCUCUGGUGUAGCACCAACUUUACCAUCCAAAUAUACUGAAAACUGUAACAAGGUUUCUGUAUGUGAAGUUGUGAAAGGUUCUUGACUGAUUCAACAGCCUGCAGCGGAGGCGGCCUAAUUUGGUUUGCAUGCUCUGUAAGGUUAGGCACGGUGGAUUUUUCUCUCCUUGGGGGGUCUCUGAUCUCAGAUGAUGUCACCCACGGGCUUCCCUCUGUCUGCGGCCUCCUCUCCACAAGGAGGCUGCAGCGUCACCGAGAUCCCUCCAUCCCUACUCCCCACUCCACCACCCUGACUCUCUCAGCUCCCCAUAUAGUCCCAGAAUCCUUAACCUAGACUAGUGCAAUCAUCAUCUCAGGGGGGAUCUGAUGUGUCCUAGUCCAACCAUCGCUCACUAUCUCAGUAUGACAAACUUCCUAGGGCCACCAUAAACAAUAUUUUACGCCUGUGACUACCAGGAGCCAAAAGGAUGUUUCCCCCAACAGCCAAAGACAUCCAUUUACUGUCUGGUUGUAAACAGGUGUGGAGAGACUGAAAAUCGCUCCCCUGCUACGAUGGAAACAAGCUAUUUUGAACAAACUGACAAUUACCAAUCCUGUCCUCCACCCCCACCCCCCUCAGCUCCCGUAACACACUGAGGGAUGAGUCAGAGCCUUAGUGGAUUUGAACCAGCGAGUCAUGCGGAGCGGCAGAUCUGCGAGCGGCUCCGUGUGUGGUUGGUGGACAGAUUUAGCCCGGGGAGCGGAGUCUUCUCUCAGAGCCGUGUGCAGCACGUUCACACUCUGACAAAUCGCCAUUGAUCAGGUUAAAUCAGAGACAUUAGUGAAGUAAACAAACGACUCCACCUCUGAGGAGGCCCUGACUGCGUUCCUCUCUCCACCUGUGGCUGCAGGAUAUAACAGGUUGAGGAUACAGCAGGCUCUACUUCAGGCAUGCAUUGCUGUUUUUUAAAAUCCUAAAUAUUGUCUAUGAUGUAACGAAAAUAAAAUAAGCUAACUCGAUACCUCUUUAAAGCCUUAUCUCCUGUGGCUCUGGUUUUCAUCUGGGUCAGGACUGCCUUCUGUCUCCUCAGGUUCAGCUCAGAGUUUUCAUUUCAUCAGCCGAUGAUGAUGUACAACCGUCUGGACCAAUCGCAGAGCUCGCACCAAUUACAGCGCAGAUUUAGAGCCAUUAGCGAGCUGUUGGUUUGGCUGAGCUGUUCCAUGCUAACCACAUUAGCAUCUUCCAGAGCAAGAUUGACUGCAGCCACAUGGAGCCUGUGUGUGUGUGUGUGUGUGUGUGUGUGUGUGUGUGUGUGUGUGUGAGAGAGAGAGAGAGAGAGAGAGAGAGAGAGAGAGAGAGAGAGAGGAGGGGAGAUGGUGUCCUGGAUGAGGUUUUGACACAGUUUGCCUUCACAAUGAAGUCACUCUUAAUUAGCCGGAGCAGCUGCUUUUUCUUGCUGUGCGAUUUGUGUGUUUGUGCACAUAGCAGGAGUCGUGCUUUGCCGUAAAUCCUCAUGGAAGUUCCCCGAAACCUUUAAAGGGAUACUUUGACAUGUGUGAAGUGUGGCUGUAUGAGGUGCUUGUCAAUGGUAAAUGUAUUACCAACAGGAGACCCCAGUCAGCCUGGCUCCCUUGUUGAGAAACUGGUUAGCGAACAUGCACAGAGGUUAUAGACCAUCAAUCGCUGCCGAUGAGGUCAGCUCUGUCUUGUAAUUUAACUGAUUUUAACCUUCUCUGACCUGAACCCCUCAGCAGAGUUUUGAAGUUUUGAAGCCCCACCAUGUUGGAAAUGUUGACCUAACAUUUAGUCAGGCUGAGUUUCUUACAACUGUAAACAUUUCGCUCUAUAGAUAGGAUUUUUGAAUGGAUGUGUAUGUGGAUUCCAGUGCCUUUGGACCCAGCCCCAAGUGGACACUUGAAGAACUGCAGUUUUUCACACUUUAGCAUUGACUUUAUUGUAAAAACCAGAAUUAGUUUGUUUGCAGCUGUAGUCGUGCUCCAGCCUGCCUGGUGUGUGUGUGUGUGUGUGUGUGUGUCUGCUCCACCCUCCAUCACAGACACCGCUCCGCUAAUUCUCCUCAUCCACAGAUGGCAACAAAGGUGCUUAAACUUGCCGAAGUUGCUCAGUGGUGCAGGAAUUAAUGAGCGUUUAAGACUCGCUGCAGGAUCAUCUGUUGAUUACCACCUCCAUCUUUACUUCUGGAUGUCCGUUAAGGCGACAGACUUGUUUUUAAAACGCGAAAAUCUGUUUAUAAAAUCACGAAAUGCACCUUUAAAUGCACAGACUGCAGCUGUAACAAAGCUCCAUUAGCUGCUAGCUCACCACACAAAAGACAUUACCCACCAUUACCACCAUAUGAUGCAUACACACGCACACACACACACACACACACACACACACACACACACACACACACACACACACACACCUCCAGGCUCUUCUCAAUCAUUACUCCUAAACUCACACUCAUGUGAACACACACACCACUUCCUCCAGCGCGUUAGACAGCAGCUUCCUCUCGUGUGUUUGUGUGCUGUUUACACUCUGCCUUCCCCCUCCCUGGGAUCCAUUUUGGAAAGUGACAGCCUGCGGUUUGAACCAGACGGUAUUUAACCAGGCUGUGGCUCCCAGACUCGCUCUAAAAGCUUCCUCUGCAGACCUCCAGGCGAAAAUUAUCACCUCUUUCUCUCCUGUUUGUGGUAGAUGAGGCUGAUUGGACGGAUAAUCCUUUCUCUAAUGCUGCAUUAAGACAUUUUUAUUUCAACGUUCACCUGCCACCUCGGUCUACAUUUCAAAGUGCACUCAGACCCCAGAAAGCAGAACGCUUUAAUGGCUGCAGAUGUUCUUGUAGUUUGAAUUUUUCGUCUGAUUUACAGACCUUUAUGUAAGAGAGGCGCAGAUGAGGCUUAAAAGAAACUCUGCAUCAGAAGACACGAUGACAUAUUUGUUUGUGUUAAACUUUAAAAACUUGUAUGCUGUCAUUGUUACUGUAAUGCCAAAGGGUUGCAGCACUUUCUCCAGGUGGAUCAAACUUAAAUAAUCACUGAGGUUGAAAUUAAUCUGUUAUUUUCAUGCUCUGCAGAAACUGGUCCAUGCAAAACCGGAUAUAAUGCAUGAUCUAUGUCUCCACAUGCUUUAAUAACACAAGCAGGAGAUGAAGCAGGUUUCAUCUGGACAUGUCCUCUAAAUAAUGUCAUUGUAAACAGAGACUACAGUCUACUGCGAUGUCCUUUCAGUUCAAUAAUAUCAUGCAAAACCUGUAAAGGAACAUCAAGCUUCAUUAUCACACUCAGAUAUUACAAGAUGUACCCCCCAAAUCAUCUACAAUUCUCCUAUUCUCUGCACUCCAUGGGUAGUUUUUGUUUGGGCUGGGUGAUAUGGCCUCAAAUCAAUAUCAUGAUAUAUUGAUCAGUUCACCUCGAUAACGAUAAAUGGACGAUAACUACUCUACAAGCUGCUCACCCCCUCCCACAUUAACUUCUUCUACUUCAGCCGCUACAACUUUUGAACCGUCCUCCAUCUCCUCACCUGUCUUUACCUCUUUGUUACAGACUGGAUGGGGUGGAGUCACAUCUCUGAUGUAGGACAGCGUCUUAAAGGGACAUGAGACCAUAGCCUACCUACACACAUCCAAAACCAACUUUGAUUUAUUUAUUUUUUCACACCAAAUAUACUGAUACGGGCAAAACGACGUCAGUAAAUUUCGGUAUCAGAAAAUUUACGGUUUAUUGCCCAGCCCUAGUUUUUGUUAUUUUCAUAUUUGUUUAAAGUGAGACCAUCAGUGAUGAGGACGCUCCAACACACCAGCUCGGCUCAGAUUGGUCCACUUUUGAAGGGCUCAACGAGAACAUCCUGAGAACAGACACCAUCCUGAAGCUCCACCUUUGCCUCCUCACCUUUCUCAUUAUUCUCAUUUUAAUCCACAUUGAGAAUAACUUCAUUAUUAAAAUUUACCAUGAUGAUGUAGGUAUGCAUUAUUAUGAUCUUGUAGGUAACCCAGAGCCUGAGACUGUGUUGGGGCAGAGCUGUAAAUAAGAGUGUCAUCUGCAUAUGAAUGUCGCUCUGCAUAAGAAACAUUGUGACCAAUAUCAUUGAUAGAUUGCAAAUAACAGUGAGACCAAGACAAAGCCUUGUGGCACGCCAUUUUCUACUUCACAGGAUUCAGAGGGGACUCCUUCAGCCUGCACACGCUGCAACCUCUUUCUUAGACUAUUUCCAGACGAACAUUUUACUAUUUUCAUUUUCUUUUGAUGUCAUUCAGAAAUUAUCUCGGUUAUUUCUUCUCCACUGGAAACAGUCGUCAUUAUUUCCACUUCUCUGCUCCGUGACAGCAGUGCUGUGUUCGUGUGUGUUGUUGUUAUUUGGGGUUUUUUUACAUUGAGUUUGGCUUUUGCAGGUUUUUUAUUUUCACACAAACAAUGAUUUCACAGCAGAAUCACAGCGAGUGUGUGGCUGAAGCAUCAAAUUGCGAUCCUCCUCUCAGGCUAACCCUCCCUGCAGCUGACAGAGCACUUAGCUCCAGUGUGAACCAAGCUCUCAUCAUUUAUUCAUGCUUUAUUUUGCACCAGGAACCAUUUGUUCUACCUUUUCUACCCCCCAUCAGCCUCUCUCUGCCCCCUCAGCUCUCACUGGGCCGUAAUGGAGCAUCGUUUCCGAUUCCUUGGAGGCUCGUCCUGAGACACGACGCCCUCCCCGGAAAGCUUCCUGCUCCUUGAAUGCUGACGAUUAAGCCUCGGGUGAUUGGCUGUGCCACAGGGUUCGCUUCUUCCUCUCCCCCUUUUUGGAGACUGUCUGUUUUGGCAGAGAGGAGAUAGGCUGGAGCUGUAUGUGUUUGCAGAAGGUUUUGAUGUAUCUCUCUCCAGCUUCAGAGAGAGCUGAAAGUCAGCAGAGGGCUGUAUCAGGACUUUGUGUGGAACCGGGUAUGAAAGUCAGAUAUGAAAUCUCCAGUUCGUCAAAUAAUUUCAUGACACAAGAAAUCCACUUUUGGACUGAUUUGCAGCUGGUGCUCGGCUUGCUAAGGGAUUAUACUGACGGCUGUUUGGUUUGCAAACCAAAGUGAAAUUCUGUACAGAUAAUAUUAGCUGAGCUGACACAAUCAUGUCAUAUCAAGGCAAAGUACUGAAAUCAAAAGCCUUCGAAAGUAAGUCUGCACCAAAAAAUCCCAAAGUCACUGUCACAAAGCAAUAAUGAAAUAAUAAUUCCAAUAAUGAAACACCAACGUCAGGAGAGAUAUACUGCAAAUACAGGUAUGGUGCAAAAGAUGGUGAACAGUUGUGAGUUAUGGCUCAUUUUUUUAAUACUUGUCCAUAUUUUACUCUUUCUGAGCAUCACGAUGUCAUAAUAUCGACCUAUUAUGUUUAAUAGGUCUGUAAAUUUUCUGAUGAUGGUAACCAUUGCUCUUCGGUAAUGACCUAUUCAACAUAAUUCCCGAAAAGUAAAGUACAAAAUCCGGACAGUAUUAUGAAGAACAGGAGUUAGUAAAACAGCACAAAGCAUAAAAUUUUACUUUACCUUUAAAAAAAAAACGAGUCGUGAGCUUGUUAAUAUCGUUAAAAAAAAAAAAGAAAAAUGAAUGGCCGUCUAUGGGCGAUGCUAAGUGGCUCCACCACACGCUAACACUAGAAGUGAGCAGAAUGCUAACUUCCUCGUACUGUGAAAAAGGUCUAUUGGAGAACAUUGUGCCCCUCUGAAAAGGACUUUGAAUUAUUUCUAAAAAAUGUUGAAAUUAGCGUGUUCUUCCACUCUGUAUUUUUCCUGAAAUAUUCCCAGAUUUUACCCUGAUUGAUCCCACACUCCCACGGUAUGAAAGUAGAAGCUUUACUGGAAGAAACCCGUGAAUCUGAACAGGCAGUAGAGUUGUUCUGACUCUAAAUCCCUCUUUUCUCAUCCAGUAACGUGAGUCCAGGUAAUAAAUUCCAAACUGAUCUUUUCAUUAAGAACAUAUUAAGGAGCUUUAAGGGAACCAAAAGGCUGACGUGACCUUUUCCAUUGGCUGAUUGAUGAUCAUUAGUUUUCAUAAAAUGACUCAUCAGAGUGAGGAGACUCUCAGUAGCUCGCUUACUAUCAUCGGUCGGCCUGGUUACUUACAGGUCUAAACUUUCAGAUGAAUAUUUCUACUGAAUGAUCGAGAUUUUUCUCACAUUGAAGAGAUAGCGUCGUUUCCCCCUGAGGUGAGGAUGUGUUCACAGACCGGCCUGGUUUUACCUCGGAGCGUGGGGUCAAGGUGAGCUGUAGGACUGAGGUGAAAACACAACAGGAGGGUCCUGUUAGCAUGGAAAGGUGAUCAGAGAAGUCACGGAGGGUGUGUCUCUGGUAUGUUUAACAUAAAUUGAAGCCAAAUCUCGGGCAGAGAUGCUGGGCCACGGCGGUGUUUGAAGGGCGGGAGAGGACACAGCGGGGGGGCGAUGGCAGAGGGAUUCAGAGAGACUGCUGACUUGACAAGUUGGAUUUUCCAAAUGUUUAUAAAGGGCAGCAGCAGCAGCUCCUGUUUGAGAGGACAGUGACUUCUCACAGCGAACCGUGGGUUUGGCUCACUCUGUGUUUUGACCUUUCUCUCCUGAUUCGAUUUGAAAACAAUACUCAGCUGCUGAGAUUCAAUCGUAUUAAUAUUUUUGAUUUUCUGUGGAAAAGUCUAAAAGUCUGACUAGAAAAAUAUCGCAGAAGAUGUCCUACUUAAAAGUUAUUCUAGUGCUCUUAAAGGUCCUUUAUCAAGGGACCGCUUUUUUCGUGCGAUUAUUUUGAACGUCAAUAUUUUUUUCGAACCUGUAUCCUGUCAAUACAAGCGUUCACAUCAGCGACGUUUUCCCGUCCUGCGAUAUUGCGGCAUUUAUUUUUUCGUAUCACGGUCGAUUUUUCUAAAGUUGCAUCGUUCUCGGUGUGUCAGGACCUUAAUUCUCUGUCAGGGAACCAGGAACUGACUGUUAUCAAAAGCUCACAGAUGCUUUAACCUGCUCUUCUUUUUCUUUUAUAGAUUUUGUGAAUUUAACACUAAACCGUCUGUCCAAUAAAGACUCUUAAUGCAGACAUGAGACAGAGCACAACCUGUCAGAUGAAAAAAGCAACAAGAAAAUGAGGAGAAACUCCCUCUCUGUUGUGUUUAUCUGCUCCUCUUCAUCCUCCUCUUCUUCCUCCUGACGUCCGCUGACGAUGGCGGCCGUCUCCUCCGUGAUGGAUGAGGAGCUGAGGAGGAGACGAGGCCGUGGACUCCUGUGCUCGGUUGCCUUUAAGGGAUCGUUGAAGGGAUAAUUAGAUCUGGAAAACAUUUGGGCUCUGGGACGUGCAGAAGCCUUUUUCUUACUCUCAUAAUGGAAUCUGCAGAACAGAUGGGCCGAGCGCUCAGACAGAGGAAGACCUCGCCGCCGCCGUGAAGAAGACCUCCGGUGAAAGAUGUUGUUUUAACAAAGUCGUGCGUUUAUCUUCUGUUUGUUUUAUUCUGUUAGGAUCUGCUGGGGCGGAUGAAUGAAAUUACAACGCACAGAGAGAGGGUAAAGAAUGAGGAAACGCAUCAUCAUGAUGCUGAUCUCUGAUUGGUUAAUUGGUCACGGUGAAUAUGAUAUUCAGCUGCCUCCACAUCAAAGAUACUGAACGAGUUCAACCAUAGAGCACAGUGUUGAUAAAUGAAGCUAAAGUAGAAUCAUCUGCAGUUUCUCAAGUGUCCACUAGGGGCUGGCUCCAAAAGUCAAGGAAUCCCCAUUAACACCCAUGUUAAAACAGUCAUCUUUGAAGUGAAAUUAAACAAGUUUAAAACCUGCUACAAGAACAGUUUUUGUCUGUAUGGCUUAUCUUUUUAUAAGUUCACACGAUACAGAGUUUUUAUUUCUAACUUUAUUGCCUAUGAUUCAACUCAGCAGGACAUAAACAAAAACUGUGCCAGACCAAUGUCAAAGUAAAGCGUGAGAUCUAUGUAAAUACAUAAAACAUCAAAAACAGGAAGAGUAAAGUCGAAAGGAAGUAUUUCUUAACCACACGAUCUGAUAAACAGUAAGGAGUCCGUAUGUGGUGUUUUAUUUUGAAAUUAACCAGAUUCGGUGUAUCCUGCUUGUGCUUGACUUCCUGUCUGUUGAGAUUGACGCGUGUUAGAUAUCUCGGUGCAUAUCUUUAGCAGAGCAAAGCAGUGCGUUAAGAUGCUUCUGGCACGGAGCAGAGACGGAGCUGUGACGCUUCCUGUGAGCUAUGAAGCAUUGAGUAGAACGGGAAAGUAUUUGCUGCAUAGGGAUGCUGUUGGAACGUGGCCAACACAGAUCCUGUGGAUUUGGGCCACAGUUGUAAGUUGUAGCCGGGCUGCUAUGGGUCCGAUUGUACGGUCAUGUUUGACUUUUUGCAAGCAUAGGGUUUAUCCAAUCAGAAGUCACACUUUUAAACAGUCAUCAACCACAGACUGUAGAUAGAAUGGACUCCGUCUGCCUCCUCGCUGGGUGAAGCCACUCUGAGAACAGCACCCUCUGGUGACAGGAUGCAGUAUAGGUCAUAAAUCCCGCCUCCGCCAGCAGAGGUUAUGGGGCUGUGGACAAACUUUAGAAAUUUAUUUGGCUUCAAAUCCGUAUACUAGCGGAAGGCGGAACCAAGUUGUCCAUACAGUCUGUCAUCAACGCAAUCUACAAAGGCGUUCCCAAUAUGGCGACCACCAUUGCCGCCAUUGCACACCACUGAAACUGUGACUUUGUUUCACUUUUUGGGAACAAAUCUGCUUCAAUUUGGAUCUAAACAUAAGUAACUCUUUGUUUGACUCUCUGGCGCCCCCUGUGGAGACUUUUGUCUUAGUCCUGCUCUCAGUAGAAACAGACUUUCUUCACUUUUUCUUGUUAGAGUUUUUCCGUUCAGCCUCCUGUUGUUCCGGAUUUCACUUCUCCGUGACCCGAUCAUUAAUUCCUCCACAUGAAAAGGGAAUAAUUUCACUCCUGAGUUUGUUGAUCUGACGCACAAACUUGCAGAAGACCACAGUCCUCGCCUGUCACAUCACAGUGAAAGCUCCUCUCUAAACUCGGAGGAGCGAUGCUUUAAUGUGCAGCUUCACAGACCUGCAGUGUGUGUGUGUGAGUGUGAGUGUGUGAGUGUGUGCUCUGAGCAUGUGCAGAGCCCGCUGACAUUUCCAGCCCUCUCAGUCUUGUAAAUAAUUGAUCAGAGGCUUCACCUUUUUGAGUCUCUGUUAGUUUCCCUCAAACACUCACCCCGUCGUCCAUACAUGCUCUCCUUCUUCACUGUCGAUCACUCUCCUGUCUGAAAACACACGUGUUCAACACGUUUACUUUAAUCCUCCGGAGUUUCUACAUGUUCGCUUUGAUUUUCAGGAUUGAUCAGAACGUUUCAAAAGGCUGUAAAAGAAAAGCUCGAAAAGCUAGUUUCAGGUUUUCACUUGUUGAACAGACUUUUAAAGAAAUCUAGAGUUUAUUUAUGAAUUCAGGAUUAGCAAGAGAAUUACAGGUCAGAUAAACGAACUAUGAACAUUUUUACAGCUGCAGGCCCAUGAUGCAGAAAGCAGGGGAACUGGGGUUCAACUGGAGGUGAACUGGUUUAAUGUGGGGACUUUUAGCGGAAUAUUUCUGUUAGCUUCUGGAUCAGCCAAACUCAAGCUAACUAAAUCUGGAUUAAGUCCUGGUACAGGCUUUCUUAAUCAAAUACAUCGACCACAGCAACUCCUUACUGGCAGACGCUCCUGCACUCACAUUUAAUCCACUUUCAGGCCUGAAUCAUUUGCAGCAGCACAACUGGUUUUUAAGGAACCCCAAACAACCAACAUGUCACUUCACUAUCAUGUCUUUCUGCUGGUUUUAACUUGUAAUGUCGCUUUAGUUCUUUAAUAGUUAAUUUCACACAGGUAAACAUUACGAUAAACAUAACUUUAGCGUGUAGAGGACUGGAUCAGCUGACCGAUGUGUCCACAGGCUGAAAAUCAACUUAUUUGAUCACCAGCUGUUAGACAGGAGUAGCUGUAAUUGUAACAGGACCAGAAAAACAACAAAGAGGUUAAAUAAUGUCAAUAAAUACAGAAAUGAAACGGGGUGAAUUAGGAAGCCCUGUUUUCAGUCGGAAAUGAAGGUAAAUACAGGCUGUCGGAGGAUUCUAAGUUUCCCAGUCUUCCUCUCGGCUCUUUCAUCGGCCUGUGUCACUGCUUGCUCACUUCCUGCCACCAGCUGUCAGCCUGUUUCUUCUUCUGCUCUUCUCUCAGUCCAGCCUUUCAUUCCUGCCGCUCAGCCCCCCUCGGUUCGUCUUCCCGUCUCAAUCCUCUGACAUCUUUUCCUUCAUCUCCCCCCCUCGAAAAUCCCCAGACCCCCUCUGCUUCUGCCUUUUCUUUGUUGUCUUAUCAUUUUCUGUCAGGAGAUAAACUCUAUCCUGUCUUCCCUUUGUUUCCUCUGCUUAUCUUUACCAUCGUCUUCGUCCUCUUCCUCAGCUGGGCCUGUAAAGACGACUAAAGGACAACAACAUGGCCGUAUGCGCCAGGACAGUUUCUAAGCUACAAAUGUGUAACAGUUCAGGAAAAAGGUUCUUUUUCUGUCUUUAUCGGUGUCAAAGAGGAAGAUAUGCAACUUUGAUUUACAGGAAGGUCAGCUGCAAACAAAGGAAGUAAAAGUGCAAAAAACUGCAGUUCCCAAAAAGGCCACUAGGGGCUGAGCCCAAAAAUGAAUCAAUUCCUAUAGAGCCCCAUGUUAAAAAGUCCAACUCCACAAUUCUGACGGCUUUUUAUACAGUUUAUAAUUUUUUCAUAGCAGUAUGUUUUGAACCCACAUAAUUCGGAAAUCUUCUCAUUUUACCGAAGGGCGAGUCUCACAUAGACAAGGCUAAUGCUUCGUUCCAUUAUCCUCGGAAGUCAGAUGUCGGAACUGAUAAUGACGUUACACCCGAGUUGACGGCGUUCCAGUUAACAAGUUGGAAAACCAAAAUGGAUGCCUACUGUUAGCCGUUGUCAGCUGUUGUUUACAAUUGUCAGCUGUCGUUAGUUGCUAGUUGUUGUUAGUUGUUGUUAGCUAUACCAGUUGUAAAAAAUGCAUAACACAGUAUUUUACUCUUACAAACACCGUAGCACCGUGUUCACAGUUAGACGUUGGGCAGUACAACAUAAACCACUUAUUUAGUUUCACAAAAACAAAACAGAAGUGCUAAUAAAUAAAACAUUACGAGAGCUAAAUAUGUUACUCUGAACUGCGCUGCCAUCUUGGAUUAUGACGUUGUCGUCAAGUCGGGGUUGGUGAAGAUCGUCCGACUUUCCAGAUGAAUUUCCGACUCAGAGCUCGGAAAUUUUGACUUCCAAGUACAACUGGAACGCAGCAUUACAGACAGAGUAAUGCUUUGCAACGAUCCAAGAACACCAGCAUGACCAGAAAACUGUUAUAGUUACACACAAAACUACAAACAUGGUCUCACUAUAGAGUACAGGUUAUAUAAACACAGUAUAGACAGUAUAGACUACAGGAAAGGGAUUCAGCACUAAGAACACCAAGUAAAGAUUAGCCUCUAAAAUCACAGGGAAGCCACAGAAACACUUCAGUUGUAUCUACAAGGAGGUGAUUAGGAAAAAAGCUGUUAAGAUAGUAAAUGAUCCUUCUCAGCCACCGUACAGUGAGUUCGUUAUACUUCGUUCAGGCAGACGUUAUCAAGUACCUAAAGCAAAUCGUAACCUCUUCAAAAACUCAUUCAUUCCUAACGCCAUCAGGGCGCUGAAUGAUUUGUGUGUAUUUCUUACGUGUCUCUUGCUGCUGUUGAUCUUUUUUUUUGUACACGAUGAGACUAAAGACAAAUUUCCACAUGUGGACAAUAAAUAAAUGAACAAACGAAGAUUAGCAGGCGAACUUUCUUCGAUAUUAGUCAUCGUUAUCUCCCGAUGGCAUGUCAGAAAUGAUGAAUAAUUAAUAAAGUGUAGCUUGUGCGUUAAUGUUUGUUCAUGAUCCUGCCCUGGUGCAAAAAGAGAAAUGUUAAAAAUGCUCAUCAUUAAACUCGAUCAGGUGAAAAUACACUCGGCAGCCUUUGGUUAAAGUGUCUGAUCAGUGGUUUUCACUGACGUUCUCCAGACUCUCAUUAAUUUAAAGGUUUUAUUCUGUUUGAUUUCUUGCUGGAUUGUAACUCAUAAUAGUUGGAGGAGUGAUAUUCAGUGUCCGCCCACAUGUUACCGGAGGAUCUUUUUAUUUUUCAGCCUGUUCUCUCUGCGCUCAGAUAAAUCUCGGCGCUCUGAGCGGUUGAUAGAAAGCACUUUAUUAUCCUCGUUCAUGUCCUUUAACCUCCAUCGCUGCUCUUCACCAGCCUGCCCCCCCCCUCCCUCUAUGACUCCCCGUUGGCAUCUGGACCAGUUGCACCUGUUACCAAGGGCAACCAUGUGACUCGUUGCCAGGGAAACCCUGCCGCAUGGGCAGGCAGGAGGGGUCUGUGCGGCUCCUCUCUGUGGUGGUUUCACUUCGUCAGCCUCGGUCUUCGUGUUUGAAGUUUAGGGUUUCUGAUCUGUUGCUGAGUCUCUGCAGAGAUUUGCAUCCGUGAUGCACACGGCCGCGCCGCCGUCGCUGCUACGGGAUGAUCUUUUGACUCUUAUUUCACUUUUAACAGUUGGCCCGAAGAGUACAAAGUGUCCAACGCAAACAGAAUCCCUCUGCGUCUUCUCCAAAACCACAUGAGCGCGCCGACACCAUCAACGGUCGUCUAAUUUCAGCCUGUUCACGUUAGGAAGCGUGUCUUUACAUGUGUGUGUGUCUAUGCAUCUUCUGCGGCGUGAUGACACAGCCAUGUACAACAAAGAGUCCCAGUUGCUAGGCAACCUUGUCUAAAAAACGCUUGAUAACCAAAAUACAGCAUGUAUGCAGCAGGAGCAGCAGCGGGCUCUCUCAGCUGGAGGAUUUGGAGUGUUUCACAGCUUCAUUCUGCAGCCGGAGAGACGCUCCAGGGGGAAUACCUGCGGGAGGGAACAUUAUGGCGAGCGCCGAGGAACAGGUCGUCAUGGUUAUUGGUUUUUAUAUCCGACAAGAUGGGGAAAUAAUCAGGUACAAAUCCAGCAGCAGGAGCAGACAUCUGAAUGUUGGCUCAGUGUGAGCGCACACACUGACCCAGAUUUUACACCGUCCUCACCGCACACACACACACACACACACACACACACACACGCACACACACGAUCUUUCUUCUCUUCACACACCCUUCAGAGAAACUCUCGAACUCCUGAUGUGACAUUGAACUUUCUGGAAAUAACGCAGUCUCUCCGUGACUCUCUGGAGUCCCGUGGCAGAAGUUCAAGUCACUCUCUGCCCCAGAAACCUUUGCAGUUCGUCUGAGCGCUGCGGUUCGAGCCAAGAAGAGUAAUUAGUGAGGGGAGAGUGACCUUGGUUAAUUACAUCACAGAGAACAGAGCAGCUUCAGAGCAGCGUCGGUCCUCCGGAGCGAAGUCCUGGUGCUGAUCCAGCCUCAGAAGAAGCACUUUUAGUUUGAAAAUGUCUCCGGGCUGAAUUUUGAUGUUUGACGACAGCGGAGAGGUCAGACAUCAGCGCCUGAAUACUGACAGGUCAGCCAUUUUUAUAAACUGUCGACUCAAAGAAGAGGGUUGACGUUUUACAUACUCAAGCAGACGAACUUUUCUGUCCCGCAGAAACUUUCUGAUGAGACGUGAACAGCAGGUUUAUGAAGAGUCGUCUCUUUGUUUGCUUUGGCCUCAAACUGCGAUCACGUCUUCUCUUCAUCUAAAGGAUUGAGUGCUGAAUGAUUCGGUGAUUCGAUGAACCAAUAUUCUGAAUGAAUCUUUUUAGUGAACUGAUUCUAUUGAUUCAGUUCAUCUUAAAGAACUGCCGUGCUCAUCACUAGUCCUGAACACUUGAACCUCACACUUCCACAAACGCAGACAUCCCAGAAUUCCUUUCAGCUGCUAUUUCUGUCUGUGGUUUCAGAGAGCCUCCCGGGGUCUGAACUUCAGCAGCGGCGUCUCACCCACGCAGGUGUCCACCUGUCUGAGAUGCAGUGAUUCACGUCUGCGAGCUGCUCUGCUCUCGUAACGACGAAGCGAUCAUCGGCUCGGAGAGACGCUGGGAUCUGUGACAGACACUUUCCUGCGUGACUCAGAGUCUGUUUCUGUUUUUCAGGUCAGAUCCUCUUUAAUAAGGAAGUUUAGACUGAAGGACCUCUGAAAAACCAGCCGUUCAGUAAAUUAUGAGCUGCUGUUUUGAAGAGAGGAAUAAAAUCGGUAUUGUUGGGUCGGAUAUUAAAAAGAAAAGGACGAAUUUUCAAUCCUUGCAUCCCUAAUUUUACGAGUUUUCAUCCUGGGUGAGAGUUUGUUUCUCGCUGUGAGACCAGAGCCCUGAUAUAAACCAGAGAAAUAACACCACAGUCUGUAAAAACCACAGCAGGACACUUUUGUAUUAGCCUCCCGCGUCCAUGUCCUGCUUUCUGUCCCGCCCACCGCUGAGUCCAAAAUCCACAUCAUUAAAAUACAGAGAGAAGAGGAGGAGGAGGAGGAGGAGGAAGAGGAGGAGGAGGGCGCAGAGAUCCAGGACGACUCUAUAACCUCCUCUUCCUCAUAUACAUGCAGCGUUUCUGCACCGUGGGAAAUCAAAUAAACCCGAGCCGAGAAGAGAGACGGAGUGACUCAGAGAAAAGGAGACUGCAGGACGAGAUCGAACUGUUGAGCUUCAAUUUAUAGACUUUUUUAAAAUCUGAGCAGCUUUUCUUCUCAAACUCACCGUGACUUUCAACUUAUUUACUCAAAAGUUCAGAUUAUUAGAUUAAAUGAUCAGAUUGAGUUUAAAAAAAACCUGAUUUAGAGGAAAGAAUCAUCUAAAAAUCUUCGUUAAAAAGUCAAAAUAAUGAGAUCAAAAGGAAAAAGUAAGUGAUGAACAGUCUAGUCAGAUGAAAAGUCAUAAUUAUGAUAAAAGAAAAAUGAGAUAAAGUCAUAAUUAAAUGAUAAAAAGUCUCAGUGAAGAGGUGAGGGUCAGGAAUACAGAGAAGUCAAAUAUAUGGGAUUGUUGGAAGUUGAUAAUGUUCCAAGUUCUUCGAUAAAAAAGUAAAAAUUAUGUUAUAAAAAGUCAUAAGAGAGAGAAUUAAGUGAAAAAAGACCUUUCUCAUCAGACCAGGAGCUACAAAAAUAAGGAAAAUCUGUGACAUUUGGGUGAAAUAAGUCAUAAUUUUGACUUAAACGCUUAAUUGAGAAAGUCGAACUGUGACGAUUCUGGAUAAAUACAAAAAAAUUAAAAUCUGUGGUAAUUUUUAACUUCGAUAAAGAGUUUUAAUAUCAGGAUCUAAAGAAAAAAGUUUAACUAUUUAAAAUCUCAUUUUUUUAAGUUCAAUUCACUGAAUUUUUAUCUCACACUCAUGUCCAAACGUCUCUCAAUCAUGACUUUAUGACAUUAUUUUGAUGUUUUUCUCACAAAUUUCACAAACAUUCUCACAACAAUGAACUUUUUUGUGUUGUUAUGACUUUUUAAUUUGUGAUUUUGGUGACUUCUCUCAUAAUUUUAAACUUUGACCUCAUUGUUUUUGGCUUUAAUGAAUUUUCAUGACUACAUGGAUGAUGAUAAUGUCCGAACAGUCCAGUUUUGACCUUCAUCUCUGCUGCGUUUUUGACUUUUUUGAGGUUGUUUUUCCUGGUUGAACAAACCUCAUAUCUGACGGGUCUGAAUGAAGACUGUCAGAGUCUGUGACCCGACCCCGUCGGCUCACGAUCGGAGUCUGAAGUUUACACAAACUGGAUCAGACGAAGCUAAUCGAUCCAUCAGACUGGCAGGAACAUAUAGAUCCUGAACGAUAAAUCUAUGAUCCCAGGUCCAGGCGGCUGAGCCGAGUUCAGGGUCACGGCGAGGAGACGGGAAGUCGAUAAAACAAGCUCGACCAUCAGACAAACGUGUGAGCGUCAGACCGUAGGUCAUCAGAGCUCUAUUAUCAGACAGCAGAAGUUUAUAACUCAGUGAAAUAAAUCAAACUGAUCAAAGAUUGAUUUAUCCCCUCAGAGCUGAUGUGAAAGGUAGACUGACAGCAUGAGAACGGCCCGCAGCAGAGAACGUACGGAGCGACAGCAGCCUGAAUAAAAAGUGACUCGGUCUCUGACAGGUUUAAAGCCUCCUGCUGUCACCGCCGUCCCAGAAUCCCUCUGCAAUGACUGUGCAGUCUGAAACUCAGCCGGGCAGACAACUUUUCGCUCCUCCGGUUUUAUUUGCUCUCUGUGAGCGACCCUGAGAGCAGCAGCAGCAGACGCUCCCUGUCUUUUUCUGUCUCUCUGUAAAUCAAGUGAAACGUCGGGGUUUACAGCCACCCAGAGACGAGUGCGGAGGAGUUACAUAAAACAACAGAGGAAGAGUUUCUCCUUCUUUUUUUGGAGUCAGUUUGGAAAACUCUCGGUGACUUUUACAGUUUCUGAAACUGUGCAGCAAAAUAUCGUCCUCAAAAGACAUGCAGAGCGGACUGAUACGAGACGAUUCAGAACAGCCAAUCAGGACUGAUCUUGUUUAAAAUGAUGGUUAGAUUUGGUGCCUCUGUUCUGAGAGCUUCCUGCUCCUCCAUAAACCAACACUGAACUCCAAACCCUGAGGCGGGCUGAGAUAGGGCUGAACGAUGAAUCGAUUUUAUAUCGUAAUCAGAUUAUUCGAUCAUGACGAUGUUAAAAAAUUAAAAUCAUGAUACUGAUUUUCCUCUCGAUCAUGUCUCGAGCCUUCAGGCCACCGUAGGCUCCCCACACAAGAGUAAACAAAGAUGGCGUUUGCAAAAGAAGGCGAUAAUUUCGUGAUUAAAUAGGACAAGAGCGAGUCAGUCGUGUUGAAUUGGUACAGCUUCACAGUUUCAGAUGAAGAGUAAACCACUCCCCGCUGUGAAGUCUGUCUGAAGGCGGUAUCAACCCGUCCACACGGAAACAAAUUCAGGAGGAAACACAAAAGUUUUUGUCGUAUCAGAGUUUCAUCCACAUGGAAACGGCGUUUCAGAUGACUGUAAACGGUACUUUUUGAAAACGGGUCAGAGAGUAAAUAAAUCUGUAAACGACGAUCAUUUCAUCUCCGUGCAUCUGGAAACGAUCAUGUGACACACAGCGUAACUCUUUUAUGGCGCCUGUGUGUGUCCGGUCAAAACAUCCUUUAUACACACUCUCUGUACUCUUCUUCUGUCUUUUGUGCAUUUCCUGUGCAGCGUCACAGCGCCACUUACUGGCUUGGCAUAUGCACUACAUCCUUUUUAGUGGUUUUGUUUUGAGAGAUGGUAGAAAAACUUCUUAUCUGUAAAGUAGUCAGGCGCGUCAAAAUUCGCCUCGGAAUAUUUCGUAAUUCGUAAGACCUCCAGAACAGAGCAGACAUCAGUGAUGACGCAUCCGACUGAAUUUCAUUUUGCGCUUACUCUCUGUCCAAACUCUCCAAGCGUAAACCAGUCAAACAUGUAAAACCCAGCGCCUCCACUCUCUCUGCUGUUCUAAACAAACAUGGAAUCUAGAAUCGAUUCGACUGAAGCGGAUAUAAAGACCCGAGCUGUUAAAAAGCGCCACUGCCAGUCUUCUCCACACUUGGAGCUGUGGAUCAGCAGCUUGUCUUCGACACUGACUGGGAUUGAAUCUGCUCAGGUGUCAGCUCCCUGUCAGCGGGUCCUCGCUGUGAGCUUGGCCUGAACCUCUCCUCUUUGUAGAUGAUGCAUCUCUGCAGCAAAGCGAGGAGCUCCUCGUGCCCUUUUCUCAGAGACCAGAAGAGCUGUCAUGUGUCUGUGCAGAUGCUGCUUUUUCAUAUCCAAAACGAGGUAAAGUGAGAAUUAAUGUGAUCAAAAAGGUUAAACAACCAGCAGAACUCCCGUCGGUCUGUCAUUUCAUGGGUAUAAAAGCAGGUUUUGACGGUGACGUUGCAGGUAGAUGUUUGAAGUUUCCUUCAGAGAAUCAAAACUCUGAGAAACAACAGCAGCCUGUCUGCUCUUCACUCAAAUAAAAUAACUAAUUACCACAUUUGCUCCCCGUGUGGAGACGAAGUCUGCUCUGAAAAUGACUGGAGGAGGAGGAGGGAUGAUGACGACGGGUGAAACGUUGUUUUUAUUCCCUCCAGCUCGCAGAGUUUCAGUCGACAUGGAAACUAAAAUGCCAAACGCAGCAGCACGUCGCUCCUGGAGAAACAUCACACACAUCGUAUCAGCAGAGGGGCGAAGGCAUCAAAACCGCCUCACUCUGCAAACUCAGGAGAAAGACGGCGAUGUGACUCUGCAGAAAGAAAGAAAGAAGUUAAUUUUAAGGAUUUGGGUCAAACUUGGACCAGAGUCCUGAAGUCGAGACGUGUCCCUGCAGUCACAUGUUGAAGCGUCCUUGACCAGAAUCACAGUCCAUCUUCCUCAGCGUAGGCUUGUAGCUGCAGAAUUUAUGUUUGUUACGCCCCGCUCUGAUGAUAAAUAACUUGUUAGCUCAUUUUGCGCUUCUUUAUUUAUCAGCAGAGUGUUUUUUUCGUUUCUCAGGAGCUGGAGGAGUGUUAAAGAUCGGAGGUAACGUCUACAGGGUGAUUCAUGUUUUGUUUUCCCUGCAGAGGACCGACCGUUUGAACUUUGUUUCCGAUCGGAGCGUCUCUACGAAAGGUUUUGGGAUUUCUGUCGAGCUGAACUUCGGCUGAACUCCACAAACAGCAGCAGAUGAAGCUUUUCUCACACCUGCAGCCGACAUUUGAAUCUGUUCCUCGUGUUAAAACUCUGUUUCACUGCGGAGGAGUUUUUUCUCUUAAUUCAAAUCUCAGAAUAAGUCUGUAUUAUUUUUAGUUUCACUCAGGGGCUCGUCGGAUUUCAAUCUAUGUAGGUCAAACAUUUUGGAGAAGUCUUCAAGUCGAAGUCUCAGAGGAUUCUGGGUCUCAGACUGUGGAGCGAAAAUGACGCCAGCAGAUGACGGAGAGUCUUAACUGUUGGUGAAACCGCUGAGUGAAAUCGGCGUCUGUCAGCAAAGAAACAUGGAUUCAUAGUUUGAGACGCAUCACCUCCAGAUUUCUAACCAUUAAAGGCAGAGUGAUAGUCACAGUUUGAGGAUUGUUAUGUAUUCAUUAAAGCAGUGGUUCUUUAACUUUUUCUGCCAGGUUCCCCUUCGGCAGGUAAAAAUAGAUUUAGGCCCCCCUACAAAUCAACAUGUAAAAAACACUGUCUGUAACGAACUGCUUUGGUUUUUCCAUUUUACCUCAAUGAAACUUUAAAUAUUUAUGGAGAUAACAACAUUAGCUUCUGCAUUUCUGAAGAUGAACAAUUUGCAACAAUCACAUUGUCUUGACUCUGUUUUUGUAUUUCUGUUGUUGUGUCGUUGUCGCCCUUGCGUUUUCCAAGUGUAACACAAUGUGCAUUAUUUUUUUUUUGCCUUGUCUCAACCCCCCUGGGGUCCUUACGGCCCACUUUGAGAACCACUGCAUUAAAGGGAUAUUUCAAUAUUUUUUAACAUCAACUCUAUUAUCAUAGUGUUGCACAGGAAGUAAUGGUGUCCCGGUACAGUUUUUUCACUUCUGAUAUGAUACCGAUCUUGUCGCCUUCAGCAUCAGCCGAUACCGAUAUUGAUACAAAAUUAGCGCUAACCUGUGCAUGACAGGUUUUGCACUCAGUCUCAAUGAUGAAAAAUCCAGCCACACAGGCGACGUCACUCCUACUCCUCUCUACUUUUCUUCGUACCUUAGUACACACUGUUGUUGUGAUCACAUGGGCUCUACAUGCUGGAUCCAGGCCCUGCUAGAUAGAGGUCCCAGAGUGGAGUCUGGAAUGGACUGCUUGUAUCAAAGAUUUUAGAUGCAGGCCGAUAUAAUCCGAUAUUUGUUUUUUGGCUGAUAUUGGAUCGAUAUCCGAUAUCCAAUUUCUGAUAUCAAUAUCCUAUUGGGACAGCCCUAACUGAGAGUGUCCCCCCAUGUGACUCCAGCAGGGUCACUUCCUGGACCCCUCCCGUCCUCGUCUUCAGCUGUCCACUCGAACCCCUCCUCUCUUUUCUUCUCGAGCUGAAUCAUGAUCAGCUGAUGCACAACAUAUAUCAGCCCCAACUUGAAUAUAUUAAAGCUCCUGUGAGCAACUUUCCAUCUGCAUCAGAUUUGGCGCCCCCCUGUGGACAAAUCUACCCUGUCUGCAGUUGAAACACACAAAAAGAAAAGUGUCUAGCAUCCUAAUUUGCAGUGUAACCAUGGCAACAGGCGACAAUCUCCUGGAAGGUGUUGAUAUGGGAGUAAAGUUUGGUCCUGAUUUGAGCCUUACAGACCUCACUGAGGGAAAACUGUGUGACUUAUCAAUCAGGCAGAUUUUCUGAUAACUCGGUUAAAAAAGGAUCUUUUGUGACACUAAUUAAAGGACGUGGACUGAAGCAGGGUCUCUUUGAGCGUGUGCACUCUCACAGAGGAGCUAAUUGAUCCUGAAACGAGUCACAUAUCUGCGGUUCGAGCGCGCUGUAGUUCCCGUUCCUGACUCAGGCUGCAGGAACAAAAAGCAGACCCAGCUGGAGCUUUAGAGCAAAAACUAAUUAAAUCUGUCUGAAAACAACGUCUCCAACAAGCAGAGUGUGAAACAUUCAUUAUGUUGAAGCACGGCGCUGAAUGCCGAGCUGCUGUGAGCCGUCAUUAAAGACUGAUUGCAUCACUUUUCCUGUAAAUUAAAGGGAUUACACUGUUUUGUUCAAGUAUGAAGUGAGUUUACGAGAUUACAGGAGAAGUUGGAUCAGUGGUUUCUUAUUCUGUUCAUUAAAGCAGGAGAGCUACAACACGUCACAAAGAGACAGCUACACAGACAGGGUGGUUAUGCAAACUGUCCCAGCGUAAACUGGAGGAAGGCGGAACCAAGUUGUUUAUUCAGUCCAUUCUUUAGACUUUUUGGCACAUGCAUGAGUAAUUGACUGAGUGCCAAAACAAUGUCCUCUUUGUGAAUCAGGCCCAGAGUCACCUGUCGGUUACACAGGUAAUUCAUAUUUGUACUACUGCAUGCCCAAAUUGUUGGUUAUCUGUCCAAGUGUUAGUCUAUAUCAGCUAGAGUCCUCAUGGCUGCUUCCCAGAUGUAAACAAGCACAAACAAACCAACGGUGUCCUGUAGCGCAGAGUUAUUAGUCAAUAUUUAGAUCUAAAAAAUAACAGAAACUGAGGAAGUUUUUCGUCUGCUGUGUUCGGUUAAACGGACACAUGACCACUUCACCACUCAGAGGGCAAACGUGUGCACGUCAACCUAAACGAAGGACUGAAACUGGUGGUGCUAGCUCUGCAAGUGUAAGCUAGAAUCGUGAAAACUAGACUCGUCUGAUUUUUUUCUAUUUGAACUAUUGCUGCUGUUGUGCAGAAAUCUCAUUUCUCCAUAUUUCAUAAUUUUAUUAUUUUUUUAAACAGUCAUUAGUCGUUUCAAAAGCACAGGGAUUUUGGAGAUAAGAGGUUUCUGCAUGACAGCAGUGCUAUAGGGGAAUUAUACUGCGUUCCAGUUGUACUCGGAAGUCGGAAUUUCCAAGCUUCGAGUCCGAAAUUCAUCUGAAACCCUCCCUGGAGUCGGAUUAACGACUCGGAAAGUCAGACGAUCCUCACCAACCCCGACUUGAUGACAACUUCAUGAUUCAAGAUAGCAGCGCAGUGCAUCAACAGUAAAGAGUAACAGUGAAAGCUCUCAUAACGGAUUAUUUAUUCGCACUUCUGUUUCGUUUCUGUGAAAUUAAAUAAGUGGUUUAUGUUGUGCUGCCCAACGUCAAACUGUGAACACGGAGCUAUGGUGUUUAUGUUAUGGUGGUGAGUAAAAUAUUGUGUUAUGCAUUGUUUACAACUGGUAUAGCUAACAACAGCAGCUAACAACAGCAGCUAACAACGGCUAACUGUAGGCGUCCAUCUUGGUUUUCCGACUUGUUAACUGGAACACUGUCAACAGAGGUGCAGCGUCAUUCCCAGCUCCAACAUCCGACUUUCGACUUAUUAGCCACUGCAGCAGCUUCCUGGUUGACUGUUGACGGUUUGAGCUUUACACGGAUUGCAGGACAGGUGCGGCUCCACUGUGUAGGUCAUAUUUAUGUAUUUUAAGCACACACUUAUCUACGAGACGUGAAGGCGUGUUCUGUUCAGCGAGGAUUUAAAGCAUCCUGAGUGCGGCGGGUAAGAAAUGCAGUGGCAUGCAGUGGAUUUAGAGGAUAAGCUGCAUUAAGCUGGAGGUCAAAGUGAAAUGUGAAGACGUCUGCAUACAGAGCAGAGUAUUAAAACUUCACAUACAUGUUUAUUCAUACAUGCAAACAAAGUAUUUCCAUACCGAAGGCCGUGUGUGCAUCAUGGCGACAUUUCAGUGAAGGUUAAGAGACCAGACCUCUGCCUCUGAAUAUUUUCACCCUCCUCAGAUAUCAAAAACCCUGCAGUUAUUUUUUUCCCAUCUUUCCUUUCACCUCUCCAUGACCCUGUAGAGUUUGUUUGGCUUUUUUAUACAUCUGCCCUCAGCAAAGUAGGAUAUUGCCUCUAAAAUCCAAGUUGCAUUUGUCCGCAAAUCAUCGAAACACGAUAUUUAAUCAAAUACAGCACAUAGACCGUCGAAUCAAUGUCGUAACUGAGAAAAGUUUAUUAUGUUAUGAAAAAUAUUUGUGUAAAACUGCAAAAAAUACAAAAUACCAACAAAAAAUUGAGAACAAAUCUUAAAAACUACUCCUGGAUGGUUGGGAUGUGCAAGAACAGACACGACUCUGUAGUGGGAGUCUCUACAUGGGCUCAGAAUUAUUUAAGUGCAGGUUAAGAUAGUGGCAUGCAAAGAGGGAACCAGACACGCAGAUGACUUCUCAGGACUUUAGCCCGAGUAUGACGGACUGAGGCGAUCUUUACGGACCCUGAAAACUCCAAGAUUUGGAAGCUCAAACGGGUGUAAAAGUCUGUCUUUGAAACUCUCUCUCUGCCUUCAUGGGAACUUUAUUUAUCCGAGCCUCGUCCUGGAUUCACCUCAGGAGUCACCACUUAUCAGAUGAUCCCCUCUCCUUCCCUUCAGAUUGUGUCGCUCCAACAGUUGUAGAGUACCCUCAUCCUAAAACUCCAUCCAUCACGCACACUACAAUACAAAAUCUACGCCGUCCCUCAGAGGCGGCGAUGAUGAAUUAGCUCGGCGGUGUCGCCCGGAACAACCUGUCUGUGCAGCGCUGAGCCUGCAGGUCUCAGAGGGGAUUCCCGCUAAUUCAUAAUCUGCACAGAGUCCCUGAUAGGAGACGAAGGAGUCUUAAUGUGCCGUCAUGAUGACUCCGCUGAAGUAAAUCAGGCAGCUUCGGUUUUAUGUGAUCUGGCACCAAAGAAGGGUCAACAAAUCUGAGUCUCUUGUUCAAAACAAACCCUGAAAAAAGUCCAGAACAAACGUGCAACAGUCAGGAGAUGAUGUACGCCUCUAGGAGUGACGCCAAUAACUCUGUUUUUCUGGUGCAGCCAGCAGGUGGUGAUUCCCAGCCAAGACUUUGUUUACUUUGUUCUGCACUGAUUACAGUCCAACUAGAGACCUGAAAAGUCGUCAGUACGUGUCUGAAAUCUGUUGUUAGGUAUGAACCUUCUUCAUUAAAGGUUAGGGGUACUCAGGAUCUGAGGAAGUGUCAGUUUUUGGGAGAAAUCUUGAAUGUAAACUCUACCCCUCCAAACCAGUUUUCCCCUCAGCUCCUCCUCUCCCCCUCCUCAAGCCCCGCCCACAAACAGACGCUCCUGCUCGCUCGUAUCGUUCCAAUUAAAUUCAGACAUAAUGCAGAUAAAUACUUCAGAUCAUUACAAAUGGGGCCCAGUCAAGGUGAAAGUCAAAAGCAUUGGUGCUACUGUAGAUUCCAACAGACUACCAGCAAACACAAUGUUUGCAGGACUUCUACAACGAGGAUAAAGUGACAUAGUCCAGGACCCGAGGGAGGACAGUUUAGCGAUGGCGCUACAACACGCUACAGCAGGUCCGUUUGACAAGAAACACUUCUGUUACAGACACUUGUCUUACUUUGUUAAAGCGGUUUAACUGUCCAGCAGAAAGGUUACAGGGUCACCAAGAUCCCCAAGCGUCCCCCAUCGUUUAUGUUGACCCGGCUUUUUAGCUCUUGUCCGGUCUACCUCCGUUUUAAGCGCCCGCUAUUCCUCCAGAGUCUCCGGUAUUUACUUUGUUUUCUUGCUUGUGUCGGCAGUCGUGGCCAAAGGAGGAUUCAGACAAUUUUCCGAACUUUCUGGUUGGUUUCUACUGAACGAUAGCCACUAACUUUAGUUGGACGUGGCGCGAUAUUCCCAAAUGUCAUCAAUAACUAAUAUCUAUUGACUGAUAUUAAAAGCUUUUUUGUAAACACACCACACAAAAAAAGAUGCCUCCUGCCUACCCCACCUUUAAGCUGAAUCAAGUCUGCAACUUUCCCCUGACUUUCAGCCUUUCCUCCGCACAGAUCAGGUCCUCUUCGUUCGGUCCUUGUUGGACUCACGAUGUACUUUGAGUUUCGUCAUCAUGUGGGUCUCAGUCUGGAUCUGGAGCUCUCUGUGGACAGGCAGACCGGCGCACUAAAAGGUGUUGUUCACUCAGACAUGUCUGAUCCGAGGCCGAGGGAGCGCCGUGUUUAAUGGACCACACGUCCACUUUUUAUAAACGCUUUUCUGACUCUGACGUUUAUUCCAUCUGAGGCGGUUCAGGAGUGUUUUUGGGCCGCAGUCUGAGUGGAGUUGUAGUAAAUAAAUAUUGCAAAAAGCUGCUGAUAUCCCCGUCAUGAAUUUUUGACGAUCUUUGCUCGUUUAAAAAUCUGUAGUUUUGGGAGUUUGAAACGUUUUUUGCACGAAAACAAACCACAGAGUUCUGCAGAGAUCACUGAGGCUGUUUUUAAAAUUAAAGCAGCUUUUUAAGUGAAAUUCGGAGAUUGAGGAUUUUUUAAGAAACCUGAAAUCUUUAUUUUUUUUUGGCAUCCAGUAAGUGGGUUUUGACCAAUCAGAAUCAAGCACUUUCAGAAGCCGCAGAGACACAGGGAUCGUCAUGUCAUCACCUCCUUCUCCUCAUCCUCCUCGUUAGCUAUUCCGUUUGAAACGUGCCGAGACGACCUCAGACGCCGCUUCCUCUCAGAGUAAUUACUUCCACGCGGUCUGAUACCUGUAGCUGGUUUUCUCUCUCAUCGAUUCGCCUCCUCAGCCCGGGUGGUUUAAGGCGCUCUGAUGUGAUGUUUGCAGAUGCUGCAGGAUUUAAGACGGCAUCUGAUUAACCCACUUUUAGCUGUUUAGUGUGUCAGAGAUAUUUAGAUCAAUCCAGAGCAGCAGAGAGAUACACGUCGAGCUCAAACAGAUGUUUGUAAGAUCCUGCAGAGUGAGUGGGACCUGAAGCUUUUGGCUGAAUUUAAACUCUCUCAACCUUGAAACUCGUCACAUAUGAGACUCUUUAGAGUAAGUGGAGGUAGAUCUUUGCUCUCCUUUCUUUCCGUACAGUAAAGACGAUGAAUUCCCGAAACAAAAGCCCACUCCGCUCCGCCUGAAUCUCACACACCGACAGUCUGAAUUUAGAAAGAUUAUAAAAUCGUAAACAAUGUGAGCUGGUUUCCUCUGGGGAGGGAAUUAGUGAAAUGAGGAACGAGAUGUUCUCCGCAGGUUACGCCGAGGAAGAAAAGGUCUUCUCGGGUGAGACUGAGACGAGAGUAAAUGAGGGGAAGAUAAAAACCGUUUGGUAUCAGAUUUAAAUGACUGCUUCAAGAACUCAGUACCGCGGACUUACCUGAACUCGGGACUAGAAGCAGGUUUUCUGUGCGAUGUCUGCAGAACGGCAUGAAUUGCUUGCAGCGUGCAUGCCGGAAAAAUAGAAAUGACCAAACUUUAUGCUAGUCUUAGUUGCAAAAAAUGGAUAAUUGACGUGUUAGUUUCAACUAAAGUUAAAAAUCUGAGCGAUCCUGGGGGAAUCAGUUUUGUACUAGGGCUGAACGAUAUGUCCUCAAAUCAGUAUCACGAUAAAUUGAUCAGUUCACCUCGAUAAUGAUAAGUGGACGAUAACUACUCCACAAGCUGCUCACCCCCUCCCACAUUAACUUCGUCUACUUCAACCACUACAACUUUUGAACCGUCCUCCAUCUCCUCACCUGUCUUUCCCUGCGUUCCGCAAGCAUUAAAAUCAAUGUGAGUGAUUCUACAAAAUCCGUCCCUUGUCUGGCUCUGCUGCGGAUCAACUCCGGCGGCUAGAUCAGAUACGCAGGGCUUCUAUUCAGUGCAGUGCAGCACAAGCAGCAGCAGAAGUUGUACACGGUUACAGAAUAAAAUAUCCAGUAAAUUUUCAAAAUAAAAUAAAGUCAAUACGUAGAACUGUUCUUAACUUGAUAAUAGGAGAGGCCAGGGUUGUUGGAUGUGAGUGUUCAUAUACGCGGAUCGGUGGAUCUCAUUCUAUGGCUCCUGGGGAAACACGCAAGAUCUCGUGAGAUCUCACCAAGUCUCGCGUGAAAUAUCGAUAACCUUGUGAGCGCUUCUUCUCCGAAGGCGGCGCCAGAUUGGAUCCAGUGGGCAUUGUACGCUUGCGGAUCUGAUCUGCCUGUCGGUCCGGAGUGGAACGGAGCGGUUCCUGAUCCUGUGGGUUUUAGCCAGUUAAAGGGACAUGAGACCGUAGCCUACCUACACACAUCCAAAACAAACUUUUAUUUAUUUAUGUUUUUGACACCAAAUAUACUGAUACGGGCAAAAUGAUGUCGGUUAUUGUGGUAAAUUUCAGUAUCACUAGGUUUUCGGUUUAUCGCCCAGCCCUAUUUUGCACCAAAAGCAUGAAAACACAUAAAAGACAAAGACAGAUACGACCGCAUCAUUAAAAAGUUCAUUAUUCAAACAUGGCACAAUAACUUUUGAGGAAUAUUCACAGAGUUUAGACUCGGUCUCUUUUCCUCAUUGCAGUCAGCAGCUUCAAAGUUUCACACAUCGACCGACAGAAACACGAGCAAACUCUUCAAAAUCCUCCAAACUAACAAACCGAUCCAGUUCAGGUGACCUUGUAGCCGUGUGUGUGUUUGUACGACGUCUGCGGUGUUAUUUUCAGCGCUGAUCGAUAGAAGCCCGUCGUACAGGUGAUUCAUCAACACUCUGAACCGUUCACCCGCCCCGCUGUGUCACUCUGGACUUCUUCACACCCGACAUUUGUUCAGCCAGUCGUGAAAAUUGACAAAGCGGUUUCAAACGGCUUUCACGUCAGUCUGUUGUUAACCUUUUAAAAGCUUUUGUUUGGACGAGUGUUUUAUUGGCGUCUGGAAAAUCAACAGGUGACACUGUUGGGAUCGGAUGUUUGCCAAGUCAGCCGAUAAACCGCUCCGACCUUGGCUCCGGGAUUCACGGUGGAAGGGUAGAAAAGUGGCGUUGGGGGUUACCGAGAACCAGAAUUAGGAGAACCUCAGAGCGGCUGGAGGAGUGUCUCUCUUGGAUCUUGAAAAUACUCUUCUGUGGAUGCUGAGAUCUCCUCCAAAGCUCUGCUCAAACUUAACCAACAAACCAGACCAGGGUGCAAAGUAUGUUGGCAUGGAGACGGCGUCAGGCCAACAUGAUUGUGUUUGUUUUAAACGACACUAAGUAUUCGGCUUUUGUCUCUUAGUCUUUAAAGGUCCCGUCUCUUCUUGUUAUAAAACUACCAAAGGUCACGUGUCCGUGCCGGUCCUCACCCUGAGAGCCAGCCGGUCCAGAUGGAUUCUGGGUGUAAUCACACAAAUAUAAAAGCCCGACUGCUCCCGCCGAGCUGAGAACUCAUCCGACGACCCGGAGACACCUCCGCCGUCUCGCUCAGAUUUAUGACUGUACAUCCAGACUGUGAAAAAGCUAUUUCUGCAGCUUUUAACAGUUUAUUUCCCAUGAUAACCAGGCGCAUAUAUCACAGCCGGCGCACUGCGGGGAGGUGCGUGCGUUUGUGUGUGUGUGUGUGUGUGUGUGUGUGUGUGUUAGCGUUUGUGUUUGGAUAGCAGGGUCUGACAGGGUCUCCUCUCUUGGUGAUUGGAGGAACACUUUGGAGUCUCACUGCACCAACAACAACAAAAAAAAAGCUUCACGUUUUAUUUUAUUUUGAAAAUCCUGUUUAGUGCAGCUCCUCGGAUCACGGACACCUCUGAUUCUGGGGGGUUGUAAUGAGACAACUGCUUUCUGCUAUCCACCUUGAAUUCACCCCUCAAAGGAAUGCAGGCUCCUCUGGUUUGGACAGGAAAUGGGGGAGUAACGGUUUGCACACCAAGUUCCCAUUUACGACCCAGGCAACCAUUUGGGAGGUGAUAGUGAAUCUUUAACGCUUCCCAAAAAGGACAAGUUGCUUAUCAACCACACAGACCCAUAAACACGGAGUCUCUCACCCUGGUUGGGAAAGAUCAGAAUUGACACUUCAGGAUUAACCCAAUGACCUAGGGGGGAAAACAGGCCAGUUGGCGCCAAAUCUGAAAAACCAGAUGCCUGCCAUAAAUUCCUUGGCUUUCUUUACAGAGCAGAAGGAAGAAGAUGCCUGAAAAUGGUUUAACUUCAUGUUUAAUGGACACUUCACCAGGAUUUUCUGUCUGUACACCACAUUCUUAAUGAAAUGGUCUUUUUUCCAAUUCUGUAACAUAUCCACAAGCCAAACUGUUAACUUCACAAAUUUAUUCCAGGUUUUCCAUGGACCAAGAGCUCCUCCUAGUGGUGAUGCCUGAAUAUGGUUUGAUCAGAGCCAAAUGGCAGGAAUCUAAUCACGUGUAUUUCUUUCCUUUUGUUAUACACUUCGUAGCUUAGUAAAUGGUAUUCCCAAGAUAGGCUAGUAGUUUAGAAGUAGUAACGUGAAACUCGUUUAGACUCAAGUUAAGAGUUUCGGAAUGUAUCCAUACUAUGUUUUAUCUACCUCACACAAAAAUAUAUAUUAAUCAUCUGGGAAGCUUGAUUGACAAGGUUAUAAUGUUGUCAAAUAUUAUUACGUAUGUGUUUCUUAUGCUGGAUGGUGUUUCUGUUCGAAUAGAUAAUUUGUUUUCUGUCCCUCUCUAACUUUUAAAAGUCAUUAAUCCUCUGUUAGUGUCAAGAAGACGGCUGAUCAAAGUUUACUGUUUGCAAUGUCAUGCUUUAAUGCGUCUGCUCAUAAGAAACAAUGAAGUGAAAUGUGAUCGUAUGUGAUGUUAUAAACAGUUUAAUCAUAGUGAGUGAGUAAAUUAGAUCUAGCUCGCUUUUAAUAUCAAGUUGAGUUAAAUUCGCUGCCAGUCGAUGUGCUGCAUCGGGUUACAGCAUUGGCUGUAACUUUCCUCUUGGCUCACGCCCACACGGGAUGGUUUAAAAGAGCCCGGGAGUCUUUGCUCGGUCUUCAGUUUUUCUCUUCAGUUUUUUCUUCUCUUCAAGUUUUGUCUUCUCUUCAGUUUUUGUCUCUUCCGUUUUUGUCUUCGUCUAGUUUUCUUUUGUCUUCGCCUAUCGUUCGCAAUUUUCCCCGCGUUUUAUUAAUUGCCUUAAGCUCAGAUUUUUAUUCUAAACUUGGAUGAAAGCAUUCCCAAGUCCUUUAGAGCCUCAGUAACAAGCUGCGCGCAUAAGAGAACCUCAGUCUAAGUCUUUUAUUUUUGUUCGCUAAAGUGACUCCUGAAGAUAAUAUCGGCUGGCCAGCGAAAUUAUUUUCUUAAGUUAUUGGCGCGAAUUAAUCUGCAACCAAGCAAGUCCUGAACGCCGACCAGCAUCAUCUGCCAAGCUGCUUUGCCACCUGGUUCCGAGAGGCCCAGAGAUCCGAAGUAUCUAACGGCGCUGACACGGUCCUGAAGCUGAGAUCCAGACACGGCGGAAGAAUUCCCCGCCGAACCUUCAGUAUCCGGUCCGGUAGCCACAGAACUUCAGCUGAUCCAUUCCAAGGGUGCCGCUGAGAACCGACGUCCAAAGUAGGCUAAAUCCUCUGAACUGCUGUGAUGAGAACUGGGUGAUGCCGUCAACCGUUCAGUAGCUUACUCUUAUAAAUUAUAGUUUAGUUCUCCAAAUUCCUUUUAUUUACCCUCGUAACUCCGUUAACGUAGGUUAAAUUUCCCCUUUAUUCACUCACUAUUAUUAACCUCCAGUCUUAGGUUUAAUUUAAACCAUUCCUUCGUUUAUUCAUUAGAUGUGCUUUGAUUUGCUCAUUAUUUGAUCAUCAUUUAUUGACGUUUUGUUAUCAUAUAGCUUGUUAAUAAAUUGUCCAUUUAAUUCUAAGUUGUCGUCUUAGUGGUCUUUCAGAAAGUAGUCCCUGAAUGAAGAAUUCCGGCCUCAGAUGAGAGACUGAUUUAAAUCUGUGUAAGACUGAUCCAACGUUUAAUUACUCAAUUGAACUUUGUUUCGUCCUUUUUCCCACCAGAAAGGUGGGUGGUGCCCCUUCAACGAGUGCAUAAAUGUCAUAAUUUAAUUUGAUUAAUUUUCGACAUUUAUUUUGAAUUUAAAAUCGCUACAGUAUUUGGUGCGGCCGUGCGAGGCCAUUCAAACGACUUCUGUAAGGCACUAACAGACAACUUUAAGAUUAUUUUAGAUUCCCAAACUAGUGAGAAACCCAAUUUCCCAACUUAGACUUCUUAAGAUCUAUGCUAUGCUUGCUGAAAUUACUGGAUUGCUUGCUUAAUGUAUGUCUGAUGCUUUUUGAAAUUGCUGAACUGGGCGUUUGAUGUAUUUUCUGUUUCAUGUUCUGAUGAUAUUGAGCUCUGUGUAAUAGCGCUGAUUUUUGCUGCUGCAUACUUUUGUGUGUGAGCGUAGACCACGUGGAUCAUUGUUUUGGAUUGCAGCGAGGCUGCGCUUUCUGCUCUGCGCGCCGCCGCUGCGCGUACCCAGAUUGUUAAUUUUUGAGUGCACGAUUUUCAGCGUCGCCGUACGCUUGUAUUAGAAGGCCUUGGGCCGGACCCGGUGUUCGCGAAGCUCCGAGCCGUGGUUCCGAGUCCCUGAACCCUGUAUAGUCUGCUACGAAGUUCUAGUAACUGUAAAGGAUUCAGUUUAUCCCUCAUUCCCAGGCAGAUUAGCUACCUGUCGCGGGAGAUCACUGUUUCCAGUGAGAGGUUGUUAGAGUGAUUUCAGACACGAUUCUUUUUCACAAAUCGCCGCAUUUCGUGAAUUUAAGUCCGCAGUUUUGUCUGCUGUUGUAAGAUCUGUCUGUGUAAACUCUUGUUACUCCCAGAGGAGUCUGGUGAAGCAAUCCGCUGUUAGAGACGCAGCGUUGAAUCUUCCCAUUGCCACUGCGCGCGCAGCCGCAGUGAGGUGUUAACCCUUUGGUGUCCAUUGGAGAGACUACUCGACCAGUGUUGAAUAGGCAGGCCACCCCGAGGGGUGGAGCCAAUAGUUACGUCAUAACGUUGCGUCGCGACGUACGGAGCGGUUGAACCGCCCCCUAGAACAUCGCCCUCGUGUGGUGAGCGGCAAGCAUUGCAAGCCGGCUCACAGCCACGUGGCCUUUGUUUUGCUUGGACCUCAUUGUAAACAGACUGCAGUCUAGCCGACUGCCACGCCUCCCUGUUGUCAAACAGAUGCCAUGCAGACAUAGUCAGAUUGAGUUGGUUGAUUGAGUCUUUAGUUUCUGUACUACAAAUAAAACGUUGAUUUACCUGAUAAACAACUUUUAUUUUUACUUUAUACAGAUAGAUCACCUGCCUUAUCAAGGAGAAUAGCUGAAUCAAAUCUUUGUCAUCCUGUAAUCAUUGUUCAUUGCCUCCAUCUUUCUGUGACCCUUUAUAAAACACUUAAAUGUGAUCACAGACUUAGGGCAAUAGUUAAUUAAUUCAUUAAUGUAACAUUAAUCAAUUAAUUCAAUAAUUCCCUAAUCAACCUACGAUCAGAAUUUUUGUUUUAUUCCUUUAGGUCAAUUGAAUUUGGACAAUUUUACUUUGAUUAUCUGGUGAAGACUUGAAAGAUUUAAUUGCAUCUACAACUGCAUUGUUGAUCCUGAUUACUUUCAGCUUUUACCUUCCUUCCACGCUUAGCUGACAAUCCGCUAUUUACUUUUAAGGUUUCCCUGUACUCCUUUCUGUAAAGUUUAUUUGACCAAAUCCAGUUUGGACUAUGAGAUUUGGCUGUGAUUAGGUUUGAUUUUUGUACGUAAUUCUUUUUCAGCUAAAAUCCAAAUUCUGUUUUAGCUUCCUUUGUUUGUUUCAUUCCGGAAAUAAACAUCCAGCUAUUUUAGCGUGAACCAGACUUUGCUUAAAGCGCUUAUCUUCUGGUCCUAAAUUCACAGCUUUUCUCAAUUUGCUUUAUAGGCACGGCUAUUUUGUUAAACUCAUUAACCUACCAACCUUACUAAACUUGAAGCAACAUGGCAGAACGUAAGGAGGCAAGUUGGCAACUAUUUAGUGAGGAGCUAAAGCAUGCGCUGACAACUCUGACUCAGCCGCUGCUCCCAGGCUAUGUAGACGAAGCGAACCGCACUGAUAACAAUGGGCUUCAAACUGUGGUGAAUGAGGUGAUCGAUUGGGUCACAGAACACCCACCUAAAGAGAAAGAGAUCCCCAAAGCUUUAGCACGCUUGGCUUGUGUGAUGUCUGUCCAAAUUAAGAGACAAGACGAAGCCAUGGGAAGGGCCCAAGAACAGAUACGGGCACAAAUGAAGGAAAUUGAUGAUCUCAAAAAGGAGCUGGGAGGCACUGAAAGGGCUCUACAGCAAGCUCGAGACAGUUUGGAUGAGAUGCAAGCAGAGCCUCCAUCCCAACAUGAUCAAAACCCUUCCUUAGUAACCCAAAUCUCAGAGUUGCAUGACACCAUUGAGGAAAAGGAAGCUCAGCUUUCGGACGCUAGGUCCACCAUUCAUGAACAAUUACAGGAGUUGUCAAGAAUGAAAAGCAACCUAGAUCAGUCCUCAACUGAUGCAAGGGACUGGAAGGCCCAGUUUGAAAGUAAAAGGGUGGCCCUCGAAGCAGAAGAGAGACAUUCUGCUAAUCUAAAGCAAAUGCUCCUCGAGACUCAGAGGAAAUUUAGUCUGGGUCAACCACAGCAAGAUCAGAGCGGGCGAAGCUCGCCAAGCAGUCAACAGACGCUUCCAUUCCCUACCUUCCGACCGAGUCGUGUCCCCAGAGGACAUUCAGGUCGAUCAAGUCCGGAUGACACCGGACGGAACUCGGGUCAUACUUUGUCGCCCCUUCCCCAACCAAUACCUUCCGGGUAUCGUUCCCUGAGUUACCAACCUCAGUCCACGCCUGCUGCUCGUCAAGCGGCAUAUCCCACAGACAGGGAUCUGGACAAGAUGGCUCGUAACAUCACACGAUUUGAACCCGGUCGAAAAGGUUCAGAAGACCCAAGCACCUACUUGAAAGACAUCGACUUCUACUUGAGGAAGUUUCCAGGUGCUCUUGUGGAUGACAAAAUCUACUUGAUCAAAGCUACCUCCAAUCGAGAGGUUAGCAGCUUCAUUGAACGACAACCGCGUCGGGUCAAGAAUGACUAUGACCUGCUGUGUCAGGCAUUAAUUGAUGAGUUUUCUGACUCCCUUACACCCACUGGUUUAGCUGCUGCACUGUUAGUCAAACAGGAGAGACAGGAAUCUCCCCAGUUGUACUACGGUCGCCUUCGCCAGGCUUACUUUGGUUGUCAAAAUGAACCUGAAAUGGAGGAAGAUCUAAACUUUAAGACUUUGUUUGUUCAAAACCUCCAUCCGACCACGAGUCAUCAUCUUGGUGUUGCUGCUUGUCCCCGAACCUUAAACAGCAGACAGCUCCGCGAACUGGCUGUAAAAGGCUUCGCUAAACAGCGACACACCCAAUCCAAGAAAGCCGAACCUGGUACUGUCUUGGCUGUGGACACAAGGUCCAUGCCCCUAGAUCUGGAGGGCGGUGCCGUGGGUGCGCAUUCAGAUGCACCUCAAACUGCAACAGCCCGACCAACCCAGAAUCUGAAAACUUCCCGAUAUCAGCCAGCUGAUAAAGGUCAAAACCUGAAGCAGCCUCGGUCUGACAGUGAACAACACCAGGUCAGAUUUGACGAAGAUCGUCCACCCUCGUACUCUCGCAGGGAUGGGGCUCACCCUAGAAGGGAUGACACCCAUCGGCCCUACCGACCUGACAACAGGGGGUGGAGAGAUCGGUCAGAUCGUUAUGGCCCACGCCGAGAACGAAACUCAGAGCGACCUUACCCGCAGUCUCAGUCAGCAUUUUCUGACGAAGAGAUGGGUACAAAGGCCAAAUCAGACCCUCCCCAGAAGGGUAGUGGAUCUAAAGGCGGAGCUAAGGGUGAAUCAAAGUCCUCUGAUCUGACAGAGGAAGAACGUAAACUCCUUAGACAAAUAAUCCGUAGAAUACAGAGAAAAGGAGAUAAGAAAGCAGAUCUCUUCUCUGUCGCUGUCGCCGCCGUCCAGGAUGACACUUCUGAGCCAAACAUGAUGCCUGUCCAGCAGACUGAAUUUCAGGAGGACGUGUGUAUGUCCUUACAGGAGUCGGUGACACCCUCACCAGCUGACACUCCUGCCGAUCUUGAACCUCAGGACAACACAUCACAAGAAACGACAUCUACCAGCGCCGUCUUGGUAGUACAGGCGAACUCCGCAGAGGAGCCAGCCGAAGAAGACUCCUCACUUAUUCGGCUUGAACCACCUUUCCUCCAAUUCUUGUGCAACCUCACUGAGAAAGGCAUCGCACAGAAGUUUUACGUUAAUACCGUCCUUGAAAAUGAACUUCAACACGAAGCACUCCUGGACACUGCUGCUGACAUCACUCUGAUGUCCUCCACGCUCUUUAAUCGCUUGCGCAAUAUGGUGCAGCAGUCCAACAGGGACAUCAAGCUGCAGCCCUGCGCCAUGGAGAUUCGGCCGUACUCUACAGACAGUACGACUUUAAAUACAAUGACGAUGUUGAACAUCUCCAUUGGACCAAUGAAAAUCAUGCACCCCGUGUAUGUGUCGCCCCUUGAGUCGAUUCCUUUCCUCAUCGGUCAAGACCUUUUAAAACGGUUUGAGCCCCUGAUCGACUAUCGACAGCUGAAAAUAUGGGCACAGGUCCGCAGACCAUUACCCAUACCAGCAACCGACAAGAAUCGGGCUCAGUGUUACGCCUUGACGCGUGAACUUGCUACAAGCACACCGACAAGUGUAAGCUCACCGGAACAACCCUACUUGACUGAUGACGAGCCACAACCCUGCUCGUGGCCUUUCGAUGACUCAGUCAUAAAAAGGGACACAUUUUUGUGCAAAUUCGAUGACACUAAUGGACCCGACACACCCGGGCCAUUGAUCACUGAAGGCAUCAACUUGAAUGAGAAUCACGUCAACGAUGUGAUUUUGGCUCUUUGGGCUGACAGAUCAGCCAUCAGCCGUGAACUGUACGACGCCUUGUCUAGGGAUGACCCGAACCUCCAGUGUGUUCGGAAAGCAUUUCGCUUCCCCUUGGACUCCCUUCCUAAAGCUACCAUGACUGCUGAAGGCGUCUGUGCCUUAACUGUGCGAUGGAACAAAAGGGAGAUGACUCACCACUUCUUGGUCAUCCCAGACCUACCAUAUCAGGUCUACAUGGGAAGUGAUAUACUGGUCAGGUUGGCAGUCCAGGUCGAUACCAUUAACAACAUACUGUGGUCCCUUACCAGUGUUAAUGAGGAAACCCUGACCCCUGAUGUCGACAACAUCAUAUCAGGACAGUCGAUCCCUGAAGCCUGUCAGGUAGCCAAUGAAUUUGACAUUGUCAUACCUGCAAUGACCACAAACGUUCCCAUUCGCUUGAACCUACAACGUGGACAAAAGCUGUCGCACACUCAAGCUUUCUUCCAGCCGUCGUUGCUCUUUCUUAAACUAGGGCUGUCUACUCAGGCAACUCCUCUUCUUGAGCUUCACUCGAGAUUCACACACUUGCUUGUACAAAACACGACACCCGAAGAUAUCCUGAUCCCUAAAUCCACCCCGCUGGGUUGGUUGAUCAGCACGUCGUUCCACGACUUUGAAUUGAGGAUUCCUGUAAUAGGAAAAAUGCCCCGUUCUCUGAUGUCAGACCAUUCGCCGGAACAGGUCUUUCAUACCCUACCUUCCAGGGCUAUCUCGCUCUUCCCAACUGUACCGCUGGACCACGACACCAUCUGUCAGGUCGACCUCUCUGAGGACUCACAGAUGAUCCUGCACACAGUGCAAGUCCUAAGCGUCAGUUCGGAGCCAGAAUCGGCCCAUACACUUUCCGGGGUAGAACCCUCUAUCUUCCCAACCGGGCAAACACCUGAGCACGAUCCAGACUUUGAUGCCAAAGUCGAACAGCUCGUAGCUGAGGCAGACGCCCUGAACGGCGAAGAGGAGCGUGAAAAGCUUCGCAAACUUCUGCACAGAUAUCGAGCCUCUUUCGCAAAAGACUCGCUUGACUGUGGCUUAACCUCUAUCCACUCUAUCCGCAUUCCGACACCACCGGAUGCACCACCAACUUUUGUACGCCAGUACAAAAUUCCCUUAGCGUCCUAUGAACCUAUUCAGGAAAUCAUAGACGAUCUUUUGGCGAAAGGGAUCAUUCGGCCAUGUAACAGUACCUACUCAGCCCCACUCUGGCCUGUACUGAAACCAAACGGUAAAUGGCGACUGACCAUCGAUUACCGAAAGCUGAACCAACAAGUUCCCCUUUCCAGGUGGCCUAUGGCUCAGCUCCAACAGGAUCUGCCAAAGAUCACUGACGCGAGAUACUUCUCCACUCUUGACGUGGCAUCAGGGUUCUGGACGAUACCAGUACAGGAAGCUGACCAGCACAAACUGGCGUUCACUUUUGCCAACAGGCAGUACACCUUCACCCGAUGCCCUUUCGGCUAUGCCAACUCGCCAGCAGAGUUCAACAUCUUUCUGAACAAAGCCUGCCCAGAUGCUAGUGAGAGAGGCACCCUCAUAUAUGUCGAUGACAUCUUAAUGAGGAACCAAACCCUGGACAUGCAUCUCGCUGAGAUUGACCAUGUCCUGAACCAGCUCACGAACGCCGGGGCAAAGAUAUCUCUGUCGAAAUGUCAGUGGUGCAGGACCAAAGUGAACUACGUCGGUUUGCUGGUUGGUCCAACAGGUGUCGAACCACAGCUGAGUCGAAUUCAAGGCCUGUCAAACCUUAAAGCUCCCACGAACGUCUCAGAGCUUUGCAGCUUUUUGGGAGUAUGCAAUUACUCCCGACAGUUCAUUGAGGACUAUGCAGACUUAGCAAAACCCCUCACCAACUUACUGAAAAAGGACGUCCCAUUCAUUUGGGGACCGUCCCAACAACACGCCAUGCAAGCUUUAAAAGACAAACUCUGUGCAGCUCCUUGUCUUGCCUACCCAGACUGCAACAGACCGUUCUAUCUGGAGGUCGGUUUCUCUUGUCACUGCCUUAGUGCAGGAUUAUACCAGAUCCAUGACUCGGAUAAACGAGUUGUCGCGUAUGCUAGCAAAACCUUGUUGGCUCCUGAACUAAAGUUCUCCGACUGCGAAAAGGCGCUUCUCGCCACUGUGUGGGCUGUGAAGCAUUUUUUGAAUUAUCUUGGAGGCCAAAAGGUGAUUGUGGAAACCAAUCAUCAACCAGUGACCUUCCUUAACAGCCAAAGAAUCAGAGACGGCGUUGUAACCAACGCUCGUGUAGCAUCUUGGCUUAUGGCUCUUCAGAGCUUUGACAUCGAGGUCCACUACGCCCAAAAUCGCAAAACACCUCUCGGGAUGGAACUCGCAGCGUGCCAAAGCUGCUUGACAGACAGCGCGGACACAGGGUCCCCAACCUGCGACCCCGAGCCACCUGAAUUAUCUUGCCACCGGUACUUCGACGACAAUGUCUGCAAAGACAUGAUUACAGCUUACGUUGAUGGUUGUUCAUACCAUCACGACACUGUUCUUAGAGCAGGCGUGGGUGUUGUCUGGGUCAACGAUGAACCGUGUGAACCACUCAGCUUCAACCUAGGGGCCCAAACGUCCCAGUAUGCUGAAGUGGCAGGCAUUCUGAUUGUUUUGCAACUUGCGGUGGAACACAAAAUCCACGCCUUAACGAUUUGUACAGAUUCCAACUAUGCGCGACUCAGCUUCUCAUGUCAUCUGCCUUUGUGGAAACGCAACGGUAUCUUGACCUCGAACAGAAAGCCGGUCAAACACAAAGAUCUGUUCCUGGCGUGCGACUUCUUGACCUCUAACCAUGAUCUCCAGAUCUAUUGGAAGAAAGUCAGGGGGCACUCUCGUAUCCCUGGUCCAGACAAGAUGUUUAAUGACCAGGCUGACUCCUUGGCCAAGCAGGGGGCCUUAACUGGCUCAAACUGGCACUUUGAGCCCUCUGUUUUUCCCCUCCCACCCGUGCCCCUGGUUUGUGCUGUCACCAGAGCCCAGUCUCGAGCUCCACCGGCUCCCUCGGGCCCGGUCUCCGCCACUGUGGCUCCGGCUUUUUCUGACUCUGACUUGCUGGUGCUCCAAGCUUCGGACCCAGCCAUUGCUGCCAUGACGCAGUUCCUUUCAGGGCCUCCUGACUCCUCCAUGCCUCCUGACUUGCUUGACUCCAUCCCUGGCCUGCGCCAUCUUUUCCGCGUGCGCUCUUCGCUGCGGCUCGUCAAGGGCUUUCUGGUUUAUGUCUCCGAUGCACUCACUUCGCCUGCCCUCGUGGUGCCUCGCAGCCACAGGGGGGUGAUGUUGACAUACGCCCAUGACACACCGUGCGCAGGACACAGAGGAAACAAAGCCACGCUCCAUGCUCUCCAACAGGUGGCCUAUUGGCCACACAUGCAGAAAGAUGUAGCUGACUACAUAAAAGGGUGCCUGGUUUGCUGCCAGUUUCAACCGGCAAACCCACUCCAUCGAGCACCUCUACAGCGCAGAGGUAUCUCCUUUCCUUGGUCAGACCUCCAGAUCGAUUGGGUGGGUCCUCUCACUAAGUCAGCAAGAGGAAACAAAUACUUCCUCACAGUUGUCUGUGCAUUCACCAAAUGGGUAGAAUGCCUACCAGCCCCAAAUGAUACGGCUCAAACCACAGCAUACCUCUUGAUGAACCACAUCUUCUCGCGGUUCGGACUCCCAACUCGUGUCGACUCUGACAGAGGGACACAUUUCACCUCAGAGGUAAUGCAACAACUGUGGCAACUGUUGGGCGUCAAAGCCAACUUUCACAUCAGCCACCACCCCCAGUCGUCUGGACAGGUAGAACGGGCAAACCGAACAGUGGUAACCAUACUGAAAAAGUAUGUGUUAGCCAACCACAAGGACUGGGAUGUUAAGCUUCCCUUGGUCCUGAUGGCCAUCAGAGCGACUCCACAUGGGUCAACCGGGUUCUCACCCUUCGAGUUGAUGACGGGCAGACAGAUGACCCUACCUCUGCACCUGCUGUAUCAGCCAGGUGAGGCCAGUAUAGCAACGGCCUACACGACCCAUCAGUAUAUGACUGACUUACACCAGCACCUGAAGGCAACGUUUGCCUUCACCCAAGAGCAUCUCAGCAAAAGUGCUGAAGGACGUAAGUCCUAUUAUGACCAAAAAGCCUCCCAACAGGAACUCCAAGUAGGUGACAAGGUAUGGUACUACCUGUUCACCCAGCCCACUGGAGAUAAAGCCCCAAAGUCUGGGAGACUGGCACGAAAGUUCCUGCCCCGCUGGGCAGGCCCGUACCUGAUCACUGAAAAGCUCUCUUCUGUUGUGUACCAAAUUAAGAUCGCAAAGGGCAACAAAGAGCCGACCCUUAAAUGGGUCCACCGCAACCAGAUUAAACUUCACCACAACCCCAUGGGACUUGUCGGGGCCUCCAGCGCCACCCUUGAGUCAUAAACUAGAACAGUCCUAAGUUCUCCUGAUUGACGUCAGGUCCCCUAGUCCUCGUAGAUAUUGUGUCCACGUGAAGUUUAUCCUAUUUGUGCGUCUGUAUUAUUGUUGAAUUGUUGCCACUGAGUUGCCCUCGGGCACACUUUGGGUUACAAAGGGGGAGGAGAAAAUAAAGUGACAGGGAACAUUUGAAUUCUAGAUUGUCCUCUACCAACUCAUCCUAACUAUGUCCACCCUCUUCCUCAGGAUGAUUUGGCUGAUAGCGCUCCUGAUUCUCGGCUUGGUAGCUGCUCCAGCUAGCCCUGAGAUCAUAGAGCCAGGACCGGACUCUGGAAUUGUGUUAAGGGAUCAGCCUGGACUCCUGAUAACAGACUGUCGCCUGCACACACAGAAGGUGUUUGUCAGGCUCAACCCUAAGGAAGUCCUCAAGAAAAAUGUUCCGGUAACAGCUCAACUGACCAGUUGGGCCGGGACACAUUGGAGCAGACAGGUCGUAAAUCACGCCGAGUUGGACAUUACUUACAUGUUAGAGCAACUUCAGAAAUUCACUGUCUCUCAAACAGAGUUAAGUGGUACCAACAGGAGGUCCAAGCGUUUUAUCGGAGCAUUGCUUACCGCAGCCUCGGUUGUUGGCUCUCUUUUUGGUGUUGGGCUCUCCUCUGUUAAUGCCAUUAGCUUAGCUGCUGUCAAACGCCAUGUGGGUGAGCUAGAAGCCGAAAUCCCAGACAUCAGGGCUCAGAUAAACAGACAGCAGACACAACUGCAGACUAUUGGUCAAACAGUCAAGGGCACCGUUCUGGUGGUUAACACCCACACAGAAGUCCUGAAUAAGACGCUGCGUGCUGUAAAUUCUUUGUUGUCGGUGGUCCAGGUCGACUAUGCUCACACAAUGCUAUUGAAUAUGCUCAUGUCAGACAUGUUGCAAGAAAUAUCAUCCUCAAUAGACAGUUUGGCUGCAGGCCGGAUUCCUCCGUACUUGGUACCUCUCUCAUUGGUUCAGGAUUUACUAUCAACUGCAACCAGAGAGGCCACCACUCCUUUACAAGCCCACCUUGCGUAUACCCUAGGUAGCGCUGUGCCGAUCUACGUUAAUCCCGAAGAUCGAGAAAUUGCUUUCCUUAUUAACUUGCCAAUUAUAGCAUCAGGAAGCAUCUAUAGGCUAAAGGAUGUAGUCAAUGUCGGGUUUUGGAAAGAGGACGCACACCUCCAAAUUCAGACCCCACCAGUGGUCGCUUACCACGACAGCAAUCCUGACCUAUAUCUAGCUCCUAACCUGCGUAUGUGCACACGAACCAAAGACAUACACUACCUCUGCCCCAGUAAACCAUUUGUGUGGGACAGUACUAAUGGCCUCUGCGGCCUUACGCCCAUGGUGGCCGACACCAAAUGCCCUACUACAGCAAGACACCGCUCACAAGUGACUGUAACGCAGGCCGAAAGAGUGGGUCACCGUUGGUUAGUUAACACCCCCACCAAGACUGCCAUUGUAAAUUACGACCAGCACGAUACUGCCACACGCAUUUCUCUACUGGAUCAGACCAUGUGGAUUGAGGUGCCACCAAAUGCCAUUCUCCAUAUAGAUGACAUUGCCCUCUUUUACCUCAACCCUGAGCAAUUCGAAACAGAGAUUGAAGUGCCAGCGUUUUUCAGCAAGCAUACGCUGCAGUUAGAUCCAAACACUAUUUCUCAAAUCCAGUAUGCAGGUACUCAGAUCAUUGACCUAACGCCUGUAGAUGACGUCCUUAUAGACAUAAGGUCCCAAGAGAAGUCCCCGCUGCAACCAAUAGUCUAUGUUUGGUCCACCCCAGACACCUUACUAGCAGCCGCCAUAGUGUUAGGGUACCUCCUGACCUUCGGGUUAACCUUCAUCUACGUCAAACGUGGUAAAGCCCUACAGUACAAAAUAGACCACUGUGUAACUAGGUUACGACUCCGUAGACAACCUGAAACGGAACAGGAAGUUGAACAGCCAGAGGAAGACAAGGUGAGCCACAUGCUCGAGGUGUAGUCAGCUUCCUGUAACCCCGCACCCAUAGAUGUAGUAGGCUUAACACACACAGUAGAUCUAACGAAGUAGAUAGUUCUGAACGAGACGCAUCACCCUCCUUGGACUAACUGCUGCUUCCACCUGGUCGUCUCAUCUCGUCGUCCCAAUGGCUCCUGGAGCUGCCAUCGAGACGAAGGGGGGAUAUGUAAUGAGACAACUGCUUUCUGCUAUCCACCUUGAAUUCACCCCUCAAAGGAAUGCAGGCUCCUCUGGUUUGGACAGGAAAUGGGGGAGUAACGGUUUGCACACCAAGUUCCCAUUUACGACCCAGGCAACCAUUUGGGAGGUGAUAGUGAAUCUUUAACGCUUCCCAAAAAGGACAAGUUGCUUAUCAACCACACAGACCCAUAAACACGGAGUCUCUCACCCUGGUUGGGAAAGAUCAGAAUUGACACUUCAGGAUUAACCCAAUGACCUAGGGGGAAAACAGGCCAGUUGGCGCCAAAUCUGAAAAACCAGAUGCCUGCCAUAAAUUCCUUGGCUUUCUUUACAGAGCAGAAGGAAGAAGAUGCCUGAAAAUGGUUUAACUUCAUGUUUAAUGGACACUUCACCAGGAUUUUCUGUCUGUACACCACAUUCUUAAUGAAAUGGUCUUUUUUCCAAUUCUGUAACAUAUCCACAAGCCAAACUGUUAACUUCACAAAUUUAUUCCAGGUUUUCCAUGGACCAAGAGCUCCUCCUAGUGGUGAUGCCUGAAUAUGGUUUGAUCAGAGCCAAAUGGCAGGAAUCUAAUCACGUGUAUUUCUUUCCUUUUGUUAUACACUUCGUAGCUUAGUAAAUGGUAUUCCCAAGAUAGGCUAGUAGUUUAGAAGUAGUAACGUGAAACUCGUUUAGACUCAAGUUAAGAGUUUCGGAAUGUAUCCAUACUAUGUUUUAUCUACCUCACACAAAAAUAUAUAUUAAUCAUCUGGGAAGCUUGAUUGACAAGGUUAUAAUGUUGUCAAAUAUUAUUACGUAUGUGUUUCUUAUGCUGGAUGGUGUUUCUGUUCGAAUAGAUAAUUUGUUUUCUGUCCCUCUCUAACUUUUAAAAGUCAUUAAUCCUCUGUUAGUGUCAAGAAGACGGCUGAUCAAAGUUUACUGUUUGCAAUGUCAUGCUUUAAUGCGUCUGCUCAUAAGAAACAAUGAAGUGAAAUGUGAUCGUAUGUGAUGUUAUAAACAGUUUAAUCAUAGUGAGUGAGUAAAUUAGAUCUAGCUCGCUUUUAAUAUCAAGUUGAGUUAAAUUCGCUGCCAGUCGAUGUGCUGCAUCGGGUUACAGCAUUGGCUGUAACUUUCCUCUUGGCUCACGCCCACACGGGAUGGUUUAAAAGAGCCCGGGAGUCUUUGCUCGGUCUUCAGUUUUUCUCUUCAGUUUUUUCUUCUCUUCAAGUUUUGUCUUCUCUUCAGUUUGUCUCUUCCGUUUUUGUCUUCGUCUAGUUUUCUUUUGUCUUCGCCUAUCGUUCGCAAUUUUCCCCGCGUUUUAUUAAUUGCCUUAAGCUCAGAUUUUUAUUCUAAACUUGGAUGAAAGCAUUCCCAAGUCCUUUAGAGCCUCAGUAACAAGCUGCGCGCAUAAGAGAACCUCAGUCUAAGUCUUUUAUUUUUGUUCGCUAAAGUGACUCCUGAAGAUAAUAUCGGCUGGCCAGCGAAAUUAUUUUCUUAAGUUAUUGGCGCGAAUUAAUCUGCAACCAAGCAAGUCCUGAACGCCGACCAGCAUCAUCUGCCAAGCUGCUUUGCCAGCUGGUUCCGAGAGGCCCAUACAUCCGAAGAAUCUAACGGCGCUGACACGGUCCUGAAGCUGAGAUCCAGACACGGCGGAAGAAUUCCCCGCCGAACCUUCAGUAUCCGGUCCGGUAGCCACAGAACUUCAGCUGAUCCAUUCCAAGGGUGCCGCUGAGAACCGACGUCCAAAGUAGGCUAAAUCCUCUGAACUGCUGUGAUGAGAACUGGGUGAUGCCGUCAACCGUUCAGUAGCUUACUCUUAUAAAUUAUAGUUUAGUUCUCCAAAUUCCUUUUAUUUACCCUCGUAACUCCGUUAACGUAGGUUAAAUUUCCCCUUUAUUCACUCACUAUUAUUAACCUCCAGUCUUAGGUUUAAUUUAAACCAUUCCUUCGUUUAUUCAUUAGAUGUGCUUUGAUUUGCUCAUUAUUUGAUCAUCAUUUAUUGACGUUUUGUUAUCAUAUAGCUUGUUAAUAAAUUGUCCAUUUAAUUCUAAGUUGUCGUCUUAGUGGUCUUUCAGAAAGUAGUCCCUGAAUGAAGAAUUCCGGCCUCAGAUGAGAGACUGAUUUAAAUCUGUGUAAGACUGAUCCAACGUUUAAUUACUCAAUUGAACUUUGUUUCGUCCUUUUUCCCACCAGAAAGGUGGGUGGUGCCCCUUCAACGAGUGCAUAAAUGUCAUAAUUUAAUUUGAUUAAUUUUCGACAUUUAUUUUGAAUUUAAAAUCGCUACAGGGUUCUGUGUUUACAUGCAAACAGGCCAAACAUGUUGCAGGACAGCAGCCUCCUGCUGGUCGCAGAAUCACACCCUGAGGAUAAAAAAAAGUGGUUUUAAUAUCCUCUCUCUCUCCAGGGGAUUCGGCCGUGAUAGAUUGUCCUUUUUUUAAUUUGAAAAUGAGACAGCUCAGGUGGCGAUUUGGCUCCUUCAUGGCUGAGGUAUCCUGGGAUGACCUCAGGCCCUGCUCGUCGAUGCAUUUAAACAGGCUGCAGGAUAAACCAGGAGAGGAUAUUAACGCAAUAUUUCACCUGCUCUUGACCAGCCUGUGUUUAUUUUAUAAUCUAGGAACAACAAAAGUGCGACUUUCAGCGUAUAUCUUCUUUCUGGGGGGGGAGAUUUCACGUUAGCAGGGUUCUCGGUUCUAUUAUUAAGUUCUUUUGUUCUUUAUUUGUGGAGUGACAAACGCAAAUGAGCAUUAAUUUCUUUGUCCUUUGAAAAUCAGACCUGACAAAGCUUGACUUUUUACUUUCUGUUGAUUACAAGAACAUUUUCAGGUUCAUACUGCUUAAGUUAAAGCCUCUGUGUAACUGAAAACCUACAGUAAAACUGAGACUCACUAAGAAUUGAUAGAAGUUGUUUUCUUUCCCAUUAAGAGGACAGACCUGACAAUGCUUUGACUUGUGUUGUUAUUUCUGCAAACUUUAACCCAACUAAAUGUAGGUAAAAAGUAAGAAAACCUGUCUUUUCAGGUUUAUACUUCUUUAGUAAGACAGAUUAAAGCCUCUGUGUAACUAAAGAUCUACAGUAAAACUGAGACUCGCUUAAAGCUACGAGAAGCUAAAUCCUUUUGCUACUUGAAGAUGGACCUGACAAAGCUUGACUUUUAACUUUUGAUGUUAUUUCUGCAAACUUUAAACCAAUUAAAUGUCAGUAAAAAGACAAAAAAAAUCAGUGUCUUUUUAAGAUUCAUACUUUUUCAGUAAGCCGGAGUAAAGUCUCUCUGUAACUUACAAUCUACAAUGAAACUGAGACUCGAUAGAAGCUGAUUCCUUUCCUGACAAGGCUCCGGUUUUUACUUUUGAUGCUUUUAUUUUAGCAUACUAUUUACAGUGAAACCCAGACUGGACAGAAACAGAUUAAAGAAGCUGUUUUCCCUCUGAUCUUGAGGACAGACCUGACAAAGCCUGACUUUUUACUUAUUUGCAUCAUGAUAUCAUUUUGGCUAACUUAAAACCUGCUAAUUACAAGAAAAUAAGUUUCUUUUUUAGGUUCACAUGACUGAAGCUUCUGUGUAGCUUAGUAUUUACAGUGAAACUGGGACUCACCAGAAACAGAGGAUUAUCUCUCUCUGUUGAAGAUAGACCCGACAAAACCCAUAUUUUUACUUUAUUCCUGCAAAUUUGAAAACAUGUAUUGUGUAUUGAAUUAGUCUUUUGGUCUUUUCGGUCUAUGAUGUAUAAAAACAGGAAAAGUGACAAAGAUUGACAGGGAUAUAAAGGAUCCGGGAUUUGAUGGAGCACAUGGUGCAACCUGACAGAAACAAAGACGACUGCUGACAGAGUCAAAGGUUCAAAACCUGCCAAUCAUUUCUGCGGUCCUUUGUCUGCCGGUGGCCUCGGGGCACGACGGCUCACUUCAGGUCUGAUUGAAAAAGCUGUUUCUAUGAUGGUCUCCCAGCAGAACAGCAGCUCUGCUCUCCACUUCAGGAGGUUAUUUGUUCCUUUGAUAUGAGGAUAAAAUAAAGAGUCGAGAUUCUAUGACAGACAGACGGUAGUAUGAGAUAAAAAAUCGCAUUUUUAAGACAGUGAGUUAUAUGUACGAUAUUUAAUUUUAUUCAAUAUUAGCAUUUGAAUAAAAAGUAAAUAUAUAUUUGAAUAAAAAAAGUCAUGAUUAUGAGAUGAAAAGUCAGUGUUAAGAGAUAAAACUCGAUGUCAAAGCCGGCUGGUUUAAAACAGACAGACAGUCGUGUCUGUUUCCUCACUCUCGUUAAAUUCACCAAAGUCCACUCACAAAAACAGCAUUUCUUUUUGUUUACUCCCUUCUUUACAGCAGCUCCUUCCUGAAGUUUAUUUGUGUUGCUUUGUGACUUUGCUGUUUCAGAUAGUCAGUUUGGGUCCAACAUUAAAUUUGUGAAAAACACAAUUGGACAGAAAAGUAAACCAAACUGGGCAGCAGCAGAGAAACACCUCCUAAGCUCUGGGAUGUAAAAUGACUGUUUUUAUCAAUGGAGUCUGGUGGCUUUGAGGGGAGUGUUUCCGGUCUAGACUUUAGAUUGAACUCCUUUGUAAAUAUCCACAUUACAGCCAUUAAAUCUAGUUUAUUUAUGAAAUAUUAUAAAUUACAAUAAUUUUACAUCACAUUACACUCAUAUGGGGGCUAUUCUAUGGCACAUAUCUGUGUAUUUGUUGAGGAAAAUCACUAAACGAUCCAUCUUCAACACAUCCCCGGCUGCAGGCGGGGUUGGCGGCGGCCCUGGAUGUGCUCGUAGGAAGCAGACGCUCUGUUCUCUGUUUAUUCUGUGCAUCCUCUGCUGUGAACAGAGACAACUCCAUGACGACCAGCCGCACCACAACAACACCCACCAAUCACAAAACGCCACACGUGGCCGCCCGCCCUGAACCCGCUAACCCACCCCCCCCUCGCCGAAGCAUCCACACAGGCGAGGUACGACUGGUGAUCCCUGACGAACAGGUGUCUCCAUGGUGAUUCGGAGAUGAGGGAUACUCCAGAGUGAGAGUGGAAUGAGCAGCAGCUGUUGCCAUGGAGACUCACAAUGCAUGUCAUCUGAUGCUCAGUGAGUGUGUGUGUGUGGGGGGGUGCAAUGAUACAGCAUCUUAAUGUGCUGCGUUUGACUGCCGUGCAAAGUCAGAACAACAGGAGCGCACACCUGAAGGAGGAGGAGGAGGAGGAGGAGGAAGAGGAGGAAGAGGAGGAUACAUGUGUGUUUUCUACGACAUUUAUGAGAGAGUUCCUGCUCAGUCACAACAGAAGUCCCAAGAACGAGGCCAAAGAGGGUCUAAUAAGAUCUUAAGUCUUACUGAAAGUCUAAAACGUCUUUAUUUUAACAAAAGACAGAAUGAGAAAGAGACGAUGGUCCUAAUCAGGAGAUAAAAGUCGUAACUUUGGGUUAAAAUGUCAUAUUUGUAGAAUAAAAGGUCAUAUUAGUAACAUUUUAAAAUGUAAGUGUAAUCCUAAAAGUCAUAAUUAAGGCUUAAAAAUGUCAAAAGUAUGAGAUCAAAGAAAUACUGUAAUAGGGAAAGAAAAGAUAAUGACUAUGAGAAAGUUAACUAUGAGAAAGUUGGUCGUAAUCAUGUGGUCAGAAGUCAGAUAGUUAAAUAAAAAGUUAUUGAUCUGAAGGAGUUUACCCUGAUUAAUUAAAAAAUUAAGCUGAAAAAAAAAAACUUAAACUACAGGUUGAAGAAGAUAAACUUUGUCCUGUCUGAAAAAUGAGAAAGUUUAGAUUAUGAGAAAUCUAGCUGUUAUAUGAGAAAAAAAGUCAAUAAUAAAAGAAAGUUAAACAUUAUUAUGACAGACUAAGUCAUCCCUUAUAAAAGAGGCUUAAAUUAUGAGAAGGUCAGUCCUAUAAAGAGAUAAUUUUUUUUAAUUUUGGGAUAAAAAAUUUUGAAAAAAAUGAGAUAAUUGACAAUGAGAUAAAAAAUUCUGAGAUAUCUUUAUUUAUAGGAUAAUAGUCGGUAAAAUGAGACUCAAACUCACCAUAAUGAGAUAAUCGUACCCUGAUUUUCUGACUCCCAUGUGCUCCUGUAGUUCCUCUCUUAGUUUGCUUUCCCAGGUUUUAACCAUCUAUCCUCAAACCUAGAAAAACAAGCUUGAACUACAAGUCAAAGAAGAGAAAUUUUGUCCUGUUCAUGAUAUAAAAAGUGAAAAAAAAUUAGAAAGUUAAAAUUAUGAGAAAUCUAGCUGUAAUAUGAGAAAAAAUUCAACAAAUAAAAGAAAGUUAAACUUUACAAAACAGGCUUACAUUAUGAGAAGAUCAGUCCUCAAAAGAGAUAAUUUUAAUUUUGGAUUAAAAAGUAAAAAAAAAAGAGAUUCUUGACGAUGAGAUAAAAAAUUCAUUUAUUUAUUUAUUAGAUAAAGUCAAUAUAAUGAGACUCAUAUUCACCAUAAUAAAAUAGUCGUACCCUGAUAUUCUGACUCUCUUGUGCUCUCGUAGUUCCUGUCUUUGUUUGCUCUCUCAUGUUUUUACCCUCGAUCCUCAGACCUCCAUCUGUGCCUGUUUGUCUCUGAUUUAAACCCCGUCGUAUCUCCUUGAAUCAGCUCCUGCUUGCCUCGCGCUUAUUUCUGUGACAGUGGAAGUAUAGUGGUUCACAAACUUGGCGUGCACGCUGCAUGGCCUCUGCGCUUAUGAGCGGCGUGACCUCUGAGCGGAGAGUGGGACGGCUGUAAAGAUGUGUGGGCUGUAAUGUCACACUCCGUCAUGUUAAAAAACAGAGGAUGUCAGCCUUCAUUUAUCAGACCUGCACUUGCUGAGCGCGCCUGUUUUUAAGCUUUUGAAAUGAAUGUGUCAGCGCCGGUUUUCAGGCACUUUUACUGAAAGGGCAAAUAAAACAUGAAUUUAUGAUUUUGAGGUUUUCGUGGCGAGCGAGCCGCACAUACCAAUCAGCUUCUUCUGAGUUUUAUGACCACACUUUACAUCAUAAAAAGUCUUCAUCCUCUCUGAUCGCACGCUUGGAGCUCCACUCCUCGCCUUCCUGCGUCAUUCGUCUCUUCGGCGCUCCAUCAGGACAAGACUGCGUGUCCACUAUGUUCCAGGAUUAACGAGCGAGCCUCCAGGCGUCACCACCUCGACUGGCCAAGGUCAGAGCGCAGUUAUUUCCUGCGCUGUCAGGUGGACACAAAGCUUCUUUUCCUCCGUAAUGAGCCUCUGCUCUGCAGGGGGAAAGACUGAGGGUCGGAGAGUGACGGCGGCCAGAACUACCGGAGGAUCAGUCUCAUAGUAAUGACGAUAAAUCAGUACUGAGCGUUUCUUUUUGUUAUACCAAAGUGAUAGAACUUAUGCUAGCAAGGUGGUAUUUAGCAGGUGUUACCCAGGAAUCCCACUGGAUCCGGAACGAGUGUAAGUACCCACAUCCCAAAACCCUGGCCUCUCCUAUUAUCAAGUUAAGAACAGAACGACAUAAUGACUUUACUGGAAUAUUUGACUCUGUAGCCGCGUACAACUUCCGCUGCUACUCCUGAAUUGAUGCCCCGUGCUGUGGCGUCCGGCAAAAAUAGAAGCCUUGAAGCCUUGCUCAUCUCUUUUGGCCACUGGAGCCGGUCCACAGCGGAGCCGGAUGGCGGACGGAUCAUGUGGAAUCACUCACAUUGGUUAUAGUGCUUGCGUAUUUGAUCCGCCUGCCGUUCUGGAUCCUGUGGGUUUUAGCCGUUUUGAUCGGAGGACUUAGCCAUCAAGACCAAACUGUACUUUUUAGUUCUCGCCAGGUCAUGCAAACAUGUUAACUUCAGCUUCGAUGUCAGAUGUUUUAACAUGGGGCUCUAUGGGGAUUGAGUCACUUUUGGACGCAGCCUCUAGUGGCCGUGAGGAGAACUGCAGCUUCGGUGCUUUUGUGUUGGUUUAUGUCCUCUUUUUAACCUGGAUCAGUGCUUCGACUUCAGGGUGACCAUAUUCUGACUCGACGCAACUACACGGGGGCGGAGUCAUGAAGUCGCACAAAGUUAAUUUUGAGAGUUUUUCAGGUCAAGUCCACAUGACACAAACUCCAAACUUCUGGACAAACCUGGACAGCCCUUAAAAAAGAGGACAUGGCCGGGUAAAAGAGGACGUUUGGUCACUCUAUUCUACUUUCACAAUUUUUUUUAAAAACACAAGUAUCAGCGCACCUACUUCAGGAUAUGAGGUUUUCAAUCUGGAGGAAAGGCUGUACUCAGAGAGACUCGACACGGCUCUCAUCAGCCGGGGUCACGGGUAAUAAAUGAUUUGUUUACAAGAAUGUUAGAUUAGAGGCUAACAAAGCAAAGCGACCCGGACCAGGCGCUGAUUUAUCUUUACAGGCCAGAGGAAUCAAUAUUUAGUCGAAAGCAGAUCUUCAUCUGCUGCAGCUAAUCCGGCGUUCCUGGAAAAGAAACACGCCUGAUUCAUUCCCCCCCGCUCACCGUGUUUGUCUUUCAGAGUGGAAACCUUUUCCUCAGACCUCCAUCUGCGCUCGUUUGGAUUCAAUACAAUCGUAUAAUACAGUUAAGCACACAUGACAUUUAUACUCGGCGCAGGGAAAUCAAAUUAACACCCACUCGCUUCAUUUUUAUUGGGCUCAAAACGUCCAAGACGAAUUCCCAAUCAAAAGGUUUGAAUAAAAUACUCGGUUGUGCGUUACGGAGCGGCUUUACAGCUCUGCCAAAACCACGAGUUGAGUCGUGUGCUGCUGCUGAGUGUGACUGAAGAAGAAGGAGUCCCUCAGUCCAGACAGACUGAGUGAAAAGACAGGUUCCAGAGUCAGUGGGCUGAGGUGUAUCUGUGAAAAUGAACAGCGCUGUCGGCCGGCUGACACUGAUUGCUUACACCUCCUCCUGCCAAGUCGGUAAUGGCUUCCCCGGCCUCGAGGGCGCUCAGGUGACAAAUUACAGCCUUUGGCAGCAGAAACCCUGAGAGAGGCGGUCGGUCACUCUGCUGAUCACAUGUGUUCAGAGACAAAGUUCUGGCUCAUCAGGGGCCGCCUGGACCCGAGUGCUUGAGGUGUCUGCGCUUUCUAUCGGACUAAAGAGUGUGCUGUUACACUGACUGAUGGGUCCUAAACAGGAUCUGAAAACAGCUGAUGUGAUUGAAAUAUCUCCUCCACACUCAGCCCUGCGCCAUCUGGGCUCUGUUAUUUUUGUUGCUGUUUAUAUUUAACAGAUGAGACGUGAACGAGUGAGGUUUUUAGACGACAUUAAACACAGAAACACCAUGAGGUCUGAUAUUUUCCCUCUUUAUACCUCCUCUUAGUAUCAGCUGCUGCGCAUUGAUAUCUAACAUACUGUUAUUAUCACAGAUUUUUGGGUUUGUUUUUUAUUCGGUGCGUUCACUGUCCUUUGGUUUGUAGUUCUGAUGUCUGUUGAUACCUCAGGUGGCUUUAUCUCAGAGUGGCUGUGAAUACAAAGGGGUCAAACUAAACCAGGACACCAGGGGGAGGUAGAGCGUACAGCCUCACCAGGCAGAACCACCAGCCCAAACGAGCCUCCAGUCCUGACCUGGAUCUUCCUGUCCCCCUUUAAAGUCUGUCGACAAACUCUGUAGUUUAAAACUUUGUGAGACAAAAGUGACUUUUUCAUCUAAAAAUUUGGAUUUUUUUAUAAUGUCACAGUUUCAGUUUUUCAUCAUUCUGUCUUUUCAUCUUAUUAUUUUGAUUUUUGACCCAUUUUUCUGACUUUUAGUUCAACUUUUUUAUGAUAAAAUUUCACUUUUUAAUGCAAUAGUUUUAAAUAUAAUCUCAUAUUUUGGAGUUUUGUCUUAAAAUUUUACUUUUUAUGAACCAAAUCUCUUAAAUUUAUAACAUAAUCUGACUUUUUAUUCCCUGAAAUUAUUAUUUUUUUCACUCAAUUGUCCAAAAAUGUACCUUUCUUCCCCAAAUUACAACAAAUUAUCCCGUUAAAUCUUACUUUUAUUCAAUAAAUUUGACUUUCAUCUCAUAGAUUCAACUUUUACUUCAUACUUUUGAAGAUGUUUUUAUGAUUCCAAAUUCUUUUUAUAUUUCAACAUUUCUCCUAUAAAUAAGACUUUUGUCAUUUAACAUUUUUAACAUAUUAUCCCUUUAUUUAUACUUUAAUCAACAUCUCACCUCAUUUUUCCUCCUUUUUUAUAAUGUUGACUUUUCCUCUAAAUUUUGAACAUUAUUAUGACUCAUAAUCUGGUCUGUUAAUCUGAUUAUUAUGACUUUGAUUACAUAAUUUUGACUUUUAUGUCAUGAUUUUGUUUUUAUUUUUAUCUGAUAUUAGAUUGAUCAGACUGAAGUUGUGUUUUUCAUCAAGGGAACGUGUCGUUUCUUAAUCUUUUUUAAUUUGCCAAACGGUUUCCAUGGAAAUCACCUCCAUCAUUAUUUUACCAUUAUGUUUUCGGGAUGCUGCGGCCCAAUUGACUUCCCAUUUAUUCUCAUUUCCCUCACUUCCGCUUACAGACAGCUGCUCGUAGUGACGCCUGCUCCCCGAGGACCCGGACCAUCAUUCACAUGUCUGAAACUGGGUCAAUGAGUCUGUUUUUAUGACUCUGGGAGACAAACAUUAACGGCGGCUCAUUAAAAAACUCUGGAGGAAGACUCCGGCUACCUCGCAGGAUCCCUAAUAGUGUGAUUUUUCAUCAUCAAUCCAUUUUUCUGUUAAUAACAUCAAAAACAGGCCACGAGUGUGACAGUAGGGCCUGAGUGAUGAAUGAUCCGGUGUUGUUGGAGAGGUAUUGAUUGAUGGCAGAGUGACGCCCUCCAGGAACAACGGACUCAAACACACACAAGCUGAAGUAAACGUCCGGCGUUACAGUCCAGUUUCAAAACACUUUUUUAUCCACUUUUGUUUUCCUUUAACUAAGACUUUCCACCGUCGAUACUUAAAUCUAAUUCGAGGAUGAAACUCCUCCAUUUCUUCUCUCUGCUCUGAACAUUAAGUGUCCUCAUCUGGCCUCAGUUCAGAAACUCGCCGUUAUGUCCGAGUGUUGCAGCCAUAUUUGUCUUCCACUCAUUUUUCCGCGCAUCACUGAGGGGGCAGAAAGGCGUCUCAGGACCUCAUUUCCUUUGAAAUGACCCUAAUUAUACGGUCAGGAAAUCUAAGAUAAUUAGCACUCAGGAUUUGAGAUUCGGUCCUUAACUCUCUGAAGAUGAGGUCAACCCACUGCAUCACCUUCCCCCGCAGAAAGAAACCGCAGGAAAAAGUCACAUUUAUCUGAAACAGAGGGAAGAAACGGCUGAUUCAUCCGCUUCAGUCUAUCGAAGGAAAAAUCUUCUUUUUUUAAAUAUUAUUCUUUUAGUGUUUACAAUCGAGGUGUUUACUUCACAUAUACUUAAACUGUCAGAAUCAAGAGUCUGUAAAACCUCCUGGAAGUUGAGCCGCUGCAGGAUGUUCUGUGUUUUCAGUUUGUUUACACUUCCCAGAAUGCCUCAGCACUAAUCGAAAAGCUUUAAGUUGUUUUUUUCUGAGUUUAAAAGAAGUCUUUGGUUGUGCUGUCUCUGCUUUUUAUGUUGAGCAAACCAUCGUCCAGGUAUUCUUAUUACCUGUGUUAUGAGAAAAUGAGCUGUAAUCAUGAGAGAAAAAGAAUUAUUUGACAAAAUCUGAAAUUUCGGGACCCAAACAUGAACUUUAGUGAUAAUGAGCCACAACAUGAGAUUCAAAAAAAGUUACAUUUAUAUUAGUGGGUCACAGCCAACGAAAUGAGAAAGUAUGAGACAUGAGAGGAUAAUAUACUACGAAAAAAAGAUACCGUUUGUUUACAUGAAUACAUAUUGAUAGCUAUGCACGAUUAUUAGAGGUCAUAUAAAUAUAAAACAGGGUCAUAUUUAUUUCUUUAGUUUAAUUUUUUUUAAGAAUAGAUUGAAAUUCUGACUUUGUUCUUCGAAUUUUGGGUUUAAAAACAAUUUUUUUCUGAAUUUUUUUUGUUUUUCUCAGAAUAAUAAAAUUCUGACAUUUUUUUCCCCCUCAGAAUUCUCAGUUUUAAAUCUGAAUUUUGAGAUUUUUCCAGCAGAAUUCUAAGAUUACAGUCAAAAUUUCGACCUUUUUUCUGAAAGUAAGAAUUCUGAGAAACUAAAUCUGAUUAUAUUCUAUUUUCAGAAUUCUGACUUCAAUCAUAGAAUUCUGAGAAAGAAACAACAACUUUGGUUCCAAAAAAAAUGUCAGAAUUCUGAUUUUCUUGAUGUCACAGGAAUUCUCCGAUUUGUGAGAGAAAUCUGAGAUGAAUCCCUGAAUCUUGUUCAUCCGUGUUGCGAACGGCUUCUUCACCCAGUCCACUUUAAAAUGACCCAAAAUUAACAAACUUCAAACUUGAGGCUCGGUCCAUAAACUCAUUAAAAACAUCAUAAAACAAGAGACAGAUUUUCCUCGAGCAACCAGAGCAGCACCUCCUACUGGCCAUUUGCAGGUUUACGGCUGUUCUAGCGGCACAGGGAAACAUUGAGUUCUCAUACCGGGACUGUUCUGAAGAGUUUAAAAUGAAAAUUAGAUGAAAGUUUUAACUCUAAUAGAAACAAACUGGAUUCAGACCACUCAAAGUGAGUUUUAAGAUCUGACAGUAAAAAACUAAGAGGAUGAGAGUGAACCGAAACUCCAGCUGAACUCUGAUGAUGAAACUCUGUUACAAGCUCCAGUGUUUGUCUUGAAUAUACAAACUCUCCCUGUGGAUGAUGUUAUGAAUCUGCGUGACCUUACAGAUCCGCCCGGUUCAUUUCUUCAAAGCAGAAAUCAUUAAAAGAGGAGCGUGAAAACUUUAAUCUGCUGCUAAAAACAAACCGCUGAAUGACGUCCUUGUUCACAUCACAGAGGAGUGCGCCGAACUCCCAUAAAUCUUUAUUGAGCAGACGCAGAAGGAGAGAUUAAAAGAGAGCUUCAUUGAUCCCACCCAGCCGCUGAGUUUUGUCCCGUGAGGCCGCGGGGCCGCCGAUGACUCCACGGUGGGACUGUACGGGUCGUUUUGAUUGGCUCGUUCACAAGGACAGGAAGCUUAACGCUCCAAUCCAGCAGGUCGAUGUUUAAGAGAGUCAUCAUCCUGCUCUGGGAGGAAACUCCGGGAUGUGAAUUUGCUGCUGCGGCUUUUUGUGUCGUGAUGCCGAUUCAACAAACGGUCGGUAAUUAGCUCUAAUGAACGAGAUUAGUUUGACUAAUUACCUCGCAUGUACUGUUCAAACACCAGACAGGGAGUGAGUCAACACACCAAGAAAGUGAAGCAGAACAAGUUCAACACAUCCUCUGUUUAAUGGCUCCUGUAACCGUGACAACAGACAUUAAACCGCUUAUGUUCAAGCAUUCAGCCACUUUCCUGUUGACCUUUACACAACCCCUGAAGUCCAUCUUGGACAGCUGAUCGCAGUUAUACUUAGUUAGGGAGUUCACAUUGCUGCCGUCUUAUGGUAUAUAGAAGCAAACAAGACCAUCAGCAACAACAACAAUAAUAAUAAUAAUAAUAAUAAUAAUAACAAUAAUAAUAGUUUCAUGUCAUAAGGAACCCAGACAAUUUAAGAACUGUGCAACAUAAAAUGAGACCAUGAGGACCGACAUAAAAAAUAAAAUAGUUAAGAAAAUAGGAAAUGCAAUUAAAAGAGGGUCGAAAGCAGAAACAGGAUAGUAAAUAUAAAAGGCAAUAUCAACAAUGAUAAAAUGAUAACAGGUAAUACUGAAGAUAAUAGUAAUGAUGAAAUGGAGCAACAGAAAUGAGCGAAAGAUGAAACAAUAAAAAGCCUAAACAGAGUAAUUUUUUAAAUUUUUUUCUCAAAAUUUUGACUUUUUCCCUAAGAGUCUGUAGUUAAAGUCAGAAUUUGAUUUUUGAUUUUUUUAGUGAAAUUCUGAGAUGAUAAUAGAAAUUAAAAGUGUUUUAUUCUUUUGCUUGCUGGAGCUUUUCAAUAACACGCUAACACGCUGUAACCACGACGUGAGGGCGCUCGGUACUAUUGAGUAAAUAGUUACCCGUACUUAGGGUUGGGUAUCGUUUGAUUUUGAACGGUUCCGGUUCCGAUUCCGAUUUCUCGUUUCAAUUCCAGUUUCUAAAGAUUCUCUAUUCCGAUUCUUUUAAAAGGCAGGAUAUUUAAAUGCAUAGUUUAGAUGAGGGCGCUAACCAGAGUUCUUCUUUUUGGAUGAAAUUUCUGAACUUCUCCAUGGAUUUUUAUAUUAUAUGAACUUUUUAAGAACUUUACCAUGAAUUUCUCACAGGGUUAUUUUCAACCAGAAUAUAAAUAUUAAUUUUUGUUGUUAGAUCGUUUGUCUAUGAAAAAGUACAAGGGCUAACGUUAGUUGGAUAUUGAAGUUGACCCACUGUACACAGAACAAUUUGUUUGCUGCUUCAAUGUUCGCAGAAGACAGAAGUAAUUAAUUGUUUCACUUUUCUGAUUUUGGUUGGUUAGAGGAAGACCGGUGAUACUCGUGUAUUUCUCCUCCAUGAACCCUGAGGGGUUUAAUCAUGUUGGUCGUUCACCCUCCUUUACAUGAUAUAACUGUAUUGCUAAUGUUGCUCUGAGAUAAGAGUUCAUUCUUCCUGAUAAAGUUAGACAAACUUUUGACCGCAGCCGCCGCUGAGGGUUGCAAUGCACUCUCUCUCUCUCUCUGUGUGGCUUCAUCCUCGUUAAUGUUCGGAAGCUUCUUCUUCAUUGGUGUUUAGCGGUUUCUUUCCCGUUGGUGUUCGGUGGCUAUUUCUUCCGGUCGGCGAACUCUGGCAUCGAAAUCGAAUUUUUAAAACUGAACGGUUCCAGGAGAAUCGGAAUGUUAGUCCCGGUCCCCAUCGCUGCUCGAGACUCGAUGCCCAACCCUACCCAUACUGCUGGAAAAAAAUAAAAAGUGUGGCUUAAAAUGAUGAAUUUAUAAACCCUGAAAGGUUAAAAUCCACUUCAUAAAACUGAAUGAGUGUGAAAAUGUCAGAGCGACCAUGACGUGACGCUCUGACGUGCAGGACGCCACAUCAACAUGUUUAUAUGUCACUUAAGCUGUCAGCUGUCACGGUCCUGAUGUGGGAACUGAACGCCUCCACCACACACACACACACACACACACACACACACACACACACACACACACACACACACACACACACACACACACAGAACUACAAACACACAGCAACAACAACACCUCAUCCAGGGGUCAGCAGGACUAUCCCGGUCAAACAAAAGCUUCUGCAGCAUCAGCAAAACCCCAAAUCACAGCCUGAGUAUCCUUUCCUCCUCUCCCACCGCUGUGCCGCCCCGCAGCAGGGGGGAGGAGGGAGGUGCUGGAGGAGAAAUCCAUCACACCCAACACGCUCUCCUGUCAGGAUCAGUGCAGCGCCGGCAGAUCUGACCUCCGUUCGAGGUUGAGAGGUUGCGUCGGGGUCGGCCGAGUAUCCCACGAGACAGAGCUCAGGGGAAAUUACAGCGUGUUCCUGACAGGAAGCACUCAGUCCAAAAAUUAAUAAAUAAGUAAAUAAUCCUUCUGUCAAGUCGUCAAUAAAGGUAGAGGCCGGCGCGAGGGCGGGCGGUGUCAGAACGGUGCCGGAGGUGGAGGAGAGGACGUCUGAAACUCAGAAGUGUUCUGCACAUGCUCAGUAGUUUUAUCAUCGAACUUUGACCCCGGAGUUGAGUUAUAGGAACCUGGACGCGAUUUUGUUUUUUUUUGUGGGAUGGUAGGGGAAAGUCCCGCCUCCUUUGCCUCUGAUUGGCUAGUAAAGCUGGAAACGUCAUCACACGCUCAAGCCGAACGCGGGCUGUCGGCUCCGCACAUCGAACAUUAUCGCGCUUUUGAAUCUCCUAACCCGAACCCGACAGCCGUAAGGAAUAACCAAUCGGAGCCCAGCACUUGGAGCCAAUCAGAGGCAAAAGAGGGUGGGACCUUCCACUGGACAGCAAAACUUCAACAGCAGAAGGAGGGAUGUAAAAAUUCUGGAGCUACGACCGAUGCAGGGCUGUGGAGUUAGCGUCCCCUGAGAUAGUUUAAAGUUUCUGCUGCAGACUUUAGUUUAAUCACUCCUCUGCUGCUCACACCCAGGCCCGCUCAGCUCUGACCAACACGACCGAGGAGUUCGUCUCCUGAAGUUCUUCUCAGAGAUCCACGGCUGGAUGAAGAUCCCCGUCUCUCAUCUUGUCCUUGUGACUGCAGUCAUUAACGGCGCUGCUGCCGCUGCUGUCCUUUCCCACCAGUGUUUGCAUAUCGCCCAGCAAAUUAUCCGUCAGAAUUGCAUCGUCGGCACUCUCUUUAUUGAAUCACUGCCGGCAAAUUGGUUGUUAGGAAUCCUCAGGGGUGGUAUCAGCUCUGGGGAGCCCAGCGGGGCCGGGCCUCUGCUGGGCUGAGGGAUUUAAAGUGGAUUAAUAAAGAGAGAGCGAGCGAGAGAGAGAGAGAGAGAGAGAGGGAGGCUGUACACAGGUGGGCUGCUCUUAUCAUUUAUGACUCAUGACCUUUAAUAACAAAUGAAAACAUCCUUACAAGACAGGAUUGAAGAUUACAUAUGGAACAAAAUGCUUGAUGCUGAUUGGUCCACAUAACCCCAGUACAACUACAGAGUUUCCCCCCGAAUAUUUUCAACAAUUCACAAUAAAGGAAGAGGGUCGGACAGGAUUUGAUGCACUCGUUGAUAAAUCAGAACGAGUCGAAAAUACUGUCGUGUGUAGUUGCCCUCACACAGUGCGAGUAGAAAUUAUUAGUGGCGCACUGAUAUUAAUGCUACUAAUGCUAUUAAUGCUCCUUGCUAUAUAGACCGUGUAUAGGCAAAGGUGACCAGACAUACCCAAUUUCCAGAAUGACCUGUCCCUGAAAAUGUCCCCAGAAAUGUCCCUGAUUUAAGCAUCAUGAAUGAGGACAACAAAUGUUGCGUGUAGACCAGAACAACUGUUAUUAUGGUAGCUACUACGGUAGCUUAGGUAAGAAGCACGAGUAAGCAUAUUACGCACAGUCCUAAACAACAGUUUUUACGGGGGGUUAUUACGAGGGGUGCUACACCUGCUGCAAAUGUUUCAUCACAGAAAUCUUGGAAAUUUUGAUGCGCUCGUUGAUGACUCAAAACAACUCGAAAAUAGUUGUGUGUUGUUGCCCUCACACAGUGCGAGUAGAAAUUAUUAGUGGCGCAUUGAUAUUAAUGCCUCUCGCUAUAUGGACCGUGUAUUAGCUAAGGUGACCAUAUGUACCCGAUUUCCAGGUUGACCUGUCCCCGAUUUAAGCAUUUUAUAAAUGAGGACAAAAAUGUUGUGCAUAGACCAGAACAACAGUUAUUACGGUAGCUACUAUGGUAGCUUCGGUAAGUAGCAUGAGUAAGCAUGUUGCGCACAGUCCUGAACAACAGUUUUCACAGGGGGGCGCUAUAACCACUGCGGAUGUUUCAUUACAGAAAUCUUUGAAAAUUUGAUGCGCUCUUUGAAGACUCAAAACAAGUCAAAUCUAACGUUGUGUUGUUGUGCUCUCUAAGUGGAAGUUGAAAUCAUUUGUGGCGCAUUGAUAACAGCUCUAAUGUAGGGGAAACGCCUAACCAGCAGAAGCAAUGACAUUAUAUAUGCUGGUAAUGUCAUCUGCAAAGCUUGGUUUGUUGCCCUGCCUGAACUAACACUCAGCUCAAUUUUCUGUUUACAUUCAUCGAUCGUGUUUAUUUUAUUUUUUUAUUUAUUAUUUCUGGUUGAAAAACAAAAGUUAAAGAUUUCUGCUCCAACAGUCUAUGAGGCAAGGCUCGACUCCAACCAACCAAAACAAGUCCCCUCAUCCUGCGGUCGGUAUCUCCCAUAUUUUGUAGGAGAAAUUCAGGAUAAUCGCUCAAAUGUGAACUGAAAAACAAAAAAACAAGUAAAGAGCCGUUUUUGUUGGAAUAGCUGUUACCGAACAUGAUGUUUAACCUCUACGAAGCAAAGAGCCGUUUUUCCACAGACCAUCUCUCCACUGUAAAUCUCCCACUUUGGUAAAAAGCUCCAUUACCUUCACCAAUUCCACUUGACGGACGACAGGUUCAGUCCUCGGCAAAACCAUCUAGUAGCUUCUGCAGCCGGUCUCUUCAACCUCACAGAGGGAAAAUGGAUUGUUAGGGAGCGCUUUGUUUCUCUCUCUCUCUUCAGGUCUGACCAGCUCAGUAUCUCUCAGAAACACUUGUUUUCCAAUCACAGCACUGAUUGGAUUCCACGCUUCAUUUAUCGGGCCAACAGCAGGUACUGGAGGUUUACAUUGGAAACAUUCAGCAGUUUUACGGCGUCUGAAGCAUCUCGAUGUCUGUCCAUUCACUUUACAGUCUCAUGAUAUCCUUUAUUGCAGAUGGAUUCAUUCAUUUUUUAUAAUUAUAUAGUAUAUUUAAAAUGUGUUUCUCUAUAAAAAUGAAUACUAAUAUUCUCUCAUAGUGCCAACUCACAAUAGCAUCAAAAUGUGUGUAAAUACGCUGCUGAAAAUAGUGCCCCUCUUACCCAAAGCAGCCUGAGUACACACAUCCAGAAUUUACAGCUAGUCCUGUUAGCCAAAAAACCACAAAACCAUGUUGGAAUCAAUGUUGAAAUUAGCAGGAUAGAGGCUAGUUAGCUAACUAACCGAGGUGACGAUUACGCUGUGAGAUCAGGUCUGUAAAACUGAUCUCCCUCCGUCUAACACGAGUCUGUUUCUGCUCGAGAUUUCUGCCUGUCGAAGGAAACGUGUGAAAAAAACAUUUCUGUCAUCUUGACAUUCGUUAGCGGUGUUGAUAAAGACUGGACUCAUUAAGGAGUCUUGAUAACGGUAUUAGUACACCUCGUUCAUAAGCAGAGAGAUGUCAGGGCUCGACAGUGCGACCAUUUCACUCACAUCUGCGACUAAAAAUAGAGAAUUGUAAAAUGUAUUUAGCGGCACAUGUGUGCAUAAAAAAACCCAGCCAAGGCGACAAAUGUUUUUUCGUGUAAAUACGACGGUGAAGUUAGUUGUAGUUUGGAAAAUCGACGGACAUUCACUGAGGAUCUACCGGUGUCUUCUCACUCUUCAUAACUGGGAAUAACAACAGCAGCGCGGCUAAAUCUACUCUGCAUCCUCGCUCACAAUGUCCGGUGUUGAAUAAGGGACCGUCAAUAAAUUAGCGGUUGAUGUUCUCAGAAAAGUCUGUUUUCCUUCAAUGUCAUGUGACCAAUAUACCUAAAAUUGAUUUAAAAUAAUAAUACUAAGUUCGGACGGUAAGACACACCGCUUUAUUUCCCUAAUGUGUCCUCUAAAAAUGUUUGUGUUUAAUUUAAAGGCAGAUUUUGAACAUUUUCUUCAUUAGUUUCCAUCACGUGUGACCAAUUCACCUAAAAUUGAUUUAAACAAUAGUACAUAUGUUGACCAAUAAGACGAACAUUAUUUGAUCAAUUUUUAUUGCUCCCCUAAAGUUCUUUGAGUGCUCCUUACUUUUUCAACUUGAGCUCCUUCUGAAAAAAGUCAGCGUCGAGCCCUGGAUGUGCGUUUUAAAGACUCUGUGAGGAGUUUUUUAUGUUGAUUCUUGUCGCUGUCGAGGAAACCCCUUAUUUAGAAUCGAAUCCUCGUCGCUCAUUGACGACUCUCAUGUUUCCUCGUCUUCGUUCUGUUAAUUGAUUCUGUCUCACCCUUUGAUGCCCGACCCGCUCCUCUUGAUGUUUCCAGACAUUUAGACAUCGACGUCACUCCGUGUGUUUUUAUUGAACAAACGUGAAGCGGACUGCGUUGCAGAUCAGUAUCUGGCGGAUCAUAUUGAGUUAACAUCGAUCAUCUCCGUCCUCUGGAUAACUUUGAGGUGAAUCGGUUCAAUUUAAGGGACAGGAAGCGAUAGUAAAACAAGAUGUGCGGCGUCAACAGUAACACCCCUCCACAGAGCGCCCGGACGUCAAUCAGGAGGCGUAUCUGCUCCGAACUAUCAUUUCCUUCAUGUGAAUUAUGUAAAACUCUGCAGGCUGUUGGGCUGUAAAAUAUUCAUGCUGUUUUGGUUGUGCAGCUCUUUGGAAACUUCUUGGAGAUGUCAGCUCUGCCUAAUGGCAACACAACAGGCCAUGAAUGAUUCAGGAGGUAGACGCAGGUUUAAGGAUGGGGGCUAAAGGGCAGAGCGAUAAAUAUCUAACGCUAUUAUGGUAUUUAAGAGCGUAGGCAUGCUUUUGGAUGGAUACGUUUCUAAAUUUAAGACGUUUGUUUUCUCCUAGAGUUCCCCGAGAUGGAAAAGAACGACCUGCUUUUGGUCGAGUUCGUGUUUUCGACUCGCUAUUUCAAAUUAUUGCACUUUUGCUGAGUUAAAUUAAAUACAGGCUUAAAAGAGCAAGCUGUUAGUUUGACACAGUAUCACUCAUAAAAAAAUCCUGUAAAUGUCAAAUAAGACAUCGCUGUGUUUUCUCAGGAGGCCUCUGAGGGCAGUUACGGCUUUAAGAGUGAGCUGUGCCGCAGUCUGAGCCGGAAAAGGACAUAAUAACCUUUUCCCCAGAGGUGAUGGAGGGGAAUAUUGGACACGCAGCGCUGCCUAAGUGUUAAUCUGUACUGUAUGUAUGCGGCUCUUCAGCUGGUUGAGUUUACUCAGUGUGGUUCCACGUCAUAUAUCAUAUCCGGGUGGUUAACUGCAGACUAUCUGGAAUACAACCAGGGUGAGCUCCAGCGUGCAGGGGCCGAUUGUAUGUGUGUAUCCAAUUAAUUAGAGCUGCAGAGGGCUAAAUUUAGACGUGGAGGUAUGAGGAGAAGAGGGGGCCGGCGGUGGAUGGAGAUUUCAGGACAUGAAAGUGAUUAUUUUGUCAAGUUAUUUGAGUUAAAGGAGAAAAAGUAAAGAAUUACAAACAGAGCAAAUCAGGAGAAACAAAUAGUACUUGAAGAAGUAGGUUUACUAGCUUUACAUUAAAACUGAUAAUUGACUAAAUGUGUGUUUUUGAGUUUGUGGAAACAUCUACUCGUUCCGGCUUGUUUGGCAGUUUCCUGCUGUAAUGACUGAAUCUCUAACUUUUAAUCUCUAAAAACAGUUACCAUAGUUUUUUCUUUUGGAGGAAAUCGAGAUAUAUCAGCCCACUGAUUUGUUUAUUGCACUCUCUCAGAGCUCGUAUGAGGCUGUGGUCCCCUGGCAACAAAGUAAUAAAGAUCUGUGAGUCAUCUGCUUAUCUGUUGAACCUAAUUUUGUCGUUUUAAGAAUCUAAGUCAGUGGAAGUAUGCGAGUGUUAAACAGAAGAGGCCCAAAGAUGACGCCUUGGGGAACUCCACAUGUGAUUUUUAUCUAAUUGUCCAUGAUAAAAGUUUAAACCAGUUAGGUACUGUCCCAGAAAGUCCCACCAAGUUCUCCAGCUGGUGGAUCCAACAGCGUUUUAGCAUUUUGAUAAUAACCAGAACUACUACGAUAACUUUUUGUGUUUCAAUAGAUAUGUGCUGUUAAGUAUUUCAAAGGUGUUUAAGAUGUACCAUAAAGCUGUCUCUUUCUAUAGUCUCUCAGUGACAUUGUUAUAUAGAUCUGUGUGUCAGCUGCAUAGUGUAUAUUGACUGAGUUUGUUGUUAUCUGUAAUUUGAGCCAGUGGAAGCAUGUAGAUGUUAAACUGAGGAGGCCCCAGGAUGGAGCCUUGUGGAACUCCACGUGUGAUUUUUGUCGGCUCAUAUGUGGGGUUACUUUUAGACACUUAAAUCAGUUGAGUUCUAGUCCUCCAGUUAAUCAGUGUAUCAUAGUUUUGUGAAUUUCAGUUAUUGUGUAUUUUAAAAAAGUCCUUUUUUGUGUCACAUCUGGAUUAAAUCCUCUGGACCGUUAAACCGGUGAAGCCACCGCAGCUGAAAUCUGGUGAAACAUGAUGAAUGAUCUUCACCCAUUUAUCGUGUUGAACAGGUUAUUGCUUUUUUAUGUGAUGCUCUGAUAUAUUUUCUCACUGGCAGAGUUUAUAUAAGAUUAAUAAUAUUUAAUUUAACAUACCAAAGUGAUUAAUGGUUAUCUCUCGCAGCCGUGUCGAUGUAUUCUGGUUUGAGUUCUUCUCAUAUCCAGCGUAGAUCAUUUCUGAACAUGAUGAGCGCUGAUAUAUUCAGCUGUCUGCUACAAAAAAAAGCUUUAACUCUGAUUUACACUCACUGAAUGAGGUGAUGUAAUGGUUACCUAAUUAGAUUCAAGCUUCAGAGUUCCUGUGACUGUUGUAAUUAUUGUGCUGCAGCUGCUGCCCAGAGUGAACAGCACACAUGUAGCUCCCUCUAGUGGACACUGAGUGAGACGUUUGUUCUGACCUGUGUGUUGUUUUGUUUGUGUGUCUCUGCAGGUUUCUGAUCGUUCUGGGAUGUUUGAUUCUGGCUAUUCUGACAACAUUCAGGGAGCACGAGAAGGUGUCUGCACACUGGCUGGUCAUACUGGUGAGAUUAUUUCACUUCCUGUACUUUUGAUUCAUUUAAAUCUAAUUCAGAUAGUUUAAAAAGUUAGAUUUUUGUUCAUUUGGUGUCCAAACGAUCACUGGGUAACAUAAAGUUUUGUCACCAAUGUGCAAGUUUACAAAGUUUAGCUCAUUUAUUGACAUUUCCUGAACUAAAUUAAUGAUAAACACUUGUUUAAAAGCUAAAAAAAUAUUAUUUCAGUGUAUUUUACCAAUUCAACAGGAAAAUGUGCCUCAUAAUCGACAUUGUGUGUGAGGUUGUUGCUCCUCUCUGAAACCGUACAGCUUUGUAGCCCGCUGAGAUCUUUCUUAAAACAAUCACAACACUGUUUGUAAGACUUCUUAAACCAAUCUGGUUAAAGUCAGCGCCACCGUCUGACUGUUUCUUUCCCGCAGGAAACCUUCGCCAUCUUCAUCUUCGGAGCGGAGUUUGCACUGAGGGUCUGGGCGGCGGGAUGCUGCUGUCGCUACAAAGGAUGGAGGGGGAGGCUGAAGUUCGCUCGCAAGCCUCUGUGUAUUUUAGGUGAGGACUCGAGAGAAACACAGCGUUCAUAAGAGGCUGUUUCCUUCAGUUUUCAUCGUGGGCUUUAGGACUUGUCUGAUGCGCUCUGACUAAUCUUAUUAACAGUUUUCAACAAAGUCCUCCAUGUUCAAUUGGUUCUGACUCCGCUGGUCUUCACACUGUAUUCAUCUCUCCACAAAGCAGCCUUAACAGCCGUGUCAGGUCAGGCCCGUUAAUUAAAAUCUUCACACAGAGAAUCGUUGAUGAAUUUUUCUGUGAUGUGUUUCCCUCCGCAAGACAUCUUCGUGCUGAUUGCCUCGGUGCCGGUGGUGGCGGUACGAAACCAGGGUAAUGUGUUGGCCACGUCUCUGCGCAGCCUGCGCUUCCUGCAGAUCUUGCGGAUGCUGCGUAUGGACAGAAGAGGGGGAACCUGGAAGCUGUUGGGGUCUGCCAUCUACGCACACAGUAAGGUACGGAGCGCCCUUGUAAAACACGCAAAGAGGAGGUUUGGGACCGCACUUUCUGUGAUGUUGUUUUCAGGUACACAACAUGAAUUCAUUAAAGCGUGCACUUGGUAACAGUCUGGGUGAAGAGCAGAUAGGGGUUAAAAAUGAGAGAGAAACAGACAAUAAGAGAACAAAAAAGUGUAUUUACAGCAGGCCAAACCAUAGAUUUGACAAAAAUGUGAUCACACAGCAACAAUCCACAAGAAAUGACAGACAAAGGAGCUCAAACACUCCUGUAAAAAGUCUGUAAUUUGCAGAAAUAAAGUGUUUUAUUAUUAUUGUACUUCGAGGAGGGAAAGCAGGCUGACUUUUUCACCCUCUCUCCUCUCUGAUUAUGGAAAAAUUAUGCAUUUAAAGCAAAUAAUAUUACAAUAUAAGACAAUCUAACACAGCGGAUUUAGGAUUUACUUUAUCAAUAUUAACAUAUUAAUGAACAUAAAACAUGUCCUUGAAAGCUCAGUAGGACAGAAAAUAAGAAAGAAAAGAAAAGAAAAGCAAACAAUUAAAGGUAUAAUGGAUCAUGAAACAUGGUGUUAACUGUUAGAAUUAGUUGUUAAAGGGCAGAUUAAGAGUUUAGACGUGGUUGUGGGAACAGUGUUGUUGUUGUUCGAGCUUUAAGAUGUUUGGUAAGAGAGGUCAAAGUCACGUUUUGUGUUGCGGAGAAAGUGUCUUGACAGAAGGCACUCUUUCUAAGAGGAACCACACCAGUGGUUCUCAACUGGUGGGUACCGACCCAAAAGUGGGUCACGGACACGUUCUGGAUGGGUCACGAACAGCUGGUCAAAAAAGUGAAUACUUAAUGUGAUAUUUAUUAGAUAUUUGAUAUUUUCUGUACAUCCAACUUCAGUGGUUUUCGUCCUCAUGUUGUCCCCUUCAUGUGCUCUGAAAUGAACUUUACUAAAUAAAACAAGUGGAUUUAUAUUAAAGAUUAGAGUCUGUAAAGGUUUUUUUUUUAAUCAAAAAUAAAUUUACUUGGUUUGAAUUUUAUAAAAGUGAGUCACGACUUAAGGACCAUAAAGAGAUGUGGGUCCCAGAGUGAGACCAGUUGAGAACCACUAAACUACAUAGUCACCUCGAGAACCAGCUCCCGUUAGUCUGCUUCAGUUCUUUUUCAUAAAUUCCUGUAAUGGAAGGGAUUCUUUGCCAUGGAAGAUUUUGUAAAUCAAGAUUCUUAAUAUCUGACAGUAAAGAUACAUUUUUGUUUUUUUAUCAAGUACUUUUAAAGCUUGUCUAUAAACUGUUUCAAUCGACUUUAGUGUCGUCUUACACGCUGAUGCCCGGCUUGUGAUGCAAUGUGACAUGAUCAUAGUCUCAAAGUUCAGUUUUGCUGACUCAAGACUGGGUCAGUGGAUGGUUGGUUUUGUUUAAGAAGGUGGCCACGGUGGGUGGGCGUGUGGUAGCGACUUGACUGUGUCUAGUGGGUUCUCACUGUAGGUCUGUAGCAAAGCCAAUCGAAUGAUCGUUUUAAAGGAGAUAUUUUCAUAGUAGAACUAAAGGCUCUACCUCCCACCUGCACUAUGAGCUGAAACUGAAGGAAUAAGAUCAGUCUUUUCUGUUAAAUGUGCUCAAUCAUGUUCGUAUAAUGUUUUUUAUUAAUGCUUUAGCUGAGGCAGUGUUAGCCAAUCAGCUCCUGUGUCCACCAUUGAAGACAGCAUCUGAUUUCUGGUGAUUAUUAAGUCGUGUAUUUGGAUCUAAUGUGUUGUGAUGCAUGUGUUUGUGUAGGAGCUGAUCACUGCCUGGUACAUUGGCUUCCUGUCUCUGAUCUUGGCUUCUUUCCUGGUCUACCUGGUGGAGAAGGAUGACGUUUCCAUGGAUGUAACCGACCAUGAUAAUCCCACCGCUCAGCCAAAAUCACAGGACUUUGACACCUACGCUGACGCACUGUGGUGGGGGCUGGUACGUACAUCAAGUGCGGUUUGUGUGGUGCUGCUUUUAAUCCACCUCGUCUGAAGGAAACAGAUAAUAAAAUAACCGUGGAUCAAUAUCAAUGUUUGAUGGUGUUGUAUUCUAGUAAUUUCUCCUCCAGUCGUCGCUACAAAGCUGUGAUUGUGAUCCAAGUCUGAUGCAUCCGCCAAGAAACAAUUAACAGUUUCCAGACAAUCGUUCUCCAACUCUUCAAAGUCAGCUGCUGAAAACACGGGGUUUUAUUGGAGAACAGUUCCGCCCUGGCACAGCUUCACACCCUAAUGAAUGCCUCCUGGUUUUCGUUUUUUCCUUUCCUUUCUGAGUGCUGUGGCCUCAUUAACCGGACCGUCCUUCAACCAGAGUUCAAGUUCUAUAGCAGCGAGCGUCGGCCCCACUAAAGCGUCCUCCAGCCAGAUACUCAAUCAUCAGCGGGCGCAUAUCCUAGAUGAUGUUGUGACCUUUUGAAACGGCGAUCUGUCCUUUGGCAGAUCAAUACCGAGGUCACAGAGCAGCUCAGGGCUCGCAGACAACAGAACUACUGUGUGUUCGUGUGGGGAGGACUCUGAGGCUGUGACACUGAUAUAGUGCCGAUUUAUGCUGUCACCAUCACCCCGAUCUGCAAGAGCUCCUAAUGGCCAAUCUGCCUUUCAAGUAGUCUCCUAUAACUCUAUAAUGUGACAGUCACUUUUAAAACAUUGGAAAAGUUUACGAUUUAUUUGUCUUUUUUGCAGAUCACGCUGACGACCAUCGGAUAUGGGGAUAAAACCCCAAAGACCUGGGCUGGGAGACUGUUAGCCGGCACCUUUGCUCUGAUUGGAGUGUCCUUCUUCGCCUUGCCUGCAGUGGGUAUACUUUCCUAUCUGGAAUAAUUAAACCACAACAAACCUGAAAAAAAACUGCAUGUAAAGGAUAGAGUAAAGUGAAUGGGUGGUAAUGUUUGGGUUGGACGUUCUGAAAAUUAGUUUAUAGCUCCUGUAGGGGAGAUUUUUGACUUUUAAGACUAUCAGUGAAGUGAUCACGUGACAGGAAGUAUAGCUUAUAUCAGGAAGUGUAUUAGACAGCCAAGCCUGGUGGUGUUUACGAACUAUCAGCUCCUGAGACGGACAUGUCGUUGACUGUUUCCUGACUGUAGGGGAUCCUGGGUUCAGGUUUGGCUCUGAAGGUCCAAGAGCAGCACAGACAGAAGCACUUUGAGAAGCGUAGACACCCAGCAGCCGGGCUCAUCCAGGUGAGACGUCAACAACAAGCUGUCAUCCAUCUGAAUCCAGCAGUUUAAGUUUCAAUUGCUGUUGAGCUGAAAAUGUUUGUUUUGCUAGUCUGCCUGGAGGUAUUAUUCCACCAACCCAAUCAGGGAGGACCUUAUCGCCACGUGGAGAUUCUAUGAAACGAUCAUCUCUCUUCCCUGUUUCAGGUAUGCUGCUCAGAUUUCAUGCCAUGUGUGACUAUUUCAAUCUAACCCUCAACUCAAAGUUUCACAUCAAAUCAGAAUUUAAAAAUCAAAGAGUUUUGAGUAAAAGCGGGAAUUUAAAAGUAAAGCGAGAAUUCUGAGAUCAAAGUCAAAAUUUUAAGGUUAAAGUCAGAUUUCUGAGAUUUGUUCCAGAAUUCUGUGAUUCAGAAAAUACAUCUGCAAGAUCAAAGUUAGAGAUUUAAGAUCAAAGUAUGAGUUCAGAGAUUAAAGUCUGAUUUCUGAGUUCUAAUCCAGAAUUCUAAAAUGUAAAAAAGCAAAAAACAAAAACAAGAUUACAGUCAGAAUUUAGAGAUCAAAGUUGGAAUUCUUAGAUCGACGUCAGAAUCCUCAAAUCACAGAAUUUUAAGGAUCAAAUUCAGAAUUCCAACAUCAAAGUGAGAAUUCUGAGAUUAAAAAACUACAAUUCCAAGAUCAAGUCUGAAUUCUAUAAUCUAAGACAGUGAUUUAAAUUUAAAGUUUGUUUUUUAGAUUUAUAUCAGAAUUCUGAGUUAUCGAAAACAAUUCCAAGAUCUAAGAAAAAAUUCUGAUAUAAAAUCAGAAUUCCAACAUUAAAGUUUUAGUCAAAGUUUUGAAAUCAAUGCGUUAAUUUCAUCAUGAUGUAAUCCAGAAUUCUAAGAGAGGAUUUCAAAAUUAUGUCAGAAUUAUGAGCUCAAAGUCAAAUUCUAGACUCAAAGCAAAUUUCUGAGAUAGAAACUCACAUGUCCAAGAUCAAAGACAGAAUCACGCAAUAAAAGCCAUGAUUUUGAGACUUAAGCCAGACCCGUGAGUUUAAAGUCAGAAUUCAGUGACGAAGGCUGCAACUCUGAGAUAAAAUGUCGAAGUUAAAGAUCAAGACCAGCGUUCUGAGAUUAAAUCCAGAAUUCUGAGAUACAAGAUGGAUUAACAAAUUCAGCAUCAAAUGUUUAUGAUGGAAGCUGUCAUUAUAAGAUUAAAGUCAAAGUACAUAGAUGACAGAAAGAAUAUUACGACCAAAUUCAGAAAUUGGAGAUAAAUUCCUGAAUCCAGAGAGCCAGAACUUGAACUCUGUCAGUGGUAUAAAUACUUAAGUUUCUGCAGUUUUGUCCAAAGUCUCUACAGGUCCAAUUAGCCUAUCGAUCCAAAGCAAACUCCACCUGCCAGAAUGAGAGUCUAUGUCCUCCUUGAAACUGUGUCCUUCUGUUCAUUGUAUCAGACUCAGUGAUUACAACCAUUUAGUUUAAAAAAAAAAGUCAUUUCCUUCCUGGUUUGCCUCCAUGCUGCGUCACACUGAAACGUCUCAGUCUUUUAGAUUAACUUUACAUUAACUCUUCUCUCUUUCUUCUCUAAAGGAAGGAUCACUUGGAGGCCAUUGCGAGGUAGGUCAUGCUGUUUCAUCUCCAGCUGAGAUCCUGUAAAUCACACAGAGCUGUGCCCCGAGUCUUUCUGCGAGAGCUUUAAUUAGUCCUGCAUGCUGGAGAGACUAAUGAAGGUUUCCCAGAAUAUCCCCGUCUGCUUUUAAAUAGCCUCUUUUACUAAUUCACAAGUGGAAUAAAUCUCUAGUAUCUGAAUCGUGACGUAAAAGUCCUGCUCGUACCGUCCUUUUCAAGGAUUAUCUUCUACAUCAGAUAGUUGGAUGACAUUUGUGCUGAGAGAUUCUUUCUUAGAAACCUAUUAGCGGGUCCGUUUGUUAAGUUUCAAUUAUGAAUGAUAGUUUAGUUUGAGUAAUUAGCGCCUGAGAUGGCGUCUUUGGCUUGGAUGGUUUUCUUUUUUUCUCUGAUACUUGGAAGGAUAUUAAUAAAUCUCUGCUGCAACACAUAAAAAUCUCUCUAAGGAUGUUUGAUUUGUGCAGGAAAUAUAUCCAGUCUUCAUGAGCUGCUGACAUAACAACCUAAAUUUAUCGCAGGAGUAUCAGCGUGCACCUGUAGGGCAUCCUUUUGAGGACUUCUACAGGAUGUAAAAUCUGUGCAGUCCUUUGGUAUUUCACUUCAGAGCCUUUUAACUCCUCCCACCUUCUCAGGUGGUUGGACUCACCUGGACCUUACUUAGCCUCACUACAUCAGAGCGUUCUGCUCCGACGCCUUCUGGCCUCAAGUAAGCCCUCAGGUUAACAAGCAGGAUCAGAUUACUGCUGCUAAAAGCUGCUGAGCAGCAACAACAGGAGUCCUGAUAUGCCAGCUGAUAGAAAGGAGGGGGGAGUCCAGUUCACCCAGACUUUUGUGUCAUCUGAUCAAGUCUUACAGGGUCACUUCACCCUAAUUACUGCAAAAUAUCUCACAGUUAAGGAUGUAAUUGUCUCGGUUUUAGGAUUUUUGCUUAUCCUAAACACACAAAGGCACUGGAUGAUGCAGAAAGCGAGGUACAGAGAGAGUGUGGUUCUUUCUGGGAUCAGGGGCUGGGAAAUGACGAGUUUGACAUUAUCUUGUUGCUCUGGGCAAAAGAGUGGACAAAGGCUAGAGAUUGCAACACUCCGGCUGUGUCCAACAAUACAGUGAUAAGCCAGCCUCUGCAUGAGUGUGUGUUUGGCUGCUCUGAGCUCAUAUUGGACCUUUUAUCUUAAGAUAUUCAGCAGUAGUGCGUGGUCUGUUUAACACAAAGCUGGAAGAAAAUUGCAGCUCAUGUUUGUCAGAUCUGUAAAUUAAAGGAUUACAAUAUUAAAGUUUGAAUCUCAAAGUCAGAAUUCCAAAAUCAAAGCCAGAAUUCCAAGAUCAAUGUCAGAAUUCCAAAAUAAAAGCCAGAAUUCCAAGAUCAGUGUCAGAAUUCCAAAAUCAAAGCCAGAAUUCCAAGAUCAAUGUCAGAAUUCCAAAAUCAAAGCCAGAAUUCCAAGAUCAAUGUCAGAAUUCCAAAAUCAAAGCCAGAAUUCCAGGAUCAAUGUCAGAAUUCCAAAGUCAAAGACAGAAUUCCAAGAUCAAUGUCAGAAUUCCAAGAUCAAUGUCAGAAUUCCAAAGUCAAAGCCAGAAUUCCAAGAUCAAUGUCAGAAUUCCGAAAUCAAAGCCAGAAUUCCAGGAUCAAUGUCAGAAUUCCGAAAUCAAAGCCAGAAUUCCAAGAUCAAUGUCAGAAUUCCAAAAUCAAAGUCAGAAUUCCAAGAUCAAUGUCAGAAUUCCAAAAUCAAAGUCAGAAUUCCAAGAUCAAUGUCAGAAUUCCAAAAUCAAAGUCAGAAUUCCAAAAUCAAAGUCAGAAUUCCAAAAUCAAUGUCAGAAUUCCAAGAUCAAAGUCAGAAUUCCAAAAUCAAAGACAGAAUUCCAAGAUCAAAGUCAGAAUUCCAAAAUCAGUCAGAAUUCCAAGAUCAAUGUCAGAAUUCCAAAAUCAAAGACAGAAUUUUAAGAUCAAAGUCAGAAUUCCAAGAUUAACGUCAGAAUUCUAAAAUCAAAGUCAGAAUUCAAAGAUUAAUGUCAGAAUUCCAAAAUCAACGCCAGAAUUCCAAGAUCAAUGUCAGAAUUCCAAAAUCAAAGUCAGAAUUCCAGGAUCAAUGUCAGAAUUCCAAAAUCAAAGCCAGAAUUCCAAAAUCAAUGUCAGAAUUCCAAAAUCAAAGUCAAAAUUCCAAGAUUAAUGUCAGAAUUCCAAAAUCAAAGUCAGAAUUCCAAAAUCAAUGUCAGAAUUCCAAAAUCAAAGUCAGAAUUCCAGGAUUAAUGUCAGAAUUCCAAGAUCAAAGUCAUAAUUUUAAGCUCAAUGUCAGAAUUCCAAAUUCAACGUCAGAAUUCCAAGAUCAAUGUCAGAAUUCCAAAAUCAAAGUCAGAAUUCCAAGAUUAAUGUCAGAAUUCCAAAAUCAAAGUCAGAAUUCCAAUGUCAGUAUUCCAAAAUCAAAGCCAGAAUUCCAGGAUCAGUGUCAGAAUUCCAAAAUCAAUGUCAGAAUUCCAAGAUCAAUGUCAGAAUUCCAAAAUUGUUCAUACCAAAUUGUUAGAAUUUUGAGACCAAUGUCAGAUUUUCACGAAUAAAAGCCAGAAUUCUUAGAAUUAAGUCAGAAUGUUGAGAUCUUUCCCAUGAUUCUGAGCAACAAUGACCCUCAGAAUUGAUGUACUUUCCCAAACACCUCAUGCCAGUGUUCUUUUAAAUUAAAAGUUCUUAUUUUUUAUUCAACUUUUCUGAUUAUUUUGAGUUUUUCCAGAGUGUUGGUCUAUUCAGUCACAUAAGCUUCAAACAUCGAGCAAAAUAACUGCAAACAUAUUAAAACUUCAACCAAAACCAUUUGUCACUGUCACUGUCGGUUUGUGUGUCUCCAGUAAACCAAUACGUGUUCCCUGCAGGGGCAGAACUGUGGGAGAUAAGACGCAUUAUUUCUUCCUGUUGUGUUGCCUUGUUUAGAGAGAUCCACCUGAUAAUCUCCUGUAAUUUUCUGUUCUUUAUUCAGUCACAAAUCAGUCAGAAAGACAUUCUCUCUUCCUUUAAAGCGUCCCAUUCUGCAGCCUCUCAGCGCUGAAAUCUGCCGUCCCUAUCCGGCCCGAGGCCACAUAGAGGCUCAUAUUGUGUGUCUGCUGUGGGAGCAAAGUCGCUGAGAACGCUCCACAUUUCAGAGGCCCCGUAUGGGCUGUUUUUUUCGGCUCCGGUUACCCCGCCUCCCUGCCUCUUCCAAGGCACACAGGAGUCUUAUUUUACCCUCAAGUCUUUGUGCUGCCAAAUAUUGUCAGCCAUUGGACAAUAACGGAGACCAAUCUCCUCACAGCUCUUUGAGGCCGACUUAUUCCGGGAAAGCAGCAUUGUAAUGUAUCGGCAGCAGACCGUGAUAGUCAGUCAGUCAGGAGAAAUUGUUGAACAGAGCAGAAAGUGGAUUUCUUAAGGAGAUGCCGGUGUCAUUUGAUUCACCCUCAGAUUGUGAGAUCGGAGAAUUACCUCAACUGUCCCAGAUUCCCAACUUUUAACCACUUCUUAACCGAUAAGCCAACACAAAUACAGUCAGCAAUGGAAAUCCACAGAGAUGCUAUAGUCAAUAUGGCCAAAAAAGAUCAUACAAAAAGUUACAAUCAUGGCUGGGCCUUAGAAAAAAUCAAUCAAUGUGAGAGAUAAUCAUUUAAAAAUUCAUCUGGGUACUUUUUUUUUUUUCAACAUCUUUCUUGUUUGCCACUUCGUGUUCUUUCUUACAUGUGCCUUUCUCUUCUAUUGUAGCCAGAAAAUGAGUUUACUAGAGCGGGUUCGCCUUCCUAACGCUCGACCGUCAAUCGGAACAGGAAAGAAGCUCAUGGGUAAUGCCGACGCCAUCGAGGAAAGCCCUUCCAAGGAGCCCAAACCAGCCGGUUUUAGUAACCGUGAACGCUUCCGCACUGCCUUUCGCAUGAAGGCUCACACACUCCGCCAGAGCUCUGAAGGUACGGAAAUAAGGGCCGUGAUUGUAUAAAUAAUAGCUUGGAGUUGGCUGUCUUGAUUUAUGGCCGUGAUUCCUGUUAUCCCUUAUAUGAUUGAUGGAGAGUUGGUGAAGUCCAAGGCUGUAGUUUUUGGCCCGUGAAGCAGUGAGGAAAUGAGCCGCUGUCUAAAGCAUAGAUGUUUUUUGCUUUCUCAACCUAGCACAGACCUUAUUUUUAAACCAACACACCAAUGUAAAACAAACUAAAACGAAACAUGAAUCAAAAAUAAAAAGCCAACGCUGUUCGAACAUCAGUGUUUUUUUCUCCUUUUUUCUGUUUUUGUUAAGAUGCAGCAGCCCUGGCAGACCCUGCCUUAGAAGAGCGAGGAUUCCCACCAGACAUCCUUAUGGAGGACAUGAUCCCAACACUGAAGCUGGUCAUCAGGGCAGUCAGGUCAGGACUGCUUCAUGAACUGAAUUUUACUCUUUAAGAGCCACAAUGAAGCAGUGUAGUUAAAGAAGACACCCCAAAUUAUUGAAAGCUCGAUGACUCUUGUGUUUGUUUGUAAUGCUCCCUCUCUCUGCAACAGCGUCUUUUGUAAACAGUGCUGUUAACAGCCAUUACUGUGCUUUUGUAAGUCACUUGAAACAAAAAGAAAUGGGGCAAUCAUCGGCAAAAACAGCGAGGAACGGAGUGGAAUCAUCAGGAGCAAUUGGCACAAAGGCUUGUACAGCAGCUUCUGAAGCCCAUUUUAUGGAGACUGGCUACUGUAAUUUCCUUGAGCAAUGUUAGUGUACGGGCAUGUGCAGGCGAGUGAUUGAUGAUGGUUUCUGGCUGCUGAACUUAUCAACAGUGCAUGGCGGUAAUGUACGCUGAAAAUGGAGGGAAAGACGAAAACUAUCACCAAGGUAAACACAGAUAACAACAGGGCGAGUUUAGUGCCAUCAAAAAGCAGCUCUGCAAAUCUUUAUUGAGGAGAGGAAGCAGUCAAAGUGUCGAGUAUCACUAAACAAGGGCGGUCUACAUAAACACGAGGGUGAAACCAGAGCGUUUUGACAGCGCUUACUCAUGCUUUCACUGUGCCGGUAAACCUAUAGACCACACAGCUGACAUAAUGCAGGAAUUCAAUCUAGCAUGAGAGCAUGUGAGAUGAGUGAUUAACCCUGUGAGAGGGCUGCUUCCUUCCACACCAUUAUUUCAGGGCUGAAUGGACCUCUGAAUGGGAUCCUCAAACCCUAAAAGGUUUUGGUUUCAGGACUUAGGACUCUCUGCCAAACUCUGAAGCUUGUGCAGCAGCCGCUGACUCUGGGAGGGCUCGGGUUCGAAUCAGUUCAAAGGGGAAGAGCUCGUGGGUGGCAGUGCAGACUAAAACAUGCAAGGUCGUUCAUAGAUAGUGGUUUUGGUAUGUGAUUUUUGAGUCUUUGCGGGGACUUCCACUAUAAAGUCAAGUAUUACAGUCAUGCAACCACAAAACACUCAAUAAGGGGACAAGGACAAACUACAAAGCAUGACAUUGUUUCGCAUGAUUUCGUCUCUUAUGUUUAAACUCUUCCUCUCACAGGAUCAUGCAAUUUCUCUUGAACAAGAAGCGGUUUAAGGAAACUCUGAGGCCUUACGAUGUCAAAGACGUGAUUGAGCAGUACUCUGCAGGACACCUGGACAUGCUCUGCAGAAUAAAAUACCUCCAGACAAGGUAAAGAUGAUGGAGUCUCUUUGAGUGAGGUACAUUUCUGCUCGUCCUUCAGCUUAUUCUGUUUCUCUUCUUUUUAGGAUUGACAUGAUUCUCGCUCCUGGAGCCCCCCUCACCCCAAAACAGAAGAAACCUACAAAAACACCGUUUACCUACCCAUCCAAUCAGUCACCCAGGUACUGCAACGCUGCAGAGACGGUUCAAAGACUAGACAGGAGCACACUGCCGUACAAGUUGCUGAAAAACAAUCAAGGCUUUCUUUGCGGUCACAUAUAUAAUAAUAAAUUUGUCUUCAUGUGAAGCACACAAUAUUUUUUGCAGUUCCUGAGUGCUCAGUGUCCCUGUGUUUCAGGCAUGAGACCUACCUAGCCAAAGCCGCCCCCAUGCCAGAUCCCGAAGACCAAAGCAUGAUGGGUAGAUUUGUCAGGGUGGAAAGACAGGUAAGAGUUAAGAUUUCAAAACCCUUUACCUAGAUGCUCAUAUGAGCACCAAUCUAUACACCAGAACAACCAAAGUACUCCUGGCCCGUCAACUUAGUCAAAUUAAAGGGAUAUUCUGGCGUGAAAUUAAUUUAGGGUCAAACACACCUUAACACCCCCUCAAAAGAGGGGGUUUUGGUUGAGGUUUGUUUAUGGCUCCUUAGAUCGCUGUGUAUUGCUAUCGUGCGGUCGUUACUAAAGUUGGUAUAACUAGAGAAGCAAGCGGUCGGCAACAUUCAUCUCUCGAGGGGUAUCUAACUCAGCGUUACGAUGUGUUUGACCCUGAAUCAGUUUUAUGCAGGAGUUUUCCUUCAAGAUCCAUAACAAGAACUUUUAGGCCCCAUAUUUAGUCCUUUGUCUCAUGUUUAAGUAAGUCUUCACCAGUCACCAGGCCUUCAAGCUCAGCAUACUUGCAGGACUAAUGUGAGAGGUCCACGUGGUCAUGGUAAACCUUUGUGUCACUGCUGUUGUGGAUUUGCUGGUAGAUUUCUAUGUACCAGACUUGUCUAUGCUGCUGGUGUAACUUGUUUCUGUCUCAGGUGGAGGACAUGGAGAAGAAGCUGGAUUUCCUGGUGGAUAUGCACAUCCAGCACAGUGAGCACCUGCAGGUGGAUUCCGCCGGUGCGGCUCGUAUGACCCUGGAGACCUGCGACCCCACAGGGAAUGGUGAGAUCCGUCGGGUUUUCUUGAACUAUGCCGAGGCUUUUCCGCACAUGUCGUACCAGGUGCCUGUCAGCAAGGCGGAUUCGUACUGUGGAAAAGGAAAAGGCGGUUCAGAGGGGACGGGGUUGACUGGUGGAAGCCGUGUACCUUCAGACCAUCAACCUCCAACGUCAAACCUUCCCCAACGCCAACCUCCUGCUGCCAUUCCAACCUACACCGAGCGCCCCACAGUGCUGCCCAUCAGUUCCUUGCAGGACUUGUCAGUGGGGCCAUGCAGGACCACAGGGGGGCGGGGGGCUGACUCUCCGCUCUCUAUGCUAUCAGUAAACCACGAGGAACUGGAGCGCUCACCCAGUGGGUUCAGUAUUUCUGGGGAGCGGGAGGGAGAAGGGGAAGAUUUGUCGAUGGGGGCUAGACCAGGGACUGGGGACACAAGCUGGACAAGACCCAGGCCGAGCUACCUGGCAGAAGGGGAGACAGACACAGACACAGAUCCAUUUACGCCCAGUGGGGGGCCUCUGCCACUCUCCUCCACAGGGGAGGGUUUUGGUGACGCUGUGUGGAACACGCCGCCCUGA